AUGGGUCAGCAGCCUGGAAAAGUUCUUGGGGACCAGCGGAGGCCGAGUCUGCCCACACUUCACUUUAUCAAAGGCCCAGGGAAGAAGGAAGCAUCCAGGCAUGGGUCUGCCCACUGCAACGUCUUUCUGGUUCACGGUAAGGGCUUCCAUCUGUGUCUUAAUUUUAACUCCUUUUUCCAUGCAAAAAAUAAUUGCGUAAUUUGCAUUCAGUGUUUUAAUCUGUUUGCAAAUGUAGCAAAAAUAUUAAUUUGUGGAAGUGUAUGACACAUGGAAUUAAGAGAACUGAAGGUUUGUACAAAUGGGUCUGCUUUAUUAAUACUACAUACCACAUUCGACAUUUGAGCAAUUGAGGCAUUUGGGGGUUCUGAUUCUGGUGGAGGUUCUGAUGAAACCAAGUCCUGUGUUUUCAGGUUGAAGGCUUCUGUGUCAUGUGACACCUUCUAAAUUGUAGCUGUACUCGCACCCACUAGGUUGUGGGAUUCAUUUUCAUAUAAUAAUGUAGGUAACAAUAUGUAAAAUAAGAGGUCACUUUUUUGUGAGAGGUUGGAAUUUAGAGAGAAUGCCGUGGGUGUCAUUCACAAAAUGAUGGCCAUGGAGUGUUUGGCAUAACACAAAAUGGGGUUAUUUCCCAAUAUCUUUUCUGAGCACCAUAAAGGUAAAGGGACCCCUGACCAUUAGGUCCAGUUGUGACCAACUCUGGGGUUGCGGUGCUCAUCUCGCUUUAUUGGCCAAGGGAGCCGGCGUACAGCUUCCGGGUCAUGUGGCCAGCAUGACUAAGCCGCUUCUGGAGAACCAGAGCAGCACACGGAAACACUGUUUACCUUCCCACCGGAGCAGUAUCUAUUUAUCUACUUGCACUUGACGUGCUUUCGAACUGCUAGGUUGGCAGGAGCUCUGAGCACCAUAGGAGGAACCAAUAGGCACAGUGGAGUCUGCAGGCACCAUGUUGAUGACUACCAAAUAAAAGAAAGAAAGAAAAUAUCUAGUGGUUUUCAGACUUCUCACCAGGGGACCCUUUCCAUGUUGAUCUGAUGGUUUUCUGUAUGUCUCCUGUGGAAUCUCUGACUGCAGCAGUGGAUUCUGAGUGAUGUUUUAGGAUGCACUCUCAGUUCAUUUGGGGCACUGGCUGAGCCUUUGUGCUGACCUUGCAUGAGCAACAUGCUUUACUUUAAGGACCAUCUGAGGCCUUAUAACCUAGCCUGCUUACUUAAGUCAACCAGAGAUGCUAAUGGGCAUUGAAUAUCAAAACCCCCAUGCUGUGGAACACUCUUUUGGCAGAGAUUCAACAGGAACCCUUGCUGUUGACUUUCAGGUGUCUCUUGAAGACUUUUGUUGAUGCUUAUCAGCCAGUGCAGUUAACAAAAAACUUCUUGAGUAGCCAGUCAUUUUAAUGAUAGUUUUACAUUGCAUUUAUAAGUUUUUGAGUUGCUGUACAGCGCCCUGAUGUUUUGUGAAGGGUUGGUAUGUAAUUAUUUUUGUAAAUAUUAAAUAACACACAAACUACACUCUAAAACUUACCUUGUUCUCCCCUGUGGCUUCACAUCGCAAAAGAAGAUUGGCAGUGGAGGUCUGGUUGUAUUCCAGGAAGGAUCAAUGGCAACUAGUGGUGAUGGGUAUGUUCUGCCUACACUAUUGGAGGCAGUAUGCCUCUGAAUACCAGUUGUUGCGAAUUGCAAGUAGAGAGAGUUGCUGCUCUGCUCAUUUCUGGCUUGUGGGUUUUUCAUUGGGGCAUCUGGUUGGCCCCCGUGAGAACAGGAUGGGCCCCUCUUGGCCUGAUCCAGCAGCCAGUUUCCCCUUAAGGAGACCUGUUAUGGUAGCAGAACCUCCAUGCCCAGGGGCAGUCUACUGCUGAAUACCAGUUGAUGGGAAACAGCUAGAGAGGUCUUACUUGCAGGGUUCUCAGUUGGGGCAUUCUCAGCUGGCGAUUGUGAGAACAGGAUGCUAGACUAGGACCCCCCCCCCCCGUCUGAUCCAGUAGGGCUCAUUUUACAAUACUGAUACUUUAUACAGGUAGUUCUGGUGAUGAAGUACAGUUACUUGGACAUGAUGCGGAGGUAGCUGGUAGGGUGGCUUGUGCAUUUAUUUCAGUGACUUCUUUCAUACUGACCAGUAGAUAGUCCUGACAGUUGCACAUACAAAAUGAUGGAGAGGCAAAUCAAAUUCAGAGAUCCACUGUGAUGUAUCAGUUAGAGUUUUGGACUUCGACCUGUGGGAGCUCCGCAUUCAGCCAUGAAGCUCACUGGAUGUGACCUUGGGCCAAUCACUGUCCCUUUCUCUCUCUCAGCCUAUAACCUACCUCACAGGUUGUUGCGUGCAGAUGAAAUGAGCAGGAGGGAGACCCAUGUAUAUCACCUUGGAGAAAAAAGGAGGGUAUAAAAAAUAAAAAUAAAUCUGCAAUCCAAAUGCUGGGUCCCCUCCACCAGAGGGAGCCUACAAAAUUAUGCAUUCCCAAUUGUUUAAAUAAAAAAAAGUCAUUUAUCUGACCAGACCUUAAGUAGGCUGAGCCCAGGUGAAAGUUUCUCAUCAGCACAAUAUGGGGAGAGGAACAAAUCUCCUUUUUUGUAUGUGCUGCUUUUCAGGAAGCUGAGCUCAUCUGUUUGUUGUAACUGAAGGUGGAGUUCAAGGUUCCGGCUCCAUCGCUUGUGGAAUCCAUGGAUAUCUGGGCUGAAAGGAAUGAACUCAUGGUCCUAAGAGACUUGUAAUAUGUGUUACAAAGUGGAGGAAUCCAGAGUUCAUCAGUAACACGCACACACAGAGAGGGAGAGAACUGGUGUGCCUAAAGCUGCCACUAUCCAAGUCUCUGUAUCUCUUGUAUAAAAAAAUUAAAUCAGAAUAUAAGAUCGUAAUGUUAAGAAUAAAUGGGAGAUGGCCUGGUGUGAAAAUGAUCUGCAGAAUCAUACUUUAUACCCAUGGGAGAUGUUGCCUGCAACUCCUUUCCAGAAUCUGCUGAGCUUUGAAUUGCUUAGAUGUGGUCGUAUCUGGACCAUGACAGUAUUAAGAGAUGCACUAGGGAUAUAAAAACAUUGGAAGCUGUCUUGUUUAGAGUCAGAUCAUGGUUCCAUCUAGCUCAGUAUUGUCUACACUGACUGGCAGUGGCUCUGCAGGGUUUAAGGCAAGGGACACUCCCAGCCUCUGUAUUAUAUGCAGAAAGGACACAUGAAUCUGAUGAUACAGUUUGAUUGUGGAUUUUGUCGGUAAAGAGCCCAGGAAUACCAUGUAAACUUCCAGUGUAGACACAAAGUGGGCUGGUCUCUUAACCAUUACUAAGAGUGAUUUGAAUACUUUUAUGGCCACUAGGCAUUCUUCUGAGUAUCAGUUGCUGAAAGCCAUGGGGCAGGGAGUCCUAUUGUGCUCAUGUCUUGCUUGUGAGCCUCCCAUCGGAGCAUCUGGUUAGCCACUAUGAGAACAGGAUCCUGGGUCAUUGAUCAGAUCUGUCAGCUAGGCUCUUCUUAUGUUCCAGCCCCACUGUCAGAAGCAGUAUGCCUCUGAAUGCCAGUUGCUGAGAAUUUGAUAGAUUUUGAUUUUAUAUUUGUAUUCCACUUUUCCAACAACAAUCACAUGCAUGGGGAGUGUUUAUCUUGUGCUCAGAUCCUGCUUGAGGAUUUCCCAUUGGGGCAUCUUGGUGGCUAUUGUGAGAACAGGAUGCUGGACUAGAUGGGUCACUGGUCUGAUCCAGCAGGGCUCUUCUUACAUUCCUCUGGCUUCUCCAGAUGAAUUGAAGGUGAAUGUGUUGGUCGUGACCACAGAUUUUGAUUGAGUAGCAAAACAUCUGGAGACACCUUUGACCAAGCAGUGUGUUGAAGAAUGGGCAUGAUAUGCGCUAAGAUCUUUGAACCAAGAUGUUCUGGUGGUGUUGAUAAUGCACACAAAGAAAGACACACGUCUUUUUUACAGGAAUCUAUUGUGAGAUGUCCACAGGGUGGCAGGAGGAGGCUGUGCUGGAUGCAAGUGGGAAGCAUUGCCUGAAGAAACUGUCACAAUAUGUGAUAUAGUUUAUAGGUGAGGGAAGCUCAGGCCCCUGGGCUGAAUCCAUCUCUCCAGACCUCUCUAUCCAGCCCUGGGAUAUCUCUCCAGGCCCUACUCUACAAUUCUAUGAUUGAACGAUUCAUGCCCAUUUCACAAUUCUGCUCCCUCCUUGAUUGUCUUUACUUGGCUGCAAUGUAUCCUUGGACUGUGACAAUGCAUCUCUCUCUUUUCUGGAUGGAGGUGUGCAUGUGUGUGUUUUGGCCACAACAUAAAACAUGAAACUGCUAAAGAGAUGGGAUUAUGCUAUCCCAGCAUUGCUGUGCCUUUCCCUCCUGUGGAAGAUAGUCAUGGCUGUUGCUGGAAAGAGCUGUCUCAAUUUUUAUAAAGGAAUAUAGAAAACUGCUUUAUGCUGAGCCAAACCACUGGUCCAUCCAGUUCAGUACUGUCUACAAUGACUCCAGGAUCUCAGGUAGGGAAUCUCUACCAACUCUACCUGGAUGUACUGCUAAGGCUUGGACCUGGGGCCUUCUGCAUUCAAGACAGAUGCUGUAGCAAUGAACUAUGGACCCUUCCCCAAAUGAGAGAGGGAAAGUGCCUAUACUUCCAAACCCUUCUGCUUUUGGUUUUGAAAAUGUGUUCCAGAAACUGAGGGGUUCCUAGAAGGUUUUCAGGGAUUCCUCUGUGGAUGGUAACUAGGAGCUUCCUUUUUUUUUUUUUUUUUUUUGGAUGCUAUUAAACUUGUCCCCACCCCACACAUGCAUAGGGGAGUCUUAGGCAGGAUGUAGGUCAGACUCUGCCUUCAAACAAGUGACAGUAAAGGCCCCAUAAGCCUAGCCAGCGCCCUGCAUGAAUGGUCCAAAAUGAACAAGGGAAGGAGUGACUCUCCUAUGAGGAAAGGUUGCAGUGUUGGGGGCUUUUUUGUUUAGAGAAAAUUGACUAAGCGGCAACCUGAUCUAAGUUUUUAAAAUUAUCCCUGGCAUGAAGAGAGUGGAUAGAGAAAAACUUUUCUCCCUCUCUCAAAACACUAGAACUUGUGAGCAUCGAAUAAAGCUGAAUGUUUGAAGUUUCAGGACAGAGAAAAUAAAGUACUCCACACAGUAGUUAAACCAUGGAACUCACUCCCACAGGAGGCAGUGAUAGCCACCAACUUGGAUGGCUUUAAAAGCGGAUUAGACAGAUUCAUUGAGGAGAGGGCUGUUGAUGGCUACCGGCCAUAAUGGCAGCGAUCAGACUCCCUGGUCGGAGGCAGUAAUGUUUCUGAAUAUUGGUUGCUAGAAACUUCAAGAGGGGACAUUGCCCAUGUGCUCAGGUCUUGGUUGAGGGUUCCCCAUUCGGGCAUCUCAUUGGCCGCUGUGAGAACAGGAUGCUAGGCUAGAUGGGCCAUUGGCUUGAUCCAGCAGGAAGGCUAUUCUUAUACCCUUAGGAGUUAACAGUGAACCAACUUAUCGCAUAACUUCUACUCAUUAAUUUGAUUGUGGGUUUCGUUUCAAGGUUUUUUUAACAAUGGUUAAAUCUGGUGAAGGGAACAAGUGGGUACAGCAGUGAAGUUGCUGGUGCUCCUGUGUGAGUCCCAGCCUUCAUUAUCUCCUGGACCAAUCAUUGUUCUUCCUUUCCUCUUUGAAGGAUUUGGAAUUCAUGUGCCAGGGGGGUAGGAGGAUAGCUUCAGUUUGGAAGUGGUUCAAGUUUCUGCCGGGAGAAUUUAUCUUUACGAUAAACUGCACGCAUCCCCCAAAACCAUCUGUGUUGACAGCGUGAUGUGUUUAAUGAGCCAGCAAUAGGCAGCAUGUUGUGUUCCUGAUUUCAUUUGCUCCUCAUUAAAGAGUUGACACAGGACAGGCAUGUGCAGUUAUCCCCCCACUUUUUUUUGUUUUGUUUUAAGGCUAUACUUGCCUGCUGUUCGUUUAAAAACCCUGGAUCCUUUACUUCAGGACUGGAGUGACUGCUAUGAGGAAAGUUUGCAGCAUCUGGAGCAUUGUAGUUUAUAGGAAAAAUGAGUAAGAGGCAACAUAGUAGAUAAUGUUUAUAAAAUUAUACAUGGCAUGGAGUACAGUUUUUAUUCCUCUCUCAUAAUGCUAGAACUCAUUGGCAUCCAAUGAAGCUGAAUGUUGGAAGAUUCAGGACAGAUCAAAGAAAGGCUUUCAUUGUGCUGCACAGAGUUACUGUGGAACUCAUUUCCCCAGUUGCUGGGAACCACAGAAGACAAGAGUUGCUUUGCCAUCAUGUUCUGCUUACCUCUGUAGGAGACACUUGGUUGUCCACUGUGAGAACAGGAUUCUGGACUAGAUGAGCCACUGGUCUGAUCUAGCAGUCUUGUCUUAUGUUCUUAUGGUUUUCCAAACUUUUGAACUCAUAGACCCCUUGGUGAGCUUUUAAAGUUGCCAUUGGUCCCCAAUCCAAAUUCUUAGUGAUGAAAAUGAAAUAAAGUUAAGAAAUAACAACAUCUAAUCAACAUUUAUUCAUCUUCAACCACAGUUACAAGGAAUAAUAAAUGUAAAGAAAAUAAGGAAGUAAAACAAUUGAAAAUAAUGAUGAUACCAUACCAGUCUGGACCUUAGAAGAACAUUGCUGGAACAUUGCAGGCAAGUGGUCCAUCUAGUCCAGCAUUCUUUUCUCACCGGGGCUGACCAGAUUCCUCCGUGGAAAACCAUAGAGCAGGACCUGAAUACAAGAACACUCUCUCUUCCUGCAGUUGCUAGCAACUGGCUUUCAGAAACAUUACAUUAUCCAUGCACUAUAUUUCUGACACAGUUCCAAGUUAAAGUUUUUGCACUGUAUGAAGUCAAUGAGAAAAAUGUAUAGGCUGGUAUUCUGAUGCCAGUGAAGACAGGUGGGCACCGCAAAACAUUUUCAUGUAUGAGGAACAUCCAUCCCAUGAUAAAUGCAUGUCUGGAAAUGCCCUGGGCAAAUUAAAAUGAAAGACAGUUUUCAUUUGACAUCAGAAAGAGAAUAAAGAUUACCGCUGACAUUCAUGAUGGGGUUUUAAGCUCUCUCUCAAUUUUUGAAAUGCCUUCCCAAUGACAGAUAUCUCUCUUGACACUACCUACUUGAACUUCGCCAGCUUACCAUUUGCUGGCAGUCAAUUUUCUCCUGGUUCAUCCAUUAUAGUACAUAUUUCUCCAUUUAGAAAUAACAAACCUCAAAACAAUCUGAAAAACUAGAUUUCAGCGUAAACACUUUUACCUAAUGUUUCUCUCCCCCACUCCUUAGAAGAUCCAUGUUAUUUAGGCUGCCCUAUAAAUAAAGCUUAGUCAUCCUUUUUACACUUGUCAGAAAUGAUCUUGGUCUGCGUUUAAAAGGCUAGAAAUGUUGUGUAUUUGUGUAUAUGUGUGUGUGUGUGUUUGUGUGUUUGUGUGUUUGUGUGUGUGUUUUAAAAAUGGAGAAGGUUCUGCAAUAUUAUCCUGCCUGAGAGCCAGUGGUUAAGAGCGGUGGACUCGUAAUCUGGUGAACCGGGUUCGCGUCUCCGCUCCUCCACAUGCAGCUGCUGGGUGACCUUGGGCUAGUUACACUUCUCUGAAGUCUCUCAGCCCCACUCACCUCACAGAGUGUUUGUUGUGGCGGAGGAAGGGAAAGGAGAAUGUUGGCCGCUUUGAGACUCCCUAGGGUAGUGACAUAGCGGGAUAUCAAAUGCAAACUCUACUUCUCAGUUGAAAACCUCGUUUUCUGAGAAUCACAGCUUAUGGGUGUGAUUUAAAUUGUUGAAACCUAAAGCUCUGUGUUAGAAGCUCUUAAGCUCGCCCCUUCUCUGGCUGUUUCUGAAAUGUGGUCUUAAUGAUGACUACAUCUCUUGACACUAGCUAAUUAGGAGCUGUUUUAACUUGCUUAAUUAGGACUGUUUAAAAGCUUGAAAGAAAAGAAUAACCACCUGCUUCUUCCCCCCCCCCUUUACAACAGCACCCAGUUUUCCUUAGAUUGACUUAAGAGGACUGGUUCUUUUGUUCAAACUUACUCUUGAUUGCUUUUAAAAGCUCUGGUAUAUUAGUGGAGAUGAAUUAGGUAUGGGGAAACUUCGGCCAUACAGAUGUUGCUGAACAUGUCUGUGGAUGAUGGGAGUUGUAGUUCAGCAAUAUCUGGAGAGGCAAAUGUACCCCACACCUGAGAUCAAGCUCCUGUGUUGGGAGAAGGAGAGCACACAGUCUCUAAAGGGAAUAGGGAGUGAGGGAGAAGAAGCUGGUGCACAAUUCAGAUUUGAGAGCAUUUACAAACCAUCGUUUUUAGUUUUGUCGGCAAUGGCAAGCAGUGGUUUGAUCAAACCUGAGAGUCAGUCAUUGACUUGGUUCAGAAAACCUUUCCAACCUUCAUAAACCAUAGUUUAUGAAACCAGGAAUGAGUACCAGGCUUUCAUGCUCCUCCUCUACCUUCCUCCUCCCCUUCUAUGUCGGCUUCAGUGCUUCCUAUGUUAUUAUAUAUCGUGUCAGAGAGGGUAUGGUAGAGUUGGAAAAGGUUCAGAAAUAAUGGUUCUGAUUACCAGCUGCUGGAAGCCACAGGAGGGGAGAGUGCUGCUUCUAUGCUUGAUUCUUGCUUGCACUCUUUCCACAAGCAUCUGGUUCAACACUGAGAACAGGAUGCUGGACUAGGUGGGCCACAGACCUGAUCCAUCAGGGUUCUCCAUAUGUUCCUAUAAUCUUACAAGCUGCAUCACAGGUCUGAUUAGAAUAAUACUCAGUAUAUUUCUAGCAACUGCUGCUGACUCUUAGCAUUUUUAAUGCCUCUCGCUGUAGAAGUCCAGGCAUACUGAGGUUCAACUGGCAAACCUGCUGAUGAGGUGUCAGGCAGGUACUGUUUAGUGGCGUUUAGAACCUGAAGACGGGGAUAAAGGAUUGCCCUGUGUGCAGCCUCUGGAAAGCUGUAUAGAGCAAGAAAACAUGCUUUCAUCUUGGGUGAGACAUUUGAGGCUUUAAACUUGUUCCUUUCCUUAAAAAACACAACACCCAUUACCAGUACUUAUUGCAGCAAAUAAUGACAGUAAGUAAGUAAGCCUAGUUCUGCUUUGUAAAGUGUUAGCAAUAUCAAAAGCAACACGAUGGCCAGAAACAAUUACAAUGUGAAAAACUUUAUGGAAUAAUUCAAAACAUCAAAACUAACAAACUGAAGUCUCUGAAAGUCCUUAAAUGAAUCACGGUGCCAGACUUUACCUGGCGAAGAACAAGCUGUGAAGCUUUGUAUAAUCAGCAAAUGUCCAAUUCUGAUGUCCAGCUCUAACUCUGAACAAGAGUUUUUACAGUUUUCCACAUGGCUUAACUCCUUACAUCCAUCUUUAUCUUUCUCGGGUCAUCAUAGCUGUGUUUCUUGUAUUUUUUUGGAUGUUGAGGUUAUAAAACAUAAUGGCUUCCUUGCUGUUAAACCUCAUAAAAAACCCACUGAUUGUAAUUCUCUAUUACACUAUUCUUUUCACCCCAGACAACUGAGGGACAACUUUCUUUAUGGAAAAUUUUUACGCCUUAAAAGAAAUACCUCUUUGAAAAAUGUUGGGCUGAAGUGAAAAAAGAUUUAGAAAUUUGGUCAAAUUUGAAGCUUUCACUGCUAGGCCGUAUUGCUGUGAUAAAAAUGAAUGUAUUGCCUAGAAUGUUGUUUUUGUUUCAAACAUUGCAAGUUUUGGACAAAAUGGAUCGCUUCAAGAAGUGGCACAGAGAUAUUUCUAGAUUUGUCUGGCAGGGCAAGAAGCCCAGAAUAAAAUUUAAAAUAUUAACGGAUGCAAAGGAAAGAGGUGGAUUUGCCCUGCCAGACCUUAAACUUUAUUAUGAAUCAGCAGCUUUUUGCUGGCUGAAAGAAUGUCUGCUUCUUGAAAACACAGACAUUUUGGACUUAGAAGGUUUCAAUAAUGUAUUUGGAUGGCAUGCAUAUUUGUGGUAUGACAAGGUCAAAGCACAUAAAGCAUUUAAGAAUCAUAUUGUCAGGAAAGCAUUGUUUAAUGUCUGGAUAAGAUAUAAGGAUUUAUUGGAAAAUAAAACCCCAAGGUGGUUGUCACCGAUGGAGCGAAAGCACUGAAAAAGCUCAAUAUGGAGGCCAAAUGGCCGAAAUAUUGGGAAAUUCUGGAACAAGAGGGAGACAGAUUGAAACUGCAGAGUUUUGAGAAACUAAAAAACAAAGUGCGAGAUUGGUUUCAUUAUUAUCAGAUAAUGGAGGCAUAUAAUUCGGACAAGAAAAUUGGCUUCCAGGUGGAAAAAUCAAAAUUAGAAACAGAACUGUUAGAACCCAAAACUAAGACUUUAUCAAAGAUGUAUAACUUGCUGUUGAAAUGGAAUACUCAGGAUGAAACGGUGAAAUCUGCUAUGAUUAAAUGGGCACAAGACGUUGGACAUAACAUAAUGAUGGCUGACUGGGAACAGUUAUGGACCACAGGUAUGAAGUUUACGGCAUGCAAUGCCUUAAGAGAGAAUACUAUGAAAAUGAUAUACAGGUGGUACAUGACACCAGUCAAGUUUGCAAAAAUCUAUCAUUUGCCCGAUAAUAAAUGUUGGAAAUGUAAAGAAACUGAAGGUACAUUCUUUCACCUUUGGUGGACCUGCCCAAGGAUUAAGGCUUUCUGGGAGAUGAUCUAUAAUGAAUUGAAAAAGGUAUUUAAAUAUACCUUCUUGAAGAAACCAGAGGCCUUUCUCCUGGGCAUAGUCGGCCAAUUGGUGUUAAAGAAGGAUAGAACCUUCUUUAUGUAUGCCAAAACAGCAGCAAGAAUACUUAUAGCAAAGUAUUGGAAGACACAAGAUCUACCCACUCUGGAAGAAUGGCAGAUGAAGGUGAUGGACUACAUGGAAUUGGCGGAAAUGACUGGCAGGAUCCGAGACCAGGGAGAUGGGUCGGUGGAAGAAGAUUGGAAGAAAUUUAAAGACUAUUUACAGAAAUAUUGUAAAAUUAAUGAAUGUUAGAAUGAUGUUAGAAUGAAAUUAAGUGGUUCUAGUAGCAAUGUCAUAAAGGUGUAUGUAAAAAUGGAUGGUUAAUAGGUGAGAAUCUAAAGUUAUAAAAUAUUAAGUUAAAGGACUAAGAUAUAAACAAAGAGGGAAAGGAAUUGCUGAAUUAACCAAUUGAACUGGAAUACAAAAAAGGGAGGUGAGAGGAGGUCAGGGAAGCAAGGAAAUGAAAUGUAAGAUACAGAAGGAUUAAUUUGUUUUUAAGUGUUUCUUUUUUAUUUUUUUUCUGUACUUUGUAUGUUUUUUCCCCUUCUUUUUUAUAUAUUUUUCCUUGUUUCUUCUCUCUUUAACUAUGUAAUUUUUUGUUUUUGAAAUUUUAAUAAAUAUCAUUAAAAAAAAAAAGAAAUACCUCUUUUGACCAUGAUUUCCAUAACAGUGCAGAUAUUCUAGCUCACUUUCUUCAUUCCAGAGGAUAUCCUCCCACCAUUGUCAACAGGUCCAAAUAUAAAUCUCUUACGAAGGUCUGGACGUUGCUUCUCAGUCCCUCAACCACCUCACAGUCUCAAAAUCGCAUUAUAGGCUCAUUAAUAAUAAUAAUAAUAAUAAUAAUUUUUAUUUAUACCCUGCCCUCCCCAGCGAAGGCCGGGCUCAGAGUGGCUUACAAGCAAUAAUAAAAACAAGUUGAAUGAUUACAACUUAAAAACAAAAUUAAAAUACAACAUUAAAAUAUUGAAACAUUAAAAUAUUAAAAUGUAGCCUCAUCGCAGAAGGAGAAGGAAAGGAAAAAAGAAAGAGAGGGAGGGAAUCAAAUUGGCUCCAAGCCAAAGGCCAGGUGGAGCAACUCUGUCUUACAGGCCCUGCGGAAAGAAAUCGGAUCCUGCAGGGCCCUGGUCUCAUGAGGCAGAGCGUUCCACCAGGCCAGAGCCAGAGUUGAAAAGGCCCUGGCUCUGGUUGAAGCCAAUCUAACUUCCUUAGAGCCCGGGACCACUAGGGUGUUGCUAUUUAUGGACCUUGAGGCUCUCCGUGGGGCAUACCGGGAGAGGCGGUCCCGUAGGUACGAGGGUCCUAGGCCAUGAAGGGCUUUAAAGGUCAAAACCAGCACCUUAAAUCUGACCCUGUACUCUACCGGGAGCCAGUGCAGUUUGAAAAGCACUGGGUGAAUAUGCUCCCAUGGCAGAGACCCUGUGAGGAGCCUCGCUGCAGCAUUCUGCACCCUCUGGAGUUUCUGGGUCAGCUUCAAGGGCACCCCCGCGUAGAGCGAAUUACAGUAGUCAAGCCUGGAGAUGACUGUCGCAUGGAUCACUGUGGCCAGGUCGGGGCGGGAAAGGUAAGGGACCACCUGCUUGAUGCGGCGAAGGUGGAAAAAUGUCGCCUUGGCUGUUGCUGUAACUUGCGCCUCCAUGGAAAGGGAGGCGUCAAGGAUUACACCCAAACUCUUAACGGAAGGCAAUGGCACUAAUUGGGCCCCGCAAGAGAAGGGAGUUGGUCCCUCAUCCCCAUGCCAUCCCGACCCAGCCAUAGGACCUCUGUCUUCGAAGGAUUUAGUUUCAAUCGGCUCCCACGAAACCAUGCAGCCACAGCUUCCAAGCAUCUGGUCAGUGUGUUCGGGGCCGAGUCGGUGUGGCCAUCCAUCAGCAGAUAGAGCUGAGUGUCAUCAGCAUAUUGGUGACAGCCCAGCCCAAAGCUCCGGAUAAUCUGGGCAAGGGGGCGCAUAAAGAUGUUAAAAAGCAUCGGGGAGAGAAUUGCGCCCUGCGGCACUCUACACACCAAGGAGUGGCGCGACGACAUUUCCCUCCCUAGUGCCACCCUCUGUCCCCGACCAGAGAUAAAAGAGCACAGCCAGUUACGGGCUAUGCCCUGUAUCCCCACGUCUGCGAGGCGGUGGUCCAGAAGAUCAUGAUCGACCAUGUCAAAGGCUGCUGACAAAUCUAAAAGGAUCAGCAGUCCUGACCCGCCUCGAUCCAGUUGUCUACGGAGAUCAUCUGUAAUGGUACACUGUUAGAGUACACUACUCAUGCAGACAGAAUUAUUAGAAUUAUAUGCAAACAUUGGCAUGUACUCUGGAAUGUACCAGGUUGUAAUGAAUUUCCUUUGAUUGGCCUGAGACGGACCAAAUCAAUUAAAGAUAUGUUAGUACACACAGAUAUGAAUUCUGAAAGAAUUAUAACUCGUACCAUUAGCACUUCUGGGCCCACUGGUCACCAUAAAUGUGGCAGAUGUUCAUCUUGCCCAUUUUCUUUACAGACUAAAGAAAUUUAUGAUGAGAAAACCAAUUUCAGAUUUGUUAUUUGUCAAUUUAGUACAUGUCAGACCAGAGAUGUGGUCUACCUUACUCAAUGUCCUAUUGUAUAUAGGCUCUGCCACUUGAGCAGUUGGAGUUCGGAUUGGGGAACAUUGCUCACGCAUACGUAAUGCCAGUAUGGAGGCACCUCUGGUAGAACAUUUUGUUUCUCACAAUCAUUCAGACACGGAUUUAUUAUUUACAGUUUUAUGGGUGAAUCAGAAGACAAUUGGUAUCAGAAAAGAUUAUGAGUGACAGUUACGGCAGCAAGAAGCCAGUUUUAUUUUCAUGUUUAAAACUAUUCAUUCAGAGGGACUUAACUCUGAAUUAGACCUCAAUUGUUUUAUUUGAUUAUCUGCAUCUUUGCUGUUACUUUGUACUGUGUCUUUAAACUUGGUCUCCUUGUUAUUAGUGUCACCUGGGGUUGGCUAUAUACAUUUUUCAAAAAAUGUUGUCAGUAACACUGACUACAUAAUCACAUGAGCACUGUUCCAGAGUAUUUUUCAUUCUCAUGUAUAUUAUAUCUAUUUGAAAAAAGAUUGGGUAUGUAACCUUUUUAUGUUACAAUUUAUAAUUUCUACACUGAUUGAAGUUGUUGUUAUGCAUGUGCAGGUCAUCGUUUGAAUAUUUUAUUUUCAGUUAAUGAAGAAAUUACAAAUCUUUCUACUUAUGAGUGUUGAACUAAUUGGCUGAUGAAGAAUUAAAUGAAACAGUAGUUGUUAUCCGGAAACACUGUUCAGCAGAGUUCAGAGUUGGACAUCAGAAUUGGACAUUUGCUGAUUAUACAAAGCUUCACAGCUUGUUCUCCGCUGGGUAAAGUCUGGUACCGUGAUACGUUUAAGGACUUUCAGAGACUUCAGUUUGUUAGUUUUGAUGUUUUGAAUUAUUCCAUAAAGUUUUUCACAUUGUAAUUGUUUCUGGCCAUCAUGUUGCUUUUGAUAUUAAUGACUCAUAUUUUGCAACACAGGGGAUUGUUUACUCAUUGUAAAGUGUUAGAGCAGAGUUUGAAAGUUCCUGUGUGGUCAGUGUAAUGUCAUUGGGGCCAAAUUUAUGCCCCUUGGCAGAGGUAUUUGAGUCCUGCAUUUGCAUUUAGAUCCUUCUUGUGGACUUCUUGUGGACUUCCCAUCUGGUGGCCACUGUGAGGACAGGAUGCUGGGCUAGAUGGGCCAUUGGCCUGAUCCAGCAGUGUUCUUCUAAUACUAUACGUACCUUCACUUCUGCUUCUUUUCAAAAUAACAACUUAAGAGAGACAAGUGUUGAUGGGCUUCAGCUAAGUAGCUCAGUACUUCCAAAAUUGGAACCUGACCUUAUUUUAGUUAGGUUGACAGACCUUUGAUGACAUCCAGAUGCUGGCAUGAUGCAUCUUUUGAGGCCUUCUUGCUGGUUCUGAAUCAUCUUAGCCGUACCCAUGAGUCACUAUCCUGGCCUGUGAGUGACUUGUAGGCAUGGCAUAUUCUGGGUAAGAGCAGCUUCUUGUGGUUAAAAAGAAAGCAGAAGGACUUGUGAUGGGAACUUUACUUUUUGGGAGAUCAGGGGAUCAGCCAGAAGAGCAUUUUGCUAUUGCACCUAAGGCUGUCUCCACAAUGGCGUUUUUAGUUGGGCUUGGUUUAACACCAGUUAAGUGCAGCUGAGCUGAGGAUCUGCACAGCAACUGUCUCUAACAGGUUAAUGUUUUCUGCCCUUUGGGAAGAGCUACAUUGAUUGGCUUGAUAAGAAGGAGAGUCUGUGCAAUUUCUGAGGCAUGUGUGAGUUUCAUGUGAGGUCGCUGGCACACACUUUUUCUCCAUGUGAACUGAGUAGAAUGAAGGGGAUGCCCUUAAAAUAGAGUGUGUGGCCUGGGGAGAGUUUAGAGGGCCAGGCAGAGAGACCUGGAAGCCACAUUUGCCCCCUAGGCCUAAGCUUCACCCUUCCUCCCUGCCUUCAAGCUUGGAGAUUCUUUUUUAUUAUUUAUAAUUUAUUUACUGCAUUUAUAUCCCAUUUUUUUCUGUGCAGAGCUGAACGUGGUGUACAUUUAAUCCCUACAGCAACCCUGUGAGGUAGAUUAGGCUGAGAGAGGCAGUGACUGGCCCAGGGUCACACCCAGUGAGCUUCAUGGCCAAGUGGGGACUUGAAUCCUGGUCUCUCUAGUCCAACACUCUAACCCUGGCUCUCAAGCCUCAUUGAAAUAAGCUUUUCUUAAGCCUCAUUGAAACAAGCAUUAACUGUACAAGACCAUAGCAUCCAAAUAGACAACAGGGAAUCUGGGAUUUUCUGCUCUUCCCUGGUGUUGGCUUUUGUAUGAAAACAUGCAUGCUUGGCAAACAAGAUGUGAAAGUGGAUGAGAGGCUGGGAGAGUAUGUCUAGCAGAGUGGCACACUCUCAUUCCCUGCUGCUGUGUGCGUACAGUAUUUGGUGCUGGCGUGGAAGAGCCCUCCUGUCCCCAGCUGUUUCUCCUGCACUGUCUCGCUCAGUAAUAAUGCUGUGGAGAGGUCUCUGAUUCCAGUAUUCUCAUAAUACUCUGCUCCUCCCCAGCCUUUCCUUGUCCAGAACCUAACAUGUGGAAAUGCUGCUCAGAGUAUAUUCCAAUAUAUUGCAGUGACACCUCCCUCUUUCUCCUUUAAUCUGGGUUCAAGCUUGACUUCCUGAUUUUUUGCUCCUCAUCUCGGCAGGCAUCAGACUUGAUUUUUUUCCUUUAAAUUCCUGCAGCGUGCUUUGCAUUUAUAGGCAAUUGGGAGCGAUUUGGCAAGCGAUCUGUGCAGUUCUGCCAGGGUGGUGUUGUGGUUAGAGUGUUGGACUAGUCCCCACUCAGCCACAAAGUUCACUGGGUGACCUUUGGUCACAGUCACUGUCUCUUAGUGUGGACAGUACUGGGCUACAUAGACCAAUGACUCAUUAGAAGGCACCUUCCUAUGUGUCCAUUUAAUUCAGCUCUUUAGUCAUAACUAAGACAACUAUUUUUUUUUGGUGGGGGGAAUCAUAGAAUCAUAGAAGAAUCAUUGUGGAAGAGACCACAAGGGCCAUUGAGUCCAACCCCCUGCCAAGCAGGAAACACCAUCAGAGCACUCCUGACAUAUGGUUGUCAAGCCUCUGCUUAAAGACCUCCAAAGAAGGAGACUCCACCACACUCCUUGGCAGCAAAUUCCACUGUCGAACAGCUCUUACUGUCAGGAAGUUCUUCCUAAUGUUUAGGUGGAAUCUUCUUUCUUGUAGUUUGGAUCCAUUGCUCCGUGUCCGCUUCUCUGGAGCAGCAGAAAACAACCUUUCUCCCUCCUCUAUGUGACAUCCUUUUAUAUAUUUGAACAUGGCUAUCAUAUCACCCCUUAACCUCCUCUUCUCCAGGCUAAACAUGCCCAGCUCUCUUAGCCGUUCCUCAUAAGGCAUCGUUUCCAGGCCUUUGACCAUUUUGGUUGCCCUCCUCUGGACACGUUCCAGUUUGUCAGUGUCCUUCUUGAACUGUGGUGCCCAGAACUGGAUACAGUACUCCAGGUGAGGUCUGACCAGAGCAGAAUACAGUGGCACUAUUACUUCCCUUGAUCUAGAUGCUAUACUCCUAUUGAUGCAGCCCAGAAUUGCAUUGGCUUUUUAGCUGCCGUGUCACACUGUUGGCUCAUGUCAAGUUUGUGGUCAACCAAGACUCCUAGAUCCUUUUCACAUGUACUGCUCUCAAGCCAGGUGUCCCCCAUCUUGUAUUUGUGCCUCUCAUUUUUUUUGACCAAGUGCAAUACUUUACAUUUCUCCCUGUUAAAAUUCAUCUUGUUUGUUUUGGCCCAGUUCUCUAAUCUGUCAAGGUCGUUUUGAAGUGUGAUCCUGUCCUCUGGGGUGUUAGCCACCCUCCCAGUUUGGUGUCAUCUGCAAAUUUGAUCAGGAUGCCCUUGAGUCCAUCAUCCAAGUCGUUGAUAAAGAUGUUGAAUAAGACCGGGCCCAAGACAGAACCCUGUGGCACCCCACUAGUCACUCUUCUCCAGGAUGAAGAGGAACCAUUGAUGAGCACCCUUUGGGUUCGGUCAGUCAGCCAGUUACAAAUCCACUGAGUGGUAGCAUAGUCAAGGGUCAUAGCUCAGUGGUAGAGCAUCAGCUUUGCAUGCAGAAAUGCCAGGUUCAAUUCCCAAUGGCAUAUCCAGGUAGACCUAGGAUACAGUCCCGUUCUGAAACCCUGGAGAGCCUUUGCAAGUCAGUGUUGGCAAUACUGACCUAGGUGGACUAAUGGUCUGAUUCAGUACAAGGCAGCUUCUGUCCAAUCCUCAUUGUGGUGCCUCUGAGACUGAGACUGUCCAGUUGCUGAUAAGUGCUUAAAACAAAGCAUAUCCCAUUUUUACUACUGGAGGUAUGAACAAGAUAAUAAUAAUAAUAAUAAUAAUAAUAAUAAUAAUAAUAGUAAUCGUAGUAAUAAUAAUAUUUUUAUUGGUACUCCACCCUUCAUGGCCGGAGCUGGGCUCAGAGUGGCUAACAUAAUAUAAAUAAUACAAUAUGCAUAAAAACAAGCAAUCAAUUGAUUAAAAUGCAUCCCAAAAUUAAUUAAAAUAAAUUAAAGUUAAAGUUAAAACUGUACAAUUACAAUCCUCAGGUUAAAAUUGAAAGUGGUUAAUACUUGCUAGGACCAACUGUUUCCAGUGAUAUUAUAAGGACUUGUGAACGGGCUGGGAAACCGCCUUCGUGCUUGUUCUUAUACAAAGAGAAAAUGAUGAUAACCCCUAAUCCAAACCCUUCAAGUCUAUCAAUACUUACAGAAUCAUAGAACCAUAGAAUUGUAGAAUUAGAAGGGGACCCAAGGGUCAUCUAGUCCAACCCCCUGUAGUGCAGGAAUCUUUUGCCCAACAUGGGGUGUGAACUCACAACCCUGAGACUAAGAGUCUCAUGCUCUACCGACUGAGCUAUCCCAGCUGCAGCUUCUUAAGUCACAUUUAACUGUCUUUUCAUUUAAAGUGCAUUGUGUGAUUAGUUCACUGUGCCUGUUAAUGACCACCACUCAACUGUUGCUGAAAGCUGUGUUCUAAAAGAAAAAGUGACUGAAAGAACUGGGGGGAGGUGGAGGAGGAGGAGAAAAAGAUGGUAGAGAGAAGUGGGGUCCUUGAAAUGGGGUCAGUCCUUAGCAUUUCCAGGUAGGUUUAGGAAAUACACCUAUCUGAAAUGAUAGAGAGCCACUGCCAGUAAUGCAGAAGUUCCCAGGUUCAGUUCUUAAUGGAAUAUCCAGGUAGAGGUGGAGUUGAUUUCACUGAAAACUGCUGCCAGUCAGAGUAAACAGUACUGAGCUAGAUGAACCAAUGUAUUUGACUCAUGCAGCUUCCCAUAUUCCUAAGGGACAGACACACACUCUCUCUCGCACACAAGCUCCUUAUUCUUGGAACACACACACUUCUUAUUCUGUCUGUGUUCCUUCACCACCUGUAGAACAAAUAGUUUAGGAAAAUGUAUUAGCACUGACCUGGAUACCUGCGACACCUCCCCUCCUCACUGCUUUAUUUAAAUGAAGGAAAUUGUAAAGCAUACAGGAUCUGUGAUGAAGUUACCCUUUUUGGCUCGAGGGUAUUGACCAAAGUUGUUUUACCUGACUCAUCUGUAUGGUUGGAUUGUCUUUUCUUGGGUAAAGUUCAAAGAUAGACUUAGACAGGCUGCGGUGUGUGUGUGUGGGAGAGUUGUGCUUUUUAAAAAAAAGCCUCUUAAAAGCCUGUGUUUUUCCACCACAUUUCUAUUAUACUAGAUGAGUCUUUGAUUUCCACUUUGUGUUUUUUCCUCUGCCUGUUUGUUGAGAUGUGACCUGCAGUUCACUGUAAGGAUGGCAGUGUGAUGGCGGCAUCUUAAUAUAGGGCAGGUGCUCAAAAGCUCUGCGGCAAAACUCUCUCUUUUCUCUUGAUUGAUUUUCCUUUUCUUUUUUUAAAAAGAGGACACCUGCCAAUAUGGAACUAUUUCUUACUACCUAUCAUAGAAUCAAAGGAAUGUUGGGUGGAAGGGAUCCCAAGGCUCAUCUAGUCUAACCUGCCACAAUGCAGGAAUUAUAACUAUGUGCCACUAUUGUGGCGCUGAGUGGGCAUUUCUGCAAAGCUAGGCAGGAGACAAUCAAGAGAAAGUCAUUAUUCAUGCAGCACAUAGUUAAACUGUGGAACUUCCUCCUGCAGGAGGUGGCAACAGUCACUACCUUGGAGGACUUUAAAAGAAGAUUAGACAAAUUGAUGGAGGAAUAUGGAUAUGUUUUAGCUCCAUUGUUGGAGGCAGUAAAAACUUUUGAAUACCAGUUGCCCAAAACCGCAGGACAGGAGAAUGCUCUUGUGCCUUGGUCCUGCUUGUGGGUUUCCCAGAAGCAUCAUGUUGUGAGAACAAGGUGCUGGACUAGAUCGGCUACUGGCAUGAUCUAGCAGCGCUCUUCUUAGGUUCUUAUGAUUUGGGUGGCCACAUUUAAUUUCAGUAGAGCCAGUGUGACGUAAUGGUUGGAGUGUUGGACUAUGACCUGGGAGAUCUGGGUUCGUAUCCCCACUCAGCCAUGAAGCUCACUGGGUGACCUUGGGCCAGUCAUCAUCUUCUAGCCUAGCCUACCUCACAGGGUUGUUGUGAGGAAAAAUGGGGAAGAGGAGAAACAUGUGCACCAUCUUGAGCUCACUGGAAGAUAAAGGUGGUAUAUAAAUAACAAUAAAUAAAUAAAUAAUAAUUUCUAGAUGUUUUGCAUCAUCUUCCUUCCCCUUCCAAGCAAUUACUAUUUGUUUUAUCUCCAAGCUGCAGCCCAUUUCAUUUUUUUUUUUUUAAGGAAAUUCAUUCCUGCCCUUGAUUAAGCUCCACAUAAUAGCUUCCACUGCUCACUCAUACAUUCAUUAAGAAGAAUUAAACAAGGGCUGGCAGCCAUUAGCAGAGAGCUAAUAACCUCACCGCAGGAAAGCGCAGCAGCUUGGAAUAAAUGAACAGGAGCAGAAACAAAUGAAAUAACUUCAUGGAUUUAUGCGUGACUAAUUUGCUGCUUCUUUUUUUCACAAAAAAAGUCUGAUUUACAUGGAUUUAGCACUCAUGAAAAGAGCUGGAUUGACAGGCCUUGAAGGACUGCUGUCAAUGGCUGUCAAAACAGAUGCACAGACCAGAGAACAGACCGGGACUUGCCAAUAUCCCUGCAAAGCGACAUGUUUCUACCAUUGGGGGGGGCACAGUUUUGGCACCUCAUCCGGUGCCUGCUCAGUUUGCCUUACAGCUGAGGCUGUCACCAAGGAGGCCUCUGUUUGGUGGGGCUCAGGGAGAUGGCAUUAAUGAGACCCAUCGAUUGUCUAGGAAAUAGAGCAUAGAUACCAAUCUCAUGUAUGUGGUUGGGCUCAUAGAAUUAGCAUCCUGGGACGAGUUUGAACAUUGGUAUUCAGAAGCAUACUGCCUUCAACAGAGGAGGGAUAAUUUAAAAAGAGCCAUGCUAGAUCAGGCCAAUUGGCCCAUCUAGCCCAUCAUCUUGUUCUCACAGUCGCUAGCUAGAUGAUUGUGGGACUCCAAAAACUCAAAAAAUAGGAGUUCAGCACAUUAGCACUCUACCCACCUGUGAAGAGGAAGAAUAUAGUGUCAUCCUGGCUAGAAGCUACUGAUUAUCUCAUCCUGCAUGUGUGUUGUGUAGUGGUUAGAGUGUCAAACUAGGACCUGGCAGUCCAUUCAGCCAUGAUAGUUGUGAGGAUGAAACAGGGAGAGUGGAAGAACCGUGUACAUCACCUUGAAGCCUUUGGAGGAAAGAAGUUGAGAUAUCAACAUAAUAACCAUAGUCGAUUAGUUGAAGCCUCUUUUAAAGUUGUCCAAGCUGGUGGUCAUCACACAGCGCACCUACGAGUUGCAAAUGUAACUAUAUGCUGCGCAAGGAAGUCCUUCCUUAAAUUGUGUGUCCUGAAUGGUCCGAUGUUAUGCAUUGCCUUCUGAAAUUGGGGCGUAUCCUAUACAAGAGCAUUGUAAAUAGGUGCCCAAACUGUAGGGCCACAAUUCUAAAAAACUGGGGAUUGGGGUGUACCUGAAAAACAAUCCAUGAUGUGGGCUCCAACAAACUUUCUUUGGCCCAUCACAACUGUGCGUGUUGUGUGGCAUCAGAAAUGUGCGGUGGAAAAGGUUCUGAGACGUGAAUUCUUCUGCUGCACUCUUUCUCUGUGCAGUCCUCCACCACCACUUAAUUUUUUUAUUAAUUGGGAACCCAACAAAUUAAUUGGGAACCCAACAAAUGAGCAAGUUUAAAGCAUGCAACCUGGAAUGGAUGUAAUCCUAGGCCAAACUAAAAAAUCAAACUUGUAAUUAACCUUAAUUUUUUUCCAGGUGAGUAAUCUCUGCAGAGUACAUAUAAAUCUAGGCUCACUGUUCUUCAGGCGUGCUAAAAUUAGCAUGCUGACAGCAUGUACACACUCUUAGGGUGCAAUCCUGAACAAGGAUGUAAGCCCCAUUGAGCUCAGGGGUAGGAAAUUGCAUAGACUCGUGUUGCCGAAAUCUGAGUUGCAUGAAGUAAAUCAUAGUAUUGUAGAAGAGACCUAAAGGCUCAUCUAGUCUAAUCCUUGCAAUGCAGAAAUCAAUGGUAUGCUAUUUAGUUUUCACAGGUUCCAUCUGAUGAUAGUCCUACUCAUAAUAAAUCCAUUGAAAUGGAUGGCUGUGACGAACUCAGGUUCAUUAAUCUGAGUAGGAUGCCUAAGUACAAUUUAGUUGGAUACCACCCUACAUCUUAAAAUAGUUACAAGCUUUCUGAUGAUAAAUAAUGUCUAAGCAUAGCUAUGCAUUUAUUUGCAUGUUGAUUUAUUUAUUGCAUUAUAGCCCACCUUUUUCUCCAAGGAGUUCAAGGUGGUGUACCUGGUUCUCUCCUUCCUCAUUUAAUCCCCACAACAACUCUGUGAGGUAGGUUAUGCUGAGAGGCAGUGACUGGUCCAAGGUCACACCCAGUGAGCGUCAUGGCUGAGUGGGGGGAUUUGAACCAUGAUAUUUCCCAGGUUCUAGUCUGAUUCUGUAUAACCACUGGCUUAUAAUUUUAGCCUUAGAGGAAAUUCUAAACAAACUGCCCUAGGGUUGUUCUUGGAUUUGUUACCUGUGAUUCCUACAUUGCGGGGGUUGUACUAGAUCAGGAGUCAGCAAACCUUUUCAGCAGAGGGCCGGUCCACUGUCCCUUAGUCCUUGUGGGGGGCUGGACUAUAUUGGGGGGUGGGGGGAAGGAUGCAAGAGCACCAUGAGCUCUGGUGGCUGCUUACCUGUGUCUUGCAAGCAGCAGGGGCUGGCGGGACGAUGAGCAUUGCGCAAAAGGGCUCCAGAGAGGGGCUGCUUAAAAUGGCAGCCAUUUGAGCGCUGCUGCUGCUGCUGCUGGCACCAACAAAGCCCAGCCCCCUUCCUCCUCUAGGCAGGGCAGGGAGAAGCCAGGAGGAGGAGGGAGGAGGCGUAGUUGGCGCUGCCGUGUGAGGGAGAGGGAAAGAGCGUGCGUGCUGGUGAUCCACGCGGUGAUUCCCGGACUGUCUGCGGGCCGGAUCCAGAAGGCAGUUGGGCCUGAUCCGGCCUGCGGGCCUUAGUUUGCCGACCCAUGGAACAGAUGAAGUUUUGUGUCCCUUUCCACUAUAAAGGUCUAUGAUUGUGUUACUCUGAAUUGGAUUUUGAGGAUUCUGGGGAGUUUUGACAACCAAAGGUUCAAACUGUGCCUCAUUCCCUUUGAAGGACCUUCUUCCCUGCUCAAUUUCUCCACUAACCUUUACUUAAAAGAUAAAAAACUCAGACAUAGAGCAAAAUGCCGAAGCUUUCUCCAAUGAUAGCUUUUAUGACCAGUGUUUUCACAAAUGGCAGGACUGACAACCUCAAUUUUCUUCUGCUGUUUCCUGCGUUAGGGGCAGAAGCAUCUUGGUUCACAAAUAACUCAGAUCCCGAAGAUGAUAUUUUAUUUUCUUGUUGUUGUUGUUGAGACUUUGCCCCCUCCCCCCCUUCCAUCUCAGCCAUUUCGGGCCUCAUUUGAGACGCUCAUCCAGCCGAGAAACAAUGACACAAUAAUCGCCGCUAUUGAGCAGGAGUUGCAGUUUUGAAGUUUCUACCUGGGUUGCUCUCUUUGAUUGAUAUUUUAAUUUGUUUUUUUGGCAGAUGAAAGAUAAUGAAAAUCAGCUUGUGGCUGAAAGCAGCCACACUAGGGAAUACUUUAUUUUAUUUUAUUUUUUGCUUUUUAUGUUAUCCUCUUUACCCAUUUCCCCCACUUUCUCCCCAUCUCCAGCUUUUGCAUGUAGAGCUUUAACAUCGUGUUGCACAUUAAGGUACUUAAUGUAGGGAAAUCAUUUCACUCUUGAGCUCCCAGUUAAUAUAUUCCCAAGGAACUUGCUUAAAUCUCCGUGAGCUGUUUCUGUGGAAAUUUACCCCUCCUUAUUCUAUUAACUGCAGAUGGAAUUUGGAUGGGUAGGGUGAGGGGCUUCUGAGUCCUGAGGCCAAAACGUGACACUCCCAGCUUUACGCUUCUAUUUGAGGUUGCUUGAUUGUUUGAAAAAGACAAGGAUGCUUGUGGGGAAACAGAGGGGCCCUUGCGUGCUUUCACAUCCGUGACUGUCUGACAGGUGUCAUGGUGUCCUCCAGAAGUUGUGGUUCAACUCCCAGCUCUUGUUGGAUGGCUUUAAAAGAGGAUUAGGCAAAUUUAUUGAGGACAAGGCUGUCAACAGAUAAUAGCCAUGAUGUCUCCACUGUUGCCUCUGAAUACUAGUUUCUGGGAGGGAUCAUUAAUGCGGAGAGUUGCUGUUGUACGAGUCUUCCUUGCAGGCUUCCUACAGGCAUCUGGUCAGCCACUGUGAGAAGAGGACACUGGACUAGAUGAGCCAUUGCCUAAUCUAGCAGGGCUGUUCACAUUUUCUACCAGUUGCUGGGAAUUCCAUGUAGGGAGAGUGCUGAUGUGGUCAUAUUCUGCUUGUGGGCUUCCCAUAAUGGGCAUCCAGUUGGCCACUGCGAGGACAGGAUGUUGGACUAGGGCCAUUAGCCUGAUCCAGCAGGUUUGUCUUACAUUCUUGUGUUUUAUGUUCUUAUCAUCCCUGACUAUUAGCCACGCUGUCAGGGGCUGAUGAGAACUGGGAGUCCCAACAACUUUGUAGCCAUAUUGGCUAAUCCUGCUUUACACAGUGGUCUUAACUGAAAUAAUUUAGUGGUGCUUAUGCACCACUCAGGACUUCUUAAAAUAAUGAAAAUGUCAUAAAAGAACUAAUUUGUAAAAAAACCCCCAAGAUGCAUGAGUGUGUGUAUGUGUAGAAACUAGAUUCCUGUACAAAAAUAAGUUUUAAAGUUUUAUUACAGUACUACAUUUUUAUCCCACCCUUUACUCUAAGGAGCCCAAGUUUAGGUACAUAGUCCUCCCCAUUUUACCUUCACAACAACCCUGUGAGGUAAGUUUGUCUGAAAGGCAGCAACUGGCCCAUGUUUACCCAGUGAGCUGCAUGGCUGAAUGGGGAUUUGCACCCUGGUCUCUCCUAGGUUCUACUCCUCUUUUAAUCCCCAAAACAACCCUGUGAAGUAGGUUGGGCCGAGAGGCAGUGACUGGCCAGAGAUCAUCCAUUACGCUUCUUGGCCAAGUGGGGUUUGAACCCUGGUCCCCCAGAGGCCAACACGCUUAGCUGAUACACUACAUUGGCUCUCAUCCAAUUUACAUUCAUUGCUCCACUAGCACCUCUGAGUCUGCCCACCUUUCACACAAGACCCCCAGAAAGUUGCCAAGAUGAGAAUGUGGCCCUUGGUCUGAAAAGGCUUCCCUUGCCUCUGCCCUACAUCUUAACUAGCCAAGCAACAUGGAUUGCACAGGUGCAAAGCUAAAGGAGUUAAAUUUGAAAUUCAUUUAAGAUACUUCAGGGUCCAGUGGGAAUAAGCCCAGCUUUGCUAGUUAGAAGUUUCUUUCCUCCAACAAUUGUAACAUUAGCUCAGCUGAACUCGUUGACAUUUGGUCUGGCAAUGAGCCUGCUUUGAAAGCAGAGAGCAAGUUGCUAAUGGCUUUCUGUCUACAUUCCUGGUCCAUUUUCACAUUUAUUUAUUUUUUAUUCUUUACAUGGGAGCAGGUUGCACAAUCUGGCAACUUGCUAAAAACGCGUUGCCAUCUCCAGUGGGAUUUGUGGCAGGUCAAGCUGCCUCUGGGCUCCUCAACUGGGCAGACAGGAAGAAAGCACGGUGGGUGGUCAUUUCCAAUGCCAGUCCUACCCACUGAAAUCAGUAGGCUCACUGAAGCACUGAGUUUGUUUCAGAAUGGCCAUCCACAUUGGCUGCCUCUUGUGGGAGUGAGUUCCAUAGAUUAACUAUAUGUUGGGUGAGGAAGUCCUUUCUUUUAUCUAGCCUGAAUCAUCCAAUGUUCAGCUUCAUAAGACAUCCACCUAGUGUUCUGAGAGAGGGACAACACAGCCUUAAUCACUGGUAACCAUUGAUAGCCUUCUCCUCCCUGAAUUUGUCCAGUCUAAAGCCAUCCAGGUUGGCGGCUAGCACUGCCUCCUGUGGGAGUGAGUUCCACUUUUCCACUGCAUUGCAUGAAGAACUUUCUUUGAUCUGAAUGUUUUUGAGUUGCUCUGAAAACCUGAAACUACUUCAGCAGUGACACAGCUUAAGACAGUGGGGUUCAUUUUGGUUUAAACAAAUAGCAUGAUUUUGGGUAGAUUAUGUUCCUAAUGCAAACUGUAGUUUAGGAGGCAGACAUCAGCUAUUGUUGAUAGCAGUGCAUUUUACUUCCACAGUCAGAAAAAGAGCUGUUGCAGUUAGUUUAAAAUAAGUCAUCUAAAAUGCAGUUUUGUAUAUCCUCAAAAAAAUUUCACUGGAAUCAUCCUUAUCUCAGGGGAUUGGACUAUGGUUCAAUGAUAUUGUUGGUGGUGGUGGUGUCCCCCACUUACGUGCAGUUGGCUCGCGCAUGAUAAGUACUGUGAGGGGAAAUAAAUAAAUAGAUUAAAACAAGGAAAUGGUGGAGAAAGCUGGUUUGUGGUUCAUGAGGAGACCCUCCUUGGAGCUCAAAGAGGACUUUAGUGAGGUGGAGGAAGCCCCGAAGAGACCAGAGGCACAGCAAGGUUUGUUUUGGAUGCUGAGCUUCCUGUAGUGCAGCAGUAGUAGCUGCUUCUCCGCGUGGCCUAAAGCCAGACCAAGAGAUUAAAAUCUAGCUGGAGAAAGAGUUAAAUAUUGAUUAAAUAUAAUAAUAAUAAUUUUUAAUAAAAAUAAAUUUAAAGGGUAAGUUUUACCACCCACUGGAGGAGUCCACAGAUGAUUAAAACCUAAGGCCUUGCAGAAGAAAAAAAGAUAAAGAUGAUGUCAGGCGGGCCUUGCUGGGGAGAGAAUUCCACAAUUGAGGAGCCAACACAGAAAAGGCCCUUUUCUCAUGUUGCCAACCUCUGGCCCUCAUGUGAAGCGGGUACAUGGAAAAGGGCCUCAGAUGACUACUGCAGAGUCUGGUUCUUAUAGGGGGAAUUAGAACCCAGUGCACAGUGUUGGCUAUUCCUGGACUAUGCCAUACUGGUGAUAGUGUUUGAUUUGCAGAUUAUGAUUGCUACAUGGAAAUUUUCAUCUUUGAUUCAAUAAUGUUUCAUCUUUAAAAGGACUUCAUCAAGAUACACAGUCAGAUUCCAUACCACGCCCUCACUGGAUUUCUGCCUGAUUAGUGGUUAGCUAGUGCUGGGAAGACUAAGCCCAUCUGCUUGGUGCUACUUUGCAUUUGCUGCCUUGGUGGUUUUUUUUAAGGAUCUGUUUUCCUUCAGGCAGAUGCUGUGCUGUAAUUUUCCCAGAAGCUGCCUGCCACUUCCUCUUAGGUUUCGGGCAGUCUGUUUUAUUCCUGCCUGGGCCCAUGUCACAUGGACAUUGGCUUCCUGCAAAGCAUUGAGGAAGUCUUUUUUUGACCCUCUUCCCUCUUCCAUCCAUGAUAUAGGUACUUAAUCUAAAACAAAUCAAAUAAAUCAUAGCAAGUUCCCUGAGCCACAAUAGCAUUUCAGUAUCAAAUCUACUCCUCACUGUGUGCAUAAUGAGACAUGUCUGUAUGUUCUGUCAGCCUACCCUAAUUUAUUUGGCCUGUAAUCUAGGCCAGACCAUGCAAUAGAGAAAGAGAAAGAUUCUAUAAAGCAAGAGAAAAAUAUACCUCUAUUUUAAUCCUCUUCAUUGAACACUUUUGUUGGUGUGCAGUAAUUAGGAUUAGCAAAAUUCAUGUUAUGUUACUGAUAUUAGGGGGUGUUUAUAUUUGUAUAUGAGAUAGUUACAAUGUCAGACUAGCAUCUGGGAGAGACCAGGAUUUGAAUUUUGGGGUAUGGAAUCCAUUAGAUGGCCUUGGGCCGGUCACCAUCUCUCACCCUAAUCUCUGCCUCACUGAGUUGUUUUGAGGAUGCAAUGAAGUGGAGGAGAACCAUGUACACCAUGUUGAGUGACAUGUUUGAUGGUGUUUUAGCAACACAUUUUGGGAGGUGGGGAUUUAUUCCUUCUGCUCUCAGUGCAGUUGGUGGGCACUGUCAAAGGGUUGGACAGGGCUAGGGUCGGAAGGUCAGCAUCACAGAGCUUGUUGUACUUGCUGUGGGUCACAUCUCAUCUUGCUAGUUAUAAAUCGUUUUGUGGAAGGAGAGUAGGCUGGAGGUGCAUCUGUGGGAGAGGGGCUCAAUUCAGUUAAGCCAGAUGUGAUCAGCGAAGUGGGCAUGGGUCAUUGCCUACGUUGCAUUUCCCAGGGCCUGGAAGAAAUUGCUGUCCAGGAGGUAAAAAGCUGAGAAAGGGGCAUGGAGCAUAUGAUGAGGGUGCCUAUUCAGGAAUGUGACCCCCGAUGCAUGCUACAGGCUGAUUCCAGGCAUAGCUUUGUUCCUGGCUCUCCUCCUCCAGCUCAUUCAUGGCCUGGCAUGAGAUUCAGAGCAACUCAGAAGGGCUCAUUACACUUAUGAAAUUGAAAGACAUACACAGAGAAACAGAGACACGCAGAGAGGCAGACUCAUUGCCAGUCCUGCAACUGGAUCAGGCCACAGGAACAUCUAGCCCAAUCCUAUUCUUGAUGCCCCAAUGGAACGCCUUGUAAGCAGGACCUGAGUGCAACAGCAACAUUUGUGAUUCCUAGCAACUGGUAUUCAGAGAAAGACAGCCUCUGGGUAUGAAUGUUCUAUGCCCAGCUAUUAUGCCUGCCAAGGAGCUGUCAAACGAGCCAGGUCAACCAUGGGGCAGGUACACACACGGCAGGUGCGGAAUGGAAUUAGCUUUUUAGUAACAGAACAUAACAACACAGUAGAUCCUCUGGUUCGUGUUAAUGAAUCUGAGACAUUGCUGAAACUAGCUCCGUCCAUAUCGCUUUAGUCUCACCCUGGAUCCCUCCCAAGCAGAAGAAGGGGAAAGCACCUCCUCUGGGCCUGCUGCUCAACUGCAUUCAGGAUUCUCCUCAAGUGGGAUGUCGGAGAGGGAAGAGAGCCAGCAGGAAUUGGACUGUCCUGCUACUGCUUAGCAGAGGCAACCUCUGACUCUCUGCUCAUACUGUGAGUCUCAGCCUCUAACCCUGUCCUGGAAGCUCCUCUUCCUGACCCUACUUGAUUACUCAAACCCCCUGCUUCUAGCACCUCCUAGGCCAUCCCUUCUGCAGACUGUUCCUCAGUGUCCCACCACCAGGAUCCGAGAUCUAAGUAUUGUAGUCAUCUUUGGUACCCUCCCUGGAGGGCUGUUGGGCAGGUGACUUCCACUGCUCUUCCUAACCCUGCCAGUCACUAACAAUGGCUAAGUAAAACCUGGGUGCUGGAUCAGGCCAGUGGCCUCUCUAGCCUAGCAUCCUCUUCUCACAGUGCAAAAAUCAAUGGUAUGCUGUUUAGUUAUCACAGGUUCAAUCUGAUGAUAGUCCUACUCACAAUAAAUCCUCUGUGGGAUAGGUUAGGCUGAGAAUCCAUGACUGGCCUAAGGUCACACCUAGUGAGUGUCAUGACUGAGUGGGGGGAUUUGAACCAUGAUAUUUUCCAUGUCCUAGUCUGAUACUUUAACUACCAGAGCUAUAAUCCUAGAUAGAUUUAACAAUCAAUGCCUCUUAACAGGGAACUCUGGGAACUGUAGCUCUCUGAGGGAGGAAUAGGGGGCCUCCUAUCAAAUCUCAACUCCCUUAACGAACUGUCACUUCCAGAAUUCUUGGUAGGAGGAAGCCUUGGCUCUUUGUAAAGCAGUGUUAUAACGUUUAUUUUUUAAAUUUUUUGUAUAUAUUGAGUUUAAAUAUUUGUGCAGUUAUUCCAUUUGUUAUUCAAGACAUAAUAAGCUGCAUACAUAAAAAACCAAAAUGAUUCAAUAUCAGAUAAUACUGCUACAUUAAGUCUUAAGGUCUUUAAAGAUGACAUCCCUCCACCUCAUUGCGGCUCCUUACUUCUUUCUUCUUUUUUUACUGUGUCUCCCCAACCCCUUUUAAUUCAUUAGUCUUACAUAAUAUACAUUUAAAGUGUUUGGUGUGAAUACGGCUUGAGCAGAGUAUACCUCUGUUUAGAAGGGAGUUGCUUUAUUUCGAAGAAGCUUUGCUUUACUGGCUUGAAGAGAUGGGCCUUAGCCUCUGAAGGAGGAGACUAGGCACAUCAGCUCGGUGCUUUAAGCUGUGUCUCAGGCCCUGCAUAAGUUAACAAGGAAGAACCACUGACUUAAAGUCAGGCAGCAGGGUUCCUCCUGAAAGCCAGACCCCCCCCCCCCCAAAAAAAACCCGGAACAGGCUAAAGAAUAAUGGAGGGCAACUCUCCCAUAACCACUUUGGGAUGUCUGUUGCAAUCCAUUCAACAACUUAGAAAUUUCAUGCUGCCUUCAGAAACAGCAGAAACAGCUCCUCCAACAUUUCUGAACAUGUGCAGUGCAUGGUGCUUCUGGACAUGCACAAAAUGCGAUCAGUCACAGUUAUGUCUGGGACCAAUAGGGCAGAAAGCCAGCAUGCUAUCGUUGUUAGAUUGCUGGAUUAUGACCUGGGUUACCAGGGUUCAAAUCCCCUGCUCAGUCAUGAAACUCACUAGGUGCCUUUGGGCUAGUCACUGCCUCUCAUAGAAUCAUAGAGUUGGAAGGGACCACAGGGGUCAUUCUUGCAGUUCAGGAAUCUAUCAGUCUAACCUACCUCACAGGGUAGUUGUGGGAAUUAAAUGAGCAGAGGGAGAACCACUCGUGCCACCUUGAGCUCUUUGGAGGAAGGGCAGGAUAGAAAUAUAAUGAAUUAAAUUAAAUUAAAUUUAAAAAUCCAGGCAAGCAAGGUCAGGGACUCCAAUCUAGUCAGGCAAAAAAAGCACAGGGUGCAAAACAGGGAGUUGGUGUGGCCUCAGGAGACAGGGUGGUGUCUCUCUCACCUAAUCCACCUCAUAUGGAGGGUGUGAAGAUAAACCCAGAAGAUGAAAAAACCUUAGGAAAAAUGCCCACUUGGAUUUUCCAGCUGCUGCAGGCAGGGGCAACAUUUGCCCACUUCAUUUUGGAAGUGCUGUGGCUUCAUAUAUAUACUCUUCCAUUUUCUAUUGGCAUUUCAAAUCUUGUCUUUGUUUCUGUGGUGCUCCAGUGAAUCAAUAUUUCUAUCAAAGGUGCAUUUGAGCUCUUGUGCCCCAACAUGAAUCUCCCCACCGCCAACCCUUCGAUCUCAUAUCAUUUAUAGGAGGACAUACUGUCAAGAAAUGUUGCUGCAUUGCAUUUAUUUUUAUUGCCCUGCUAACACUUUCCCAAAGUCCUGGAUGAAAUAAUCCUUAGUCUCUUGAGGGUCAUAAAAAAGUCCUCAAGAGGUGUCUGAAAGACAGGUAAAAAAAAAAAAGGUAAAGGACCCCUGGAUGGUUAAGUCCAGUCAAAGAUGGCUAUGGGGUUGCAGUUCUCAUCUCACUUUUCAGGCCGAGGAAGCUGGCAUUUGUCUGCAGACAGCUUUCUGGGUCAUGUGGUCAGCAUGACUAAGCUGCUUCUGGCACAACGUAACACCAUGACGGAAGCCAGAGCGCAUGGAAACGCUGUUUCUUUCCCACUGAAGUGGUACCUAUUUAUGUACUUGCGCGGGUAUGCUUUCGAACUGCUAGGUUGGCAGAAGCUGGGACAGAGCAACAGGAGCUCCCUCCGUCGAGUUGAUUCGAACCACCAACCUUCUGAUCGACAAGCCCAAGAGGCUCAGUGGUUUAGACCACAGUGCCACCUGCAUCCCAGUCUGAAAGUCAAAAGUGAGGGUAACUGCUGCAUUGAGAAUCAUAGAACCAUAGAGUUGGUAGGUACCCUGAGUGUCAUCUAGUCCAACCCCUGCAAUGCAGGAAUCUCAAGCAAAGCAUCCAUUUCAGAUGGCCAUCCAAUCUCUGCUUAAAACCCUCCAAUGAAUAAGAGCCUACCAUCUUCUGAGAGCGUCCAUUCCACAACGGUUCUUGUCACAGAUGUCUUCCUGAUGUUUAGUUGGAAUCUCCUUUCUUGUAUCUUGAAGCCUUUGGUUCAGGUCUGGAGCAGCAGAAAACAAACUUGACCCAUCUUCCAUGUGACAGCCCUUCAGAUAUUUGAAGAUGGCUAUCCUAUCACCUCUCGGUCUCCUCUUUUCCAGGCCAAACAUGCACAACUUCCUGAACCUCACAAGGCUGGAUUUCUAUACCCUUGAUCUUGGUUGCCCUCCUCUGCACAAUUCCAACUUGUCAAUGCCCUUCUUAAAUUGUGGUGCCUACAACUGGACACAGUAUUCCAGGUGUGGUCUGACGAGGGCAGAGCAGAGUGGUACUAUUAUUUUCCUGGACACUAUACUUCUGUUCAUGCAGCCCAGAAUAGCAUUUGCUUUGUUUGCUGCUGCAUCACACUGCUGACUCAUGUUAGGCUUGUGGUGUACUAAGACCACUUCUGCUGGAAGAGUGCAAAACAUGACUUGGGACAGGUGACACUAAAAUGAGAAAUAUACUAGCUGCUUUCAUUUAAUUUUAUCUUUCCAUGGAUUGUGAUUCCAGCUGUGAUUCCUGCAUUAAAGGGAGUUGGAUUAUAUGACCCAUUGGGUCCAUUCAAACUCUACAAUUCCAAGAGGGUUUGUAUUUUAUCUCCACUUCCACUUGUUGUUCUGGGUUGUUGUUGUUUUUUUUUAAAAGUGCUUUUGAAUGUUUUGUUUUCCAUUUUUAAUGUGGGAAGCCACCUUGGAAAUCUUCUUUGAGGCUGAAAGAGGUGUGUUGGGGUGGGGUUGGGGGGAAUUCCCUAAAUAGACAAUACUUUGCAAUGUUUUUUGUUUUUUUAAUGCAUUCCCUAUACCAAAAUGCUGCGGCUUGCAAUGGUGGGAAGGAAUUUUUAAACUGGUCAUCGCAGCAGGAAGUUGCUUCUUACGGCAUAUUAAAUGCAGUCUGCAGCCUUUUUUCAGUUGAAAUCAGGCAGAAGGGGAAGGUAGCAGCUAACAAUAGGAGCAGAUGUGGAACUGAGCCGUUGCUGAUCAACUUCCGGCAUCAUAAUUACUUAAUUACUGAGUUCGGAGUUCUGGGACUAGCCCCAAAAUGCAUAGUUCUUGUGAGCUGAUUUUGUGUGUGUGUGUGUGUGUGUGUGUGUGUGUGUGUGAGAGAGAGAGAGAGAGAGAGAGAGAGAGAGAGAGAGCAUUCCUCAGGCAUAGACUGUCCCCAAUGGAUGUGGCCUUUCAAAUGGUUUCUGAAUGGCAAUUCUUGCUUUGGGCACUCGGUGGGGCUCUUCCAAACUUUUUAAAGAUAUCCUGUCUUCUAAGAGGAGAAACACUGUAAAAUUACAGCUGUGAAAUUUUUAAUAGUGCAAAGCAGUUACCUAAAAGGAUGCAAGCAAUAAAGGGUAUGAUAUUUAUAAUCCCAAUAAUUUAGGAUUGGUUUAAUUGGAUUUUCAUUUAAGUGUGUUAUUUUCUCGGGCUGUUCAUCCAUUGCACUCUAGGUUUGCUGACCCCUGAGGUUUCCCCAAAUGUGGGAAACUUGAUUGCAUAUUUGUUAUUGUGCUAAUAAUAAUAAUAGCAAUAAUGCAAGUAAUCCAAGUAAAUCAAGUGUAAAUGUUUGGAAAUUUAAGUAUAGCAAUAACAGUAAUGAUUGUAUUUAACGUUCAAAGAACUAAUGUUUGGUUAAAGGUAAAGGUAAAGGGACACCUGACCAUUAGGUCCAGUUGUGGCCGACUCUGGGGUUGCGGCACCCAUCUCCCUUUAUUGGCUGAGGAAGCCGGCGUACAGCUUCCGGGUCUCGUGGCCAGCAUGACUAAGCCGCUUCUGGUGAACCAAAGCAGCACACGGAAACGCCGUUUACCUUCCCGCUGGAGCGGUACCUAUUUAUCUACUUGCACUUUGACGUGCUUUCGAACUGCUAGGUUGGCAAGAGCUGGGACCAAGCAACGGGAGCUCACCCCGUCAUGGGGAUUCAAACCACCGACCUUCUGAUUGGCAAGUCUUAGUUUAACCCACUAUACCCGCGUCCGUAUAACAGUAAUGAUUGUAUUUAAUGUUCAAAGAACUAAUGUUUGGUUAUGGUGCUGUAAUUGGUUGCGUCAUAAAACUGCCAUCAGCCUCUGAAAUUAGGAUAGUACCUCACUAGUUGUUGGAAAAUUCUGGUAUGUAUGCAAAUGUUAAACUAUAGAUUUUACUCCUGCAGGAUUGGAUAAAUUCAUGGAGGAAAUUAAGACUAUCAGCAGCUGCUAGCCAUCAUGGCUAAGCUCUGCCUCCAUGGUUGGUUGUGAUGCUUCUGAAUACCACUUGUUGGAAGCUACAGCAGGAGAGGAUGCUCUUGUGCUUGGCUGCUGCUUGUGGGUUUCCCAGUAAGGCAGCUGAUGGCCACUGUGAGAACAGGAUGCUGGACUAGAUGGGCCUGAUCACAGGCCUGAUCCAGCAGAGAUUUUCUUACAUUCUUAAUAGUGUCCCUCAGCUGAUAGUUAGGUAUCUUCUGUCAAUGCAUGAGGUAGGGUGCAGGAAGCAAUUCCCAGUGUUGGAAGCUACACACAAACACACAAAUUUUCCUCAAAUUUUCCUCACCCAGAGUCCAAACAAACUCUCAACUCACCCACAAAACUCUCACAAUGAGCAGAAUUCAUGGAAACAGCAAACAUCACCCUAUUAUCUCAUUCUAGAUGUGCUUUUUAUGGGUAGGCCCAAGGUGGUAGUUCCUCAGGCUGCCCACAGCUGUGUUCCAUUCAGUUGCACUCACCACACCCAGGUCGAGGUAUAGCCGGUUUGUUGAGUUUCCUGGGGGUCCAAAGAAUGGGAGGAAGGCCCCCUCUACUCACAGCUCUUUCUUCACCCUCUAUCCCAGGCAUUGGCAAACUCUGGCCCUCCAGAUGUUUGGGACUACAAUUCCCAUCAUCCUUGACCACCGGUCCUGUUAGGGAUGAUGGGAAUUGUAGUCCCAAAUAUCUGGAGGGCCAGAGUUUGCCUAUGCCUGCUCUGCCCUUUCCUCAACCAGCUGCUUUACUGUCUCAUGGCAAGGUUUGCUUUUGUGGAUGGUGCUUCCUCAGGCUGCCCACAGCUAUGUCCUAUUCAACUGCACUCUCCACACCCAGUUCCAGAAUGUAACCAGGGGAGAAUGAAUAAAUGGAAAUUGCUUUCUUCCCCAUUUUGCUUACGGAAGCCCAACUGUCAGCUGAGCGGCACUGUUGGAUGGAACCCACUGUGAGGAUAAUUUGCUUGCUGUCAAAUGCAAGGCCUUUCAGGUUCCCAAAAUUGGAAUUGUUCUGCUUACCUAUGCUAGCCUCAGAUUUGCUCUUAAACCCCUUUAGUGUGAAAAUAGAACAACUAGGAUUCUGAGCUCCCAAAGUUUGUAGUCUUUGCUUAGGUGCAAGACUCAGUCUGGGUGUGUUCAGAAGUUGUCUUUAUGUACUUCUGGACUGUCUGGCUCCCUGAGAAUGGUAUUUAGAGGCAUACUGCCUUGGACAGUGGUGAAGAACAUAAGCAGAGCCCUGUUGGGUAAGGCCAAAUGGGAACCCAUGUAGUCCAGCAUCCUGUUCUCACAGGGGCUAACCAGAUGUCCCAAUGGGAAGCCCACAAGCAGGAUCUGAGCUCAACAACAAUUUUCUCCCCACUUGGAAUUCCCAGCAACUGGCAUUCAGAACUGAAGGCAGAGAGCAGGAUCACUGCUUUGCUCCCAGAAAUACCCAGAUUUUAAUGCGUUUGCUGCCACAGGGCCCAGCAUCCAGCUUUUCAUGUGGAUACCAUCUGCAACCUAUAAUGCCCUUGUAGAUAAUGCCUGGGGAGCUGGGUUUACAUCUCAUUUCAGCCAUGGACUCACCGGAUGGUCUCCAGCUAGUUAGUCUUUUUUUCAGCCUAAGUCCCUCUAUCUGUAAAAUGAGCAUGUUGGUGACUUCCCUCACAAGGUUGUUGUCAAGUCAGACAGGCGGUCCCCCACUUGUAAUAAGACAACAUAUACUUCUUGAAGCUAACAUUUUUCUUUCCAUUCUUUUAGUUCCCCCCAGAACAUUUUCAGUGCCCCUAUCUUGGACAUUGUGUGUAUGUGUAUGUGUAUGUGUAUGUGUAUGUGUAUGUGUAUGUGUGUAUCUUCUGGAAAACCUCCCCAGCCCCUCUAUUUUUCUAGUGUGGGUGACGUCAUUUGGCCUCCACAGUUGCCAGGUGAACAAAAGAGCUGAUCUCGAGGGCUAGAGCAAGUGGAAAUAACGUGGCCUGAGCCAUGUGUGCACAAUUUGUCCAGAUGAUUCAAGGUGCCACCAUGGCAACUGGCAAUAACAAAGAGGGAAAGAAACUGGAAAAGCAGCUGCAAAGGAGACUUCAUUUUAACAGCGCCGUGGCCGUGAUUUUAUAGGGCUUGGACAGUUUUUUUCUGGGAUAUCUCUCAUCUCCCCCUUUCUGCUGUUCCUCUCAUUCUCAAGCUCUACACAGUCCAUGGCAGGACUGUGGGACCUCAGGCCCUGGGAGUCAGUGUGGCCCUCAGGAGCCUUCCCAGGCAAGGGACCUGUCCAAACUACGCCCGUCAUCAGAAGGAAAGAGCUGUAGCUCAGUGGGUAGAGCAUCUGCUUUGCAUGCAGAAAGUCUCAGGUUCAAUCAUCACCAUCUCGAGUUAGGGCUGGGAAAGGAUCUCUUGCCUGAAACUCUGAAUAGCUGCUGCUAGAGUUUCUGAGCUACAUAGACUGCUGGUUCUCACAGUAUAAAACAGAUUUCCAUGUUUCUCCACAAUGGCUUAAUGCCCUCUGAAAGUGUUUUUAUCUGAAUGGGAUGUGUCUUUGAAUUCUGAUAAUGCCUCUUGCUUGUCUGGAUGUAAGGUAGGUGUGAUUGAUUGAUUGAUUGAUUGAUUGAAUUUAUACCCUGUUCUUCCGCCACAAGGAGUCCAGGGUGGCAAACAGAUACACACUUUAAAACAAAAACCAAGCAAAAACAUUCUAGAGAAGAUCAAAACAUCCUUAAAACAUUUAGAAUUAAAUGCAUCAAGAAAGGCAGUUACAGCUAAAAACAUUUUAAAAGGCAUUUACAGUUAAAAAGCCUAUUUCCAGCCAGGAGCCGGUAUUCUUUAGCCACUAAAGGCAUGGGGUAAACAGGAAUGUUUUCAGUUUCCUUUUGAAAGUUAAUGGUGAUGGAGAGAUAGGCACACUACACUAGGGAGGGCAUUUUGCAGCAGGGGAGCCACCACUGAAAAGCCCCUGUCAUUAUAAUAAUUACCAGCCAGGCAGCCCCCAGAGGCAGCUCUACCAACAAGGACUCACCGGCUGAUUGUAGGAUUUGAGAUUUGUAUUGUGGAAGGUGCUGUUUUAGAUGCUUUGGCUCCAAGCUAUUUGGGGCUUUAUAUGCUAGGACUAACACCUUGAAUACAUCUGUGUAUUCAACAUCUUGAACAUCUUGAACAUCUUGAACAUCUUGAAUACCUCUGACUUUUGCAAAGCUGAAAUGUAGCUUACUAUACAAUGGUCAGAGUUGGACCUGUUGCUCCUAAUACUUUUUGCCUCCCACUUUUUGCCCACUGCUUGGACAUGGCCUUCAGAUUAAAGAAAGUUCCCCCAACACUGAUCUCAAGGGCAUUGGGUGGCUCUGUUUUUGACUUUUUAAAAAAGUGGCUAUUUUUACUUCCAGAGUUUAUUUAGCCCUGAAUUUUCACUUCAGGCAACUAAUUGUACAGUUCAUCUCACUGUGUGAAGACAUUUGGUGCCAAAGGUAUUCUAGAGAUGGCUGUGUUUUCAAAAUACCUGCACACCAUGUAUUGCUUUUAGGAAAUCCUGCAGGGUUUGGAACUGGAUUUAUUGUCGCUUAGGUACACAAAAGGUACCUCUGUGUGCCCUAGCCUUUAAUAACAACGAGAAGACAGUUAUAUUGUAGGAUCUCUCCUGUCCCCUAAGGCUUUGAAACCUUUCCUGUUUUCAAAGAGAGACUUCCUGCAAAGUGAAAUUUCCUUUUGUGUUAAAUAAAACGUACAAUAUUGCUUGAAUCAAAGGUCUUCCCACAGCUUAAUAAUGGUCAGUUUUGGUACGGUGAGUGUGUGUGAUUUUCUGUACAGAUAUCGUUUCCAAGCUUAGCUUAGUUUGGGGAGGAGUAGAGUGGCUGCAGAGUCAUAUCUAAGGCUUGGCUAGGCAUGCUGUGCAAACAUGGUGAAAGUUAAAAACCAAGGUUCAUAAGCCAGCAACAAACCAUGGUUUCAGAUUGCGGUUUGUUGGCAGUAGACAACAGUUAAACUGCUAGGACAGGGUUCCUACCCAGUGUUAAACUGCUGGGGAGAGGGUAUUUGGACCUGGGAAAUAUGCAGGUGGGGAAAGUGUAGAGCAUGCUUCCCCGCCCCCCGGCUGGGCUCUCAUGAUGCAUAUCUGUGUGGAGAAAUGUGUAGUUUUGGUUCUUCUGAGGUCCCUUCUCUGCCUCAUUGCUGUCUUUAAGGCAGAUCUUGUGACCAAAAACAAAACCAGUUUCAUUACAUCACCAGCAUGCAAUUUGAUUUUGAUGGGCAGCACUUAGAUUUAUGUUUUAUGUACAAGAGGUUUUUGCCCUCUGAAAGCAGCCGACUUUAGAAGCAUUAUGGUACAUAUCCAGUGAAGCGGAGCACUGGAAGAUUCAGAACAGACAGAAGGAAGGAAUUAUUCAUGCAGCACAGAGUUAAACUAUGGAACUCCAUCCUACAGGAGGCAGUGAUGGCCACCAACUUGGCUGGCUUUGAAAGAAGAUUAAAAGUAGAAAUUCAUGGAGGAGGAGACUACCAGCUAUAAUGGCUAUGUUCUACCUUUACUGUUGAAAGCUGUAAUGCUUAUUAAUACCAGUUGCUGGAAGGAAUUGUUAGCGGGGGAAGUUGCUAUUGCACUCAGGUUUCUGCUUGCAGGCUUCCCAUGGAGGCAUCUGGUUGGUCACUGUGAGAAAAGGAUGCUGGACUGGAUGGGCCCGCUUUUUCCUGAUCCAUCAGGCUGCUCUUACAGGCUUAUGUAGUCCUUCAUGUUCCAAAAGGAAGCCUUUUGGGGUGUUAUGAGUGUGUGCCAGGAGAUAAAGUGUGCUUCUGUUAUCAGACAUUUGGGAAAGAACACAAUUCUGUAUCCUCUUGCUAACAGUCCCUUUUUGGGAAAUGUGACUCCGUAUCUUUGUGCUCCUUGGCUAUUCUCCAUCUCGCAGUCCAUUUCCAUGACGGUCCAAAAACCUGUUGCUUCAGCAGAAGGUGCCAAGAAAACUCUAUCCAUGUGUGACUGGCCUUCUAAAAGAGUUUUUCUUUCCUAGCCUUUUCUAGAUUCCUUAAUAUUAUUUUCAACAUCUGGAGGGACACAUGUCCUCCCUGUUCUUCAGCACCCAUGAAACAGAUAAAGAGAAGGAAGAGACACUGCUGUGUGUGAAAUUGUUAUUAUUUAUUGUAUUUCUACUCCACCUUUUUCUCAUCACGGUUCUCCCCCUUCCCAUUCAAUCCCCCCCCAACAACCCUGUGAGGUAGGUUAGGCUGAGAAACAUUGUCUGUGAUCCAAGGUCACCAAGCGAGUCUCAUGGCUGAGUGGGAGUUUGAAUCUGGGUCUCCCAGGUCCUCACCACACUACUCCAUUCUGGUUCCUAGGCUUGGCUUAAAGAUAAAUUAAGCAUAGUGUUGGGAAUUGAACCACCAGAAGGUCAUGUACUUGGGGGUGGAGGGAAUCACGUUAGGCUUGGGCCCAUUUUGUUGCUAUCAGCUUUGAUUUAAUAUUUGUAUUUUGCUUUUCAAACAAUAGUGUUCACAAUAAUACUUUUUUUUACCUUUAAAAAUUUAUCUAAUAAAACCUAUACAUGGCUUGAUUGUUAAAAAACACCAUCGAAGCAAUUUACAAAAAAGAGAAAGCAAUAAAAUUAUCAGUAAGAAAAAAUAAACAAUAAUUUAAGAUAUUCAAAAAGUUUUUUAAAAACAGACUAAAACUGUUUAAAACACAUAUCAAUUUUUAAAGUAUCUGGGUAGGGUUGUCUAAACAAGAAUAUUUUUAGCAGGCACUGAAAAGAGUACAGUGAAAGCUGCUACCUGAUAUCAAUAGGCAAGGAGUUCCAAGGUAUAGCUUCUGCCACACUAAAGUAUCAAGUUCUUACAAAUGUGGAACGGGUAUUAUGUGGCACCUAUAACAAUGCCAGUUCCACUGAUUGAAGCGCUUCAGUGGACUUAUAUGGGGUAAGGAGAUUUUGUAGGUAAACUGGUCCCAGGUUGUUAAAGGGCAAAUUUGUAGUGACUACAAUUCAACACAAACUCAGAGUGAUUCAGAAUAUCAGAAAUGGUUGCUGAUAACUAGCCCUGUGCCAGUUGAUGUCCUCUCUCUCGUUCAGUAAGGAAAGGGCUCCAAGCUUUGAUAAGGCCCACUCAAAGAUGUUGGGAGUUGUAGCCCAGCAUGGAGGAUCACAACUUCUACAUCUUUGCUCUAAUUUGGUGAUUGUACUUUUUUUUUAUGUUGGCGUCACGGUGUGUAUGAUUUUGAUUUUAAAGACGUUGGGUUGGGUUGUAGAUUUGAAACAUAUCCAGUGAAAUAAUGGGGAUAAGGAAAAUAUAACUUGCUUCGAGAAGGGUGGUUACCCAGUUCUGUGUUGUAGUAAACAAGGCAGGUGGCAGCUUUUUAAUGACAAACAGGUUUAAGAAUCACAGAAUUGUAGAGUCACAUUAGAAAAGCCUGCUGGAUCAGGUCAGUGGCCCUGUUCUCACAGUGGCUGACCAGAUGUUUAUGGAAAGCUUGCAAACAUGGUUUGAGUACAACAGAAACUCUCCCUACUUUUGAUCCUCAGCAACUGGUAUUCAGAGGCAGACUGCCUCUGAUACUGGAGGUAGAACAUCAGAAGAGUCCUACCACAAUGGCUGGGCAGAUGCUACUAUGAGAAACAUGCAAGGAAGACCACUCUCGCUACCUGUGAUUUCCGGCACCUGAUAUUCAGAAGCAUUACUGCCUCCAACCAUGGAGGCAGAACAUAACUAUUGUGGCUAGUAGCCUUUGAUAGCUGAAUCCUCCACAAAUCUUUCUAGUUCUCUGUUAAAGCCAUCGAAAUUGGUGGUCAUCACUGCCUCCUGUGGAAGUGAGUUCUGUAGCUUAACGCACUGAUCUAAUUUCAGAGACUGAUUGCAGUUUAAUGAUGUGACCAAUUGCAGUACCAUGACCAGACACUAGUUCUUUGAACUUUGAAUAAAAUAUUUAAAAACUUUUACCUAUAAGAAAAGCCCUGCUGGAUCAGGCCAAUGGCCUGCCUAGUCCAACAUCCUGUUCUUGAAGUGGCUAACUGGAUGCUCCAAUGGGAAGCCUGCAAGCAGGACCCAAGCACAUGAGCUUUCUCCUUCCUGUGGUUUCCAGUAACUGGCAUUCAGAAGCAUCCGACUGUGGAGGCAGAGUGUAGCCAUUGUGGGUAGUAGCCAUCAAUCUUUGUUACAGUUUAAACUUCAAUAGACUAGAGUCUGCCUCGUCAAGAACUGGCUACUCUCUAUAUUAGUCCCCAGUUUUUGAAGAACAAACAAACUAAAUUGAGGCAACCACCUAGAUUUGCUCCUGUUUUUUAAAAAGUGCACAUGUGAAGCUCUUCCAUCCUUAAAACAUAAGGAUUCUUAAAAAGCUCUGUUGCACUUUGACUUUGUAAACAUCUCUUCUCGUUGAACUGUCUCUUGCCUUACAACACCAUUUGUGGGUUUCACAGUUCCAAAGCUGUCCCUUCCUCCGUAAUUGCGAUUGUCAGUUUUUUUUCAAUUUAGCAGCCUUCAAUUCUGCCAGCAGGCCUUGUGAAAGCUGCAUCUCAUGUGACUCAGAUCAUCUGAUCCUCUAGGAGCCAAAACAGUCACCAGAGAGACCAAAACACGCCUUUACCUCUUGGAAAAGCUUUGCCUAUCCUCCUCCCUCUUUUCUUUUCUUUUCUUUUCUUUUCUUUUCUUGAGCUGUGCUGUGAUGGAGGAGGUGCCCUUUUAACCAGUUUCAGCAGGAAUUAUUGAAAACCCAGUGAUCUUAACAUUCGUCUGGUGCGUUUUUUUUGGUACAGAUUUCUUAUUUCAUUUUAUAAUGGACAUAAAACUGAGAGAAGAGAUAUAACAACAGAUGAAAACUAAAAGGUGAAAAGCAAAAUUAUAAAAGAGGCACAUAGAAUGAGUACAGUUGCACAUGAUUUAAAACAACAAGGGUUUAAGUAAAGAAUAUUAACAUCUGAUUUUCAAGCAUAAUUCCAGAUUUGCUAGACCUGUGGCAAAGGUUGUCUUGAAAGCGAUUGUUCUGUUGUAUAUGUAGUAAAAGAAUGCCAAAUCUUAUUUAAAAAAGACUAGAAGGAUCUAGUCAUUGAAAUACCAAAUUAUGUACUAUUUUCUCCAUUAUAUCUACAUUCCAGAAUGAGCAUCAAAAAUAUUCCGUAAGUUCCUCAGGCACAUGGAGACCUUGGUACAUGCAGUUCUGAACACUGAUCUCAGGUGGUACGUUUCCAUUCCCUAUUUCAUAUUAAGUGGUGAAAUAAUAUUCUCAUAUCACUGAAGAACCAGCCUCGCACAUCGAGCCCCAGAUGGCACCAACCCCUUCAGAACAGCUGGUUUCACUUAAUGCACUCUCUUUAAACAAAACCCGUGUUACUGGAAGCAAGUUUUGAAAUAGGCCAUAGUAUUCUUGGGUUCUCUGCUGCUUUAUGAAGAAGUAAGAGGAGAAGGAGGGAAGGAUUUGAAAGAAUUUCACGUGGAAUCUGUAUUGGAAAAGCAUUUAGGGAAGCUUUUGUGAUGGAGCAUUUCCAGUCAGGAAAGACAAAGGAAAGUGUUUAUUCACACAGCAGAGAGUUACAGGGUGGAAUUUGCUCCCUCAAGAUGUAGGGAUGGCCACCAGCUUGGAGGGCUUUUUAAAGAGGGAGGAUAAGGUUAUCAAAGGCUGCUAGCCAUGAUGGCACUGCUCUGCCUCCACUGUUGGAGGCAAUAUACUUCUGAAUGCCAGUUUCUGGGAAUUUCAAGUGAGGAGUAUGGUGCUGUGGUGCUCAGGUCCUGCUUUUGAGCUUCCUGUUGGGGUAUCUGGUGGCCACUAUGAGAACAGGAUGCUGAAUCAGAUAGGCUCCCUUUGGCCUGGCUCUUCUAAGAAGAUCUAUUGUGAUAGCAGAACUUCCAUGCCCAGGGGCAGUCUACCUUUGAAUCCCAGAUGAAGGGAAACAGCAACUGGAGAGGGGAUGUUGCACUCAGGUCCUGCUUGCAGGCUCUUCUUCUGUUGUAAUCUAUCUGUCUGUCUUUAUUUUUUAAAUUUCUAUUCCGCUCUUCAUCCAAGGAUCACAAGAUGAAUAUAGAAACACAAAAAUGUGUAACAUAGUGAGACGCCAAAGCAGUUUAAAAGGCCAUAGAUGGUUCAAUUAGCCAAAUGCCUGGGAUAAGAAAAAUGUUUUUGCCUGGCCUUAAAAUAUAUGUAACAGAGGCACCAGGCAGAGCCUCCUUGGGCAGAGCAUCCCAUAAGUGGGGAGCCUCCACAGGAAAGGCCCAUUCUUCUGUUGCCAGCCUUCGAACCUCUCACGGAGGAGGUACACUAAGAAGGGCCUUAGAUGUUGAUUGCAAGGUCCAGGUCAGUUCAUAUGGGGAGAGGCGGUCCUUGAGGUAUUGCAGUCCUGAACCAUUUAAGGCUUUAUAGGUCAAAACCAGCACUUUGAAUUGUGCCUGGAAAUUAAUUGGCAGCCAGUGUAGUCGGAUCAGGAUCAGUGUUAUAUGCUCAGACUGUUUUGCCCUGGUGGGCCAGAAUUCUGGCCACAGAAUUCUGCAGAAGCUGAAGUUUCCGAACUGUCUUCAGAGACAGCCCCACAUAUAAUAUAUUGCAGUAAUUAACCUAGAGGUUACCAGAACAUAGACAACAGAAGUUAAGCUAUCCUAGUCCAGAUGGGUCGCAGAUGGGCCACCAGCUGAAACUGAUGGAAGGCACUCUGUGCCACUGAGGUCAACUGAGCCUCAAGUGACAGCAAAGAAUCCAGAAGGACCCCCAAGCUGUGUACCCACUCCUUCAAGGGGAGUGUAACCCAAUCAAGAGCAGGCAACCUCUCAUCCAUCUGGUCUAGGGAACCAGCCACUAACAGUGCCUCAGUCUUAUCUGAAUUGAGCUUCAACUUGUUGGCUCUCAUCCAGUCCGUUACUGAGGCAGGAUCACAGUCCAGCACAUCCACUGCCUCACUUGCAGAUGUAAAGGAGAAGGAAAGCUAUGUGUUAUCUGCAAAUUGCUGACUAUGUACUACAGAACUAUGUACUACUGGUUGACUCCACUCAGUGUUUUCAUGUGGAUGUUAAACAGCAUAGGGGAUAAAAUUGAACCUAGAGUAACCCCUGCAUUAAAGGCUCCAUGUGGCCGAAGAGCACUCCCCAAGCAACAUCCUCUGUAAGUAACUAUCAAAGUAGGACUGGAACCACUGCAAAAUGGUGCCACCCACCCCUAACUUGAAUAGCUGCCCCAGAAGGAUCCUAUGGUCGAUGGUAUCAAAAGCCAGUGAGAAGAUGAAGAGAAUUAACAGGGGCACAUUUCCCCUGCCUCUCUCCCGACAGAGGUCAUCAUGUAGGCUGACCAAAGCAUUUUCUAUGUCCAAACUGGGCCUAAACUCUGAUUGAAAUGGAUCAGUUUCAUCCAAAAGCCCCUUUCCCACGAAGGGGAGAUUGGCAACAGGCCCCUCUCGCUAGGAUCCACUAAUAAUCUCCCUGGCCUAGCCAGCUGUCGUCUCCCUGCUAGUUUUUAUCAGCCAAGAGGUACAAGGGUCCAGAGCGCAAGUGGUUGCCUUGAGGAUCCAAGCACCUUGGAAUCCCCCCUCUCCCCAGUUCUUGUACAGAAUCCAAAGAGAAUCUGGCAGUAGCAGUUGCUGCUGAGCUGACCGACAGGUCGAGACACUAUUGCAUUAUUUCCCCUCUGCCCUCCUCAUCCCUUUUUCUUUUUGGUAUUGCAUAUUUUAGAUUGUAAGCUACUGGGGCCGGGACUGUCUCCCUCAGCUUUUUUCCCCCUGAAUGUAUGUAAAACAUUAUAGGAAGCUUUCUGAUGAAGAGCUGAGGCAAAAAAAAAAAAAAAAAAAAAGCUUUAAAUCAUCAUCGUCGUUGUUGUCAUCGUCAUCAUCAUAAACUGUUGUGAGCAAUUUGCAUGGCAGUGAACUCUAUGAGGUGGCUCUAAAUGCCUAAGAAUCUGUGGGCACCUCUGAUGUCUUUUAAAUGAGUUGUUGCUUAAAUCCAUGAAUCACUUCCCUCAUUGAUUUCACUGGGCUGGGUGUAUGAAUGGAAUGUUAUCUAUGGCUUGAGGGUUUUUUGUUCUUUUUGUUAAACUUCAUAUCUUAAAAAUGUGGUGGCCAUUUCACGCUGAGCAAACCCUGUUAUUUUUCUCCCCUUCCAACCUCUUUGAUGCCUUGGAGUCUUCCAUGUGCCUUUAUGGGUUCCCUCUCCCCCCCCCCCUGCCUUUUUGGGGCAGGGGAUGGGGAGGAAGAGGACUGGGAGUGUGUUUAAAAUGGAAUCACUCAAGCUCCUUUCAUAAAUCUCCUUUUAAGAAGUCCUGAGGAGGGUGUUUCACACAUGGAAUAUCCUCAUUGGCCAACUUCCAGGUAACAGAGCCUUUUAAAUAAAGGAUCUGAGGUGAGGCAACAGUGACAGGGAAGUCUUUACUUGGGGCUUAGCAGAAUAGCAGCCAGGCUUUCAUAACUCUGGAUUUCCUCCUCUGCAUCCUUAAAAAAAUUAAAAUUAAAAUUGGAGUUUUAUUCCUUCAGUUGGCAACUACAUUGGCUUGGUGGACCAAUCUAGAACAAAAUCCACAGUGAGGAACACAAGCCUCUCUCUACCGCCUUUCUCAGUCAUUUCCCUGACCAGCAUAUCCCAUAGAAUCAUAGAAUUGUAGAGUUGGAGGGGAACUCAGGAUCAUCUAGCCCUGUUCCCUGUAGUGCAGGAAUCACAAUUAAUGAAUCCCUGACAGAUGACCAUCCAACCUCUGCUUAUAAACCCCCAACGUAGGAGUAUGCAUCACCUUCCAAGAGAGUCCGUCUUACUGUCAGAAAGUUCGGAAUCUCCUUUCUUGUAAUUUGAAUCCUAUGCUCAGGACUAGGAAAGAACAGCUUGCUCCAUAUUCCACUUGACAGCCAUUUAGAUAUUUGAAGAUGGCUAUCAUAACUCUUCUCAGUCUUCUCUUAUCCAGGCUAAACAUGCCCAACUCCCUCGACCAUUACUCACAAGGCUUUAUUUCCAGACUCUUCAUCAUCUUGGUCACCCUCCUCUACACAACUUCCAGCUUGCCAAUAUCUUUCUUAAACUGGGAUGCCCAGAACUGGACACAGGACUUCAGGUGGAGUCUGACCAAGGCAGAAUGGAAAGAAGGUAGUUGUUGAUCUAAACAUGAGGCACAAAAUGAGCGAGGUUGGAUCUGCAGUGAAGACGAGCUCUUAAAUCCUGAAUCUAAAAAUCACCACAGAGCAAGGGAUGGCUUUGUAGCCUCUGAAUAAAGUGUAAAAUAGAGCCCUGUAAUUUCUCUAGGAAGGUGUGAUGUAGUGGGAGGCAAGUUUGAUUAAAAAACACCACCACCAUGUGCACUCCUAUCACAUGACAAAAUAUUCUUAGCCCCCAAGUGCAUUGGACACUGUGUUUUCUACAGCUAUUUUCUGGCUCAUCGCCCAUGAAACGUGAUGAGAGGAGAGAAAGGCUCAGCAUUCCAAAGAAGCAAUUUUCUUGACAAAAGUCUAAGUUAUUUGUUGUGUUUAUCCUGUAUGAGCUUUUGCGGUUCAGUGGAACUUUUCUCACUGUCAUUGCCUGGAACUUUUUAGUUUAGAGAGAAGGCGAGUAAGAGGAGAUAUGAUGGAAGUGUAUAAAAUUUUGCUUGACACGGAGAGAGUGGAUAGAGAAAAGCUUUUCAUCCCUUUAUCCUAACACUAGAACUUGUGGACAUCCAAUGAAGCUGAAUGUUGGAAGAUUCAGGACAAAUAAUAUGAAGUUCUUCAUUCAGCACAUAAACUGUGGAACUCACUCCCACAGGGAGGCAGCAGGGAUGACUUUAAAAGAGGACUGGAGGAACAGAGUAUCUAUGACUACUAGCUGUGAUGGCUAUACUCUGCCUCCAUGAUCAGAGACAGUAAUGCUACUGAAUUGAGUGCUCUUGCUAUUUGGUCCUGCUUGUGGGCUUCCUACUGGAGUAUCUGGUUGGCCACUGUGAAAACAGGAUGCUGGACUAGAUUGGCUCUUGCCCCGAUGGAGCAGCCAGGCUCUUCUUGCAUUCUAUUUCCACUGUCAGAGACAGUAUACUUCUACCGUUCUCAGAAUCACAAGUGGGGAGAGUGUUGCUGUUGCUUUUGGGUCCUGUUUGUGGGCUUCCAUAGGUGUCUACUGUGAGAGCUGGAUGCUGGACUAAAUGAACCAUUGGCGUGAUCCAGCAGGGCUCUUACGUUCCCAUCACCUGCUGACCUUAACUUGACUGUGCAUCAGUCUGAGUCCUGGAAACCCUCUACAAUUUUGGCAGGGUGGCUCACCACAGGGGCAGGGAAAGCUUUUUUAGCUUAAGGGCCACAUUCCUUUCUGGGAAACCUUGUGAAGGCCACAUGCCAGGGGUCAGCAGGAUCAGAUGCAAAAAUGAGCAGCGCAGUGAUUGCAAAUUUUACCUUUCUGUGGCAGGCUAAUUUCUACACAAUCACAUCCUUCUCUAUCCAACAAUAGCCAGUGUGGUGUAGCAGUUAGAGUGUCACUCAUGAAUCUCACUGGGUAACAUUGUGCCCAGUCACUGCCUCUUAGGGUUAUUGUGAGGGUAGAAGGGGGAGGGGUAAACCAUGUAUGCUGUCACCUCGAGCCCCUUGGAGGAAAGACAGGAUAGAAAUUUAAUAAAAUAAAAUAAUAAAAUAAAAUAAAUCCAGGCAAGCAAGAUCGCUGAGUGCAAGGAUUGCAAUCCAGUCAGCCAAAAAGCCCCAACAACACUCUGGGUGCAAAGCAGGGAGGGCGUGUGGCCUGGGGAGAGUACCGAGGGCCAAAUAGAGAGUGUUGAGGGGCCGCAUUUGGGCCGCAGACCCAAAGUUCCCCACCCCUGACUUAAUGCCACAGUCCUUAAGGCUCUCCCCCCCUUAACACAAUGAGUCUUGUGGCACCUUUAAAGACUAAAACAUUUUUUAUCUCAUAAACUUUUUGUGUGCUGCAGUUCAUCAGAAGCAAAGCUGCAGUUUUUAAAACAAAAAUAUAUAUUAAAUGCAAACCCCACCCCCGAUUUUCAAGUAGGCUUCAGAAGAGAGAAGCAAAGCACCUUCUAGGGUAUGUAAGAAUGUGAAUAUUUUCUCAGCUGUUUGCAACUCAAGACAGAAAGAGAGGCAGGUCCAGCUCUGAGAGAGAGGAGUCCUGUGGAGACCAGAGGAACCUGCCAGGGUUAGGCUGAGCUCAGCAGGAAGUGGGGUCUGUGGAAGACAGGAGGGCCUUGACACCAUUUGGCAAAUACAUGGUGCCCAAUGGCCAUUUCCCACCUGCACUGUUAGAGACAGUGAUACUUCUGAAUGCCAGUUCCUGGGAAUCACCAGUGGGGAGGGUGUUGCUUUUGCACUCAUGCCCUGCUUGUGGACUUCCCACUGAGGCAUCUGGUUUGCCACAGUGAGGAGAGGAUGCUGGACUAGAUGUGCCUUUGCUCUGAUCCCACAGGGCUGUUAUGUUCUACCUCCACUGUCAGAGGCAGUGUGACUCUGAAUACCAGUUUUUGGGAAUCACAGGUAGGGAGAGUAUUGUGUUCAUAUCCUGCUUGCAGGCUUUCAUUGGGGUAUUUGGUUGGCCACUGUGAGAGUAGGAUGCUAGGCUAGGUUGCCCCGCUUUGGCCUGAUCUAGCAUCAAAGCUCUUCUUUUUUUCUGCCUCUCCUGUUGGGGGCCAGCAAUACAUUGGAAUACCAGCUGAAGGAAUCAAAAGUGGGGAGAGUAUUGCUAUUGUGCACUUAUGUCCGUCCACCUUUUAAGCUUCCCAUUGGGGCAUGUGGUUGGCUCCCUGUAGCCUGAUCUAGCAAGGCGCUUAUGUUCUUACACCCACUCCACUUCAGGCCUGGGGCCUUCGCUUGCAUCCUGAUGUCAUCCAAGCUUUUGUUUUCCAAGAUGUGCUUGGAUCAAGCAAAACUGCUCUGCUGGAUCCAUUUCCCCGGCUGAACAUUUGUUUGGAUAACCUUUUGGAAUGAAAAGGGGCUCCUCAUUAAAUGUGGGUUUGGGAAGGGUGCUAUUAUUCCCUAAUAAUUCUUGCAACUGCUGUUUUGGAAGCUGGGGGAGGGGGACAUGGAGAGCAGGGGAUGUUUCAUUGUACACCCUUCAGUCGAAAUGCAUCUGAAAAGAUCUGAGCUGGCAAGUUGUGUGUGUGUGUGUGUUUCUUUCAACUGCCCUCAAGACAACUCUGGAGAAAUAAUGGCUUAUUCCUUGUUUAAGUCGCAUCCCUGCUGUGUCUAACACUUUGUGUAAAAGUUCGGGCAUAUAUUUUCUACUCCUUUUCUUCUUCCACUUCUUCUCCCUCCUCAGAUGUAAUUUGAUCGCUCAGGCUUGGUCCUCUUAACUCUGGAAGAAGGCUUUUAUUAACUGUUUCCUCCCCGCUUGGAGGAGUGAGUUUGUGAAGAGUGCUGCUGUCUGUAACAGGGUAUGUCAAGGAAAAGGGCAACCCAAAUGAUCAAGUGGAUGAAGCGACUCCUCUGCAAGGAAAAUUUGCAGUGUUUGUGGCUUUUUAGUCUACAAAAAAAAGACAACUAAGAGAUUACAUGACAAAAGUUUAUAAAAUUAUGCCUGGCAUGGAGAAAGUGGAUAGAGAAAAUUUUAUCUCCCUAUCUCUUAACACCAAAACUUGUGGGCAUUCAAUGAAGCUGAGCACUGGAAUAUUCAGGACAGAUAAAAUAAAGGACUUCUUCAUGCAGCAUAUUGUUAAACUAUGAAACUCUUUCCCAGAGGAGGCAGUGAUAGCCACCACUUGAAUGGCUUUAAAAGACAAAUUCAUGGAGUUGAGGGCUAUCAACGGCUACUAGUCAUGAUGGCUAACUCUCUGCCUCCCAUAGUUGAGGCAGCAAUGUUUCUGAAUACCAGUUGCUGGAAACCACAGGAAGGGGAGAAUGCUGCACUCAGGUCCUGCUUGCAGGUUGCCCUUAAUGGGCAUCUGGUUGUCUGCUGUGAGAAGAGGAUGCUGGACUAGAAGGGCUGUUGGCCUGAUUCAGCACUAACCUAUGGCCCUUCUCAGCUGAGGCUUACCCCUAGUGGCUAUGACACAAAAGUUAGGAAUAGACUAGUUGGCAGAAGUGGGAUCACAUGCCCAACAUCUCUGUAUGUCUGAAUCUGUUGUGAAAACAGAGAAUCUUAAGCGACCCUGGAUUCAGCAUGCAAGUAGCAGAUGGAAAUAUCUGUGCUCUUGAAAAGGAAAUCUGGAAUAUCAAAGAGACCCACCCAUCCUAGAUUUUUUGGUUUUGCAAGUAGUGGAAACAAAAUUUUCCCUCCCGGUUUUAUCGCUCUAAUUUGGGCCUGAGGGAAGGGAGCCAUGAGGCUCUUUAAGAAGGAGAAGUUGGCAUCGAAGCACAAAACUGCUCAGAUUUCCUGCUCAUCUUCCUUUCUUCGGCAUGGAGUGUGUUAACCUUGUUGUCCCUCUCUUGAGCGUUAAUAGGGCCAGUCUUAGUAAUCCCAUUUAGUAAUUCCACUGGAAUUCUUAUGGAAUUCUGCAUUCCUGCAGCUGCAGCAGUAGACAGACCUCAUGCUAUGGAAAGCAGGAGGGGUCAGAAUUGCUUAGUUUCAGGAUAUGCUCUUGUGAUACUCCCUGCAGUGUGACUAUGCUGCAAUUUCCCAGAACUGCUGUCCUCAACUUGGGAGGGUCAGGAUUGCCCCAUGAUCUGUGUUACAUAAUAUUCAGUCUUGUUUUGUUUUUUGGUACCUCUCCCCACUGUUGACAAAGCAAUAUUUGAAAAAUGUUAUGAUAUACCAUAUAGGUUUUUGGCCCAGUGCUGUGGGAUCCACUCUCUCUGGUCACUUUCCCCACCCAGAUUAACCCACCUACUCAGACAGACAGAAAGGGAGAAAGUGUGCUCACUCUCUUUCACAUACUAAUAGAUACAUACUUAGCUUUUCCAAGAAGAAGAAGAGGAUUUGAUAUCCUGCUUUAUCACUACCCGAAGGAGUCUCAAAGCGGCUAACAUUCUCCUUUCCCUUCCUCCCCCACAACAAACACUCUGUGAGGUGAGUGGGGCUGAGAGACUUCAGAGAAGUGUGACUAGCCCAAGGUCACCCAGCAGCUGCAUGUGGAGGAGCGGAGACGCAAACCUGGAUCCCCAGAUUAUGAGACUACCACUCUUAACCACUACACCACACUGGCUCGGGUCGGGUGAAAAACUGGAUCCAGAAGAAUGAACAGUUAGUAUGUCAUACUAGAGACCAGGGAUUGAAUCCUCACUCAAAUCAUUUAUUUAAUCAAUUUAUUUAAUCAAUAUAUUGGGUUACUGCUUUUGGUUUGAUUUUAUAUGUUGUGGUCUUGUUGUGAACCGCCCUGAGACCUCCAGGUAUAGGGUGGUGUGUAAGUUAAAUGAAUGAAUGAAUGAAGUUCACUGAGUGACCUUGGGUCACAGCCAUUGCCUCUCAGCCUAUAACAUACCUCACAGGGGUGGAAUGGGGAUUAAAUGAGGAGGGGGAAAACUUUAUACACCACCCUGAGAUCCUUGGAGAAAAAAGGUGGGAAAUAGAUUCAAUCAAUCAAUCAAUCAAUCAAUCAAUCAGUCAGUCAGUCAUCAGUCAAAGAAGCCCUGAGAAGCACAUAGAGUUGAAAGAGGGAGUUGGGAGGAGCAUCACUCCUCCAAUUUCCUCCUUCAGCUCUAAGCACUUUUCAUAGGAGAAAAGUGGCAACUGCGCUCUCCAUCUCAUGACCAAGGGAGGCAGUGAGUAGGGUGGGGCUCAGAGACACUGAGGACACCUGGGGAAAGAUCUCAAGGGCCACUGUGACCAUGGGUGCCAUUUUGAAAAUAGGCCAGGCACAAUGUGACAUAUAAGGGCCUUGGGGGGGGCUGUUUGUCAGCCUCCAUGAGAAGCACUGGUGGCUACCAGUUUGUGGCUGGAUUGUGACUAUUAUUAUUAUUGAAUUUAUAUACCACCCUAUCAGGGUGGUUUAUGGAAUAAAAUCUAUCCAGUGGAUAGAUUAGCAAGUGGAUGAGUACCACACUAAAUAUGUAUAGCAAGGAUAAAGCUCAUGGAUAACAGAGACAGGUUAAUGAGAAAGGUUCAUUUAUUUCAUAAAAGAAAGGACUUCUUCACACAGUGCACUCACUCCCAAAGGAGGCAGUGAUGCCCACCAACUUUGAGCUUCAGAAGAGGGUUGGGCAAAUUUGUGGAGGAUAAGGCCAUCAAUGGCUACUAGUCAUGCUGGCUAUGCUCUGCCUUUGCAGUUGGAGGUGGUAAUAAAUCUGAAUAUCAGUUGCUGGAAACUGCAGGAGGGGCAGAGUGCUGUUGCACUCAGGUCCUGCUUGAGGGCUUCCUAUAUGGGCACCUGGUUGGCCACUAUGAGCACAGGAGGCUGGACUAGAGGGACCAUUGUCUUGAUCCUAUAGGACUGGUCUUACGUUCCUAAUAUGGACUCCUUUCUUUCAGCAUAGGUUUUUUUUUGGGGGGGGCAGACGAAUCUCCUGGCUUCCAUUAGGAUUAGCUUCUAUAUUCUCACUAUAUUCUCACUUUUCUUGUCUUUGAGUUCUGUUUUACCAUCUCCAGAAAAAAAUCUGAGAACCUCUGUCUCAUGCUGCUGUGAAGCUAGAAAGCAACAGAUAGUUGUCUAAACAUGUCUACCCACUACCCACCCCUUAAGAAUUUCUAAAGGGCUGAGGCCACCACCUGUAGAGUCUCAGCUGACCCUUUUCUAGUGAAGUGGGCGGGGGAAGAGAAUUUCAGUUUUCUUAGCCUUUCAAUAAGAAGCUGACCAGUUCAUGCUUGUUGAACCAGUACAAGAACUGGAGCACAAUGAUCUUUCAGAAUUCACACUCCUCUGAAUUUUGCAACCAUAUACUCCAUGCAAGCAGUAAGUAUUAAUAAAGAGCCACUGUGGUAUGGUGGUUAGUGCCAGACUAGGGCCUGGGAGACACCAGAAUUCAAAUCCCCACUUGGUAACCUUGGUCACUGCCUCUCAGCCUCACCUACCUCAUAGGGUUGAUGUGGGGAUUAAAUGAGGAGAUAUAGAACCUUGAGCUCCUUGAGAGGGAAAAGGUGAGAUAUAAAUGCAAUAAAUAAGUAAUAAAAAACAAAAAUGCACAAAUUAGAAAAAUGUGUACGAUGGUACCUCGGGUUAAGUACUUAAUUUGUUCUGGAGGUCCGUUCUUAACCUGAAACUGUUCUUAACCUGAAGCACCACUUUAGCUAAUGGGGCCUCCCGCUGCCGCCACGCCGCCGGAGCACGAUUUCUGUUCUCAUCCUGAAGCAAAGUUCUUAACCCGAGGUACUAUUUUGGGGUUAGCGGAGUCUGUAACCUGAAGCGUAUGUAACCUGAAGCGUAUGUAACCCGAGGUACCACUGUACAUUAAUGAAGAUAAUAUACAAAAAUGCAUUAACUAGGGCGAGUUGCUUUGCAAAAAUGUGUCUGGUCUUGGUCAAAACUGCAUACAGAAAUGAGUACGUUAGGAGAUACUUACCCUAAAACACUUAUGAAUUUUCACAAUUGCAGUUAGGAGAUACUGACCCUAAAACACUGAUGAAUUUUCACAAUCGCAGAUUGCUGCAGAAGUGUGGAGAACUGGAUUUAGGAUUUGGAAAGUGAGAAACUCGAAAGAAACUGAAAUUGUUAGUUUCAUCCCUCCCCUCCUCUGCUUGGAAAGCGGAGCCAUGAGGGGUUAACAUGGGAUGGGCGUUCCUUUCCUGAUGUCACAAAGUCAGACAACCAAAGCCUGAAGGGGGCCCUUUGUUGGCAGUUCAAUGUAUGCAGCCUCUGCUUGAGUUGGAUGUAGGACGGAGCUGGAAAGUGGGAUGGCAAAAUUUGGGAGCUCUCAUUUGGAGUAAUUAAUCAUAAUAGAAAAUCAAAGAAUCAUAAAAAAUGGAUGAUCCACUGCGUUGACUUCUUCAGUUAACAGUUUUUAAAUGAAGGCUGGAUUUGUAGCCUUUUUGUGUGUGUAUGUACCGGAGGGAACUUUUGUGUGAAGUUUUCAAGAGGAGAAGAGGAGGAGGAGGGGAGGAGACAGCAAGCCUACAAAACCAAGGGCCUUGCUCUAACCGAUGAAAAUGUUGGAGAUCUGCCUGAAAUUAGUGGGUUGCAAGUCGAAAAAGGGUCUCUCUUCAUCAUCCAGUUGCUACUUGGAAGGUGAGUUCAGAGCUGCAGGGUCAUUUGGUGGGAGGGAGGAGAGAGAGUAGUUAAUCUGUCAGGAGGGCCCCACAAAAGCAGAAUUCUUAGCUCCAUACUCACUUUGCCUAAGCCUCUGUUCAAUUGUGCUUGUGCUUUUCCAGAGAGGGGCCAGCUGCAUUGAUAGGGGACUGGGCUGGAGGACUUCAGAGGGCCCUUCCCCAGAGUUAGCCUCCACUUGAUGGUUUUAGUCCUUGCAUGAGGGGUAGGGGGAGCUGUUGGGGGUGGGGUUAGCAGCAUCAAAGAAGAAGCUUAUUUUUUACGCAGUUUCUGUGUAACUUUCAAACCAGGUGAUUUUUAUUAACCACAAUGUACAAAAAGUGUGUCCGAUUCUCUUCCAUUUAUGGUUGGAAACUGACGAGAGCUCACUGACAAUCUGCUAACAAAACCACGUAUCUGUGCCUUGGGCUUCUUUCUUGCCGGGAGCAGCCCAAGAGGUUGCUUUUCAGAGGAGAGGAUGAAGCCACCCAGGCCUUUGAAGAAGAAUUUUAAGUGAGACCCAUUCUUGAAGAGAGAUUUGCAUAAAUUGAUCCAGAAAGUUUAUAUGUAUGUGUGUCUUGGGGUUGUGUAGUGCUGUUAGUUUGUUUUUUAAUUCUUCCUUUUUGACGCAGAUAUUUUAUUUGCAUCAUUUAAACUUCACUUCUGUUGGCCUUCUGCGUCUUUUAACUUCACAUAUAGUCUUUGGGACAUGUCCUUAAGAUCAGCACAAGACCUUAAAAAAAAAGCCUUGCACAAGACCUAGAAGUGAAAAGACAACCUUUUUUAAAAAAGCUAUACUCUUCCUUUGGAAUAUUAGAGCUCAGGAUUCAGUUUUCAACUUGUGUCACCAAUUGUUCAUUUGGACUUGGUCAAGUUCUUUAACCUUUUGUCCCAGUUCCCCCAGGGAUCAAUGGCACGUUUUCCCCCAUCCAGAUUUUUUAUUCUUUCUCUUCUGGCAUUGUUUGGACUGUUCAAGCAGACCAUGGCUUUCUUUUCUUUUCUUCUAGGGCUUUGGACAGUGGGUUGGCUGAGGCUUUUGGAUGUGGCUCAUAUACAAACAUCAUGCAUGCCAGGAGCCUCCUCUUGUUCAUCAGUUUAGCAAGCGGAAAUGAGUCCCCGUGACUUCCUUGAGCCAGUCAGCAAUAUCUGUUUCUUGGAAGGUUGGCCAGUGAAUUCUCCACAAAAAUAGUUCUGAAAAGUGGAUCAUAAAAGCAGAUCUUAAUAAGUACCUUCAGAGCAGGAAUUGUGGCCUGCUUGUAAUCAUUUGUUAUAUCUGGGGUUCCAGGAGUUAUUGAGUUUGAUUUUCAACACUGAGCAAAAGCAAAGGCACCCCCCUUUACUCAAAAUUUCCAUCUUCUCAGUCAAUUCUGCUUUUUUUUAAAUAGAAAAAAUGCCAUCUUAUUGUAACAGUUGUCUGCCAUUAACAUAAGUUCUACUUGGAGUAGAGCGGGGACACAAAGAAUCAGGGCUGGGAGAAAAAUAAACACAUUUGUAAUGCGAAAAAUUUAUAGGAGCAUUCAUUAAAAAAUAAUUAUCAGGCACUGGCUCUAUGGAACAUUAAAGUGAAAGGGGUGGGAGGAAGGAAUACCGGACACCUAGGAAUGCAGAUCUGACUCCUAAGAAUCGGGACCCUAUGCUGUGUCGUUCCAUAGCCAGCUAUCUAGGUUGGGAAAGGGUUGAAGGGUCCUGGGUCAAGAUCCCUUCAACAGCUCCGCAGAGUAUUAUUAUUAUUAUUAUUAUUAUUAUUAAUAAUAAUAAUAAUAUUUCAAUUUAUAUACCACCCUUUAUCAAAAGAUCCCAGGGUGGAGUAUAGCAUUAAAAACAUAUUAAAGAACAUCAAUGAUAGAAACAAAGUAAAAAGCAUAUUGACAGACAGCAUAAUAAUAAUUCUAAUAAUACUACUAAUAAUAAGAUAAUCAUCAUAAUAGUCCCCACUUUUACAUGCCAUAGAUUAUUUAAUAGCCAUAGGCCUAGGUAGAUAGGAAUGUUUUUGCCUGGUACCUAAAGACAUGUAAUGAUGGUGCCUGGUGAACCUCUUUGGGGAGAGCAUUCCAUAGUCAGGGAGUCACCACAGAAAAGGCCUGUUCUUUGUUGCCACCCUCCAAACCUCUCUGGGAGGGGGGAAAUAGAGAAUGGCCUCAGAUGACAAGUGUAGGGUCUAGGUUGGUUUGUAUGAGGAGAGGCGGUCCAUAAGGUACAGAGGUGCUGAGGUGUAUAAGGCUUUAUACGUCAACAUCAGCACUUUGAAUUUGUCCUAGAAACUAAUCGGCAGCCAGUGCAGUUGUGCCAUAAUUGGCACACACCGUACUCUUAAGCUUCUGUUAGAGCUCUUCAGGCUGUCAGAACCCAACAGAUGCUUGCCAUUAUGUUUCGACCAUUGACUUUCUUGACUAGACCACUGUAAUUCUCUGUGUGUAGGACUGUUCUUGAAGACUGUCCAGAAACUUUGGCUGGGGCAAAAUAAAGCUGCUAGAAUAGCCAUGCCAGUGGUGAGGACCUUCCAGUUUCUGUGACUAAUGAAUGCUACCCGGCUGUUUUGGCUAGGCCAAGAAAAUGCCACCUAUUCUACAUCUGAAGUGGGGUGUGGGGCAGAGAGAGACAUGGCUGGCCGAAAGGGGGCUUGCAGUUAUCAUUGAUUAGAAGCAUGUGAAAAUCUAUGUGCACCAACAAUCAGCUGAUCAAUUUAGCUUGCAAAGCAGUUUGAACAUUGUAACUUGCAACCGUUUUGCUUUAGUUAUAUUGGUUGCCAGUUUGUUUCCAGGCUGAAUUUAAAGUUCAGUGGUACCUCUGGUUGCGAACGGGAUCCGUUCCAGAGCCCCGUUCACAACCUGAAAGGAACGCAACCCCCUUCUGCACGUCUGUGCACGCGCAGGUCACGAUUCACUGCUUCUGCGCAUGCGCAUGACGUCAUUUUGCGCCUCUGUGUAUGCACGAGCAGUGAAACCGGGAAGUAACCCUUUCCGGUACUUCCGGGUCACCACAGGAUGCAACCUGAAGCAAACAUAACCUGAGGUAUGACUGUACUGUAUCUGCUUUCCAUGCAGAAUGUUCCUGGUUCAACCCCCAGCAGUAUCUCCAGGUAGGGCUGGGAGUGCCACCUGCCUAAUACCCCAGAGAGCCACAGGCUGUCAAUGUAGACAAUAUUGAGGUAGAUGGACCGAUCAUCCAACUCUAUAUAAAUAAACUUUCUAUGUUUAAAUGCAUAAUAAAAAAAGGGGACACAGAUUUACAUAAAAGGCAAAUUUAGAAAUAAUGAAUGAAGCAGGGGUGGCCAAACGCUCCAGAUGUUGUUGGACUCCCAUAAACCCCAGUGAGCGUUGCCAAUAGUCAACGGGUUGGGAGUUGUAGCUGAGCAACAUGUGAAAGUCCAAACGUUAGCUCCCUUUGCUUUAUUAAGAAAUACAGCACAUUUUCUCACUCCAUAUCUGUAAGGGUAUGUAUAUAGAAAAAGAUAGAUGGAUAGAUUCUGCUCUAUUGUACCAUAGCUGUGUGCCUGUUCAGCUUGCUGUCCUGGUGCUAACUGCAGAUGAGCAACUUCAGGGCCUCUUCUGCUGUCCCAGACUUUCCUAUAAGAUGUAAGGUGGUGGGCACCAAUAGAAUGUCUUUAAAAGAGGAUUAGACAAAGUCAUGGAGUAGUAAGGCCAUCAAUGGCUGUGUUCUCCCUCCACAGGCAGAGGCAAUCUGCCUCUGAAUACCAGUUGCUGGGAGUCACAAGUGGCAAGAGUUGCUGUCAGGCUCAGGUCCUGCUUGUGGGCUUCCCAUUUGGGCAUCUGGUUGCCCAUCAUGAGAACAGAGUGCUGGACUUGAUGGUUCAUUCCAGCAGAGCUCCCUAUGUUCAGACCUACUGUGGUACCAGAACCUCCAUGCUCAGAGGCAGUCUCUCGCUGUAUACCAGUUGCUAGGAAUCACAACUGGGGAGAGUGGAGCUGCAGUCAGGUUCUAUUUUGUUGGCUUCCCAUUGUGGCAUUUGUUUAGCCACUGGGACCAGAAUGCUUUACUGUAUGGGUCCCCUUUGGCCUGAUCCAGCAGCCAACCUCUUAUUAUGUUCUUAUGGCCAGACAGCCGUUUAAAUUGAGGACUUCUCUCUGUCAAGGAAAGCACAUGGUGUCCCCCCCACCAUGUUGCAGGUCUCUCAAGAGCAGGGGUCAGCAAACUUUAUCAGCAGGGGGCCGGUCCACUAUCCCUCAGACCUUGUGGGGGGCCGGACUAUAUUUUGGAAAAGAAAAAAGAGAAUGAAUUCCUAUGCCCCACAAAUAACCUAGAGAUGCAUUUUAAAUAAAAGCACACAUUCUACUCAUGUAAAAAUAUGCUGAUUCCCGGACCAUCCGCAAGCUGGAUUUAGAAGGCAAUUGGGCCGGAUCUGGCCCCCGGGCCUUAGUUUGCCUACCCAUGCUCAAGAGUUUUAAGCAGAGGUUCCCAAACUGAGGCUUGAAGGUUUCUUGUUUCAAGACUUCAACUUCCUCCAGUGGCAGGGCUCUUUAUUGCCCUCCUUUGAUGUAGCCACUGUCUGCAUGGAGAUAAUUAAGCAUUACAGAAACACCAGUAGAAAACAUUACUCCAAUUGUUAUUGUUGUUUAAAUUACAAGAAAGUAGUUUCUGAUUAAUCCUUAGGAAGAAUGUUCUGAUAUUAAGAGCUGUUCAACAGUGGAACGGACUCCUUCGGAAGGUGGUGGACUCUCUCCUUCCUUGGAAGUUUUUAAGCAGAGGUUGGAUGGCCAUCUGUCAGGGAUUCUUUAACUGUGAUUCCUGCAUUGCAGGGGGUUGGACUAAAUGACUUUUGGGGUUCCUUCCAACUUUGUAUGAUUCUAUUCCAUACCUGGAUAUGAAAGACACUGCAAACUCACAAGCCUUGUCUGAGUGUUCAGCAGACAUAAUAAAGAAGUGGAAGGUGUGAUGAAUUGCUAAACUACAAACUGUAUAUGCUGAUCAAAGCCUUGUAGCUUAUUUGAGUUAUCUGACACUGCCGUUCAGCAAUCAGGUGGAAUUUAUCACAGCAUAGUGACCAUGUGACUGUGCCUCUUGCUUUGCCUUUAUUGGGAGGGUGUGGGUAAAGAACCUCUGAUUUUUGCACUGGCAGAAUGUAGCCCUUGGUUCAGAGGUUAAGAGUUGCAUUGGUUGGGAAACUGCCCUACUGGAAAAACCAACUAACUAAACGAAACUAUCACAGGGACAAACAAAGGAGGCUGCCUUCACCCCAUCACAUACACACGCCUAGAAGACUAUGACCCCCCCCCCAAAAAAAACCCCCACAUAUGAAUCAAUAUAGUUACCUGAACCCAGCAACACCGCCCCCCCCCCCAUCAAAACACACUGCAGCCAAUCAACAACAACCAACCAUGCCCUGGGCCCUCUGAUCUCUCCUCUGCCAGCAAAAAUAAGGCACCUAUCCACGCAACACUUGCAAAAAACCCCCACUCAUAUACUUUGUAAAGGAUGAAAGGAUUUUUAAAAUAACAUUUUUAUGAAGUCUCCAAAAACAUUUUAAGGCAUUUAUCACCAUAUACAAUUUUUUUUUAACAUCCAAAGUUUCUUAUUGACUUCCCACCCCAUCUUCUUCGUAAGGAAUGAAAGUUUACUAUCCCUCUCACCCUGCUUCUUUUUUCUCCCCCUCUCUCGUCAAUUCUCUUUCUCCCUCAGCCCCACAUUGCCGGCAACAAAAAGGUCUCAAAUUGACUGUAAUUGGCUUGUAUGAAAUACUCUAUGUCUUGAAAACAGAGACACUGGAUGUACUUUUGUUACUAAUGGAAUAUAUUUUAAUAAAAAUUGAUAUUUAGAAAAGAUUUGCAUUGGUUGCCCCGUCCACUUUUUGCCUCUAAUCCCAUGCCUCACUGGUGCCAUGCAGCCCCUGGAAGGUUGUCCAAGAGGGGAAGUGGUCCUUGGGGUGGAAAAGGGCUGAAAAAACAGUGAUGGAAAUAGUGUAGGGCAAGAGCAUCUUGGGAAAUAUGAAAGACACAUCCACACACACACACACACACUGAGAUCUAUCACUGAUGCUGAGCUCAGGAUACCAUCAUUUUGUGACACACGAUUAGGUUUCGCCAGGAGCUGGGCUUCUUCAAUUUUGUCCUGAGGUUGUGAAAUGUUCCCUCUUGGGAGACUUGCUCAUCCCCUUUCAGAGACUGACAAAAACAUUCUUUAGUCUGCCUAGACCCGUUGAUCCUACUACUGCUGUUUGCUCUGCUCUUUUAAAAGUUUUAUUGGGUUUCAACUGGGCUAAAUGUUGUGUUUUAAUCAUCGUGGCAGUGUCUUAGAUGUUUUGUGUCAAAAACAGCUUUGAUAACUACCGUUAAGAAGUAGUUGGAAGGACAGUUCCACAGUGGCAGAGCAUCUGAUUGGCAUGCAGAAGGUCCCAGGUUCCAUCCCCAGCAGCAUCUCCAUGUAGAGCUGGGAAAAGACAAUCCCUGAAACUCUGGACAGCCACUGCCAGUCAGUGUUGACAGUAUGGAGCCAGAUGGACCAAAAGUCUGAUUUUAUAUGAAGCAGCUUCUUGUAUUCUUCUUUGAUUCAGCUCUUUAUUCAGAACCAUGAUGACUAGAAUCUUUCUUGGGGGGGGGGGGGCAUAGAUGAAUGGUAAAAAUGCCUGUUUUGCAUGUAGAAGGUCUCAACUUCAAUCUCUGGCAUCCCCAGUAGGGCUGGAAUAAAACUCCCAGACCCAAACCCUGGAGAGCUGCUUCUGCCAGUCAGUGUAGACCAGGGGUCUGCAAUCUUUAAGACAAAAAGAGCCACUUGGACCCGUUUCCGAAGAAAAAAAAACUGGGAGCUGCAGAACUCAUCAUUAUAAAAAUAACUUUUUUGUCACUUUUUUAUUAUUUCUUUGUUUGACCCCUCAGAAUUACUCCUCCUCAUAGAAAUAAACGUUAAAUUAACGUUACCUUUUUGUGUGUGUGUUCUUCACUCCCCUUCAAAACAGUGACCAGCGUACAUGCCCCCUUUCAAUGCAGUGACCAGCGUACAUGCCCCUUACAAUGUAGCGGGCGGGCAGGCAGGAAGGUGACGUCGGGACGGUGCAUGACUAACGCACGCACUGCCCCCAUGCGACAUCACAGCCAGUACAGCGCCCGCCACAGUGGGGAGUGUUGGGGUGCACAAUGCGCCUCCUCCCCUCGCUAGUAUCCACCCCGGAGCUGCGGUAAAGGUGUAAAAGAGCCACAUGCAGCUCCGGAGCCGUGGGUUGCCGACCCCUGGUGUAGACAAUGGUGAGCUAGCUGGACCAAGGGUCUGACUCCACAUAAGGCAUCUUCAUACAUCCCUAGUGGGUAAAUAGUUUUGUGAAUUGUGGUGGAUUUUUGUUUUUGUUUUAAGCCAUCGUUGCUAGCUCGAGCAAUAUUGCUCCCUAAUACAGUGGUUUCCAAAGUGGAAUUUCCUUGGGGGGGCGGCACUGAGAGGCAAAGGGGAGACAGGGGGUGCUGGAGUAUCAGACUUUGAAAAGCUAGUGUCACUGGAUCAAGUCAUCAGUUUUGUUGAAUUAAUCAAACUGAGAAGUUUGAACUGGAUUUUUACUAAAUGUGCAAUUGUUACUGUUUUUAAUUUUAUUGUGCUGGUAUCUUCCUUAGUGGCUUGUGCAAACUCUUUUUCUGAACAAUCCUUUUUCUAGGGUAGGGUAGUGGGCACUGGGGAUGAGUUUAUGGAACCAUGGGGGUAGUGGCCCGAAAAAAGUUGGGGAACUACUGUGUUUGUGGUGCUUAAUCAAAAUACCCCCAUUAUGGCUUCUAUAAGGGUUGUCUCUCCCCCCUUCCCUUCCUGCUUGAUUCCACCUGGUAAAUAUUAUCUUAAAUGGUUUGAAGAACCAAAUGGUUGACAGCUGCAGCUCCCACCCUUUCUAGCUCUCCUCUUUCUUCCCAGUUUGGAUACUUAUUCGCACCCCCUUUUUGCAUUGUGAAAAGGAGUAGAUCAGAUGCAGGGUGUGUGUGUGUGCUGCUGUCUGUUCUUGCUGCAGAUGUGGUCUCAACAAACGAACUGCAUCCAUAUGUCUCGAAGAGAGGAUAAAAUUAACUUGCUCUCGCUGUAUUUUUAUUUUAAAACACAAGUUACUUUUAAAGCAGAGAAUUUUCCCAUCAAAGCAAAAGCUAGUUCUUGUAAAAACUUAGCUCAAAUGGAGCAGAGAAGGUGUGGUUGUUGGGGAACCCUCCCCAAUUCAGUGCGCUCUGGUUAAAAAAAACCCCCAAAAAAUUGUAACCAGAGAAGUGAUUUCUUUCACUGCCAGCUAUUAGAUUCUGUAGACAUUCCUGUAUGGUGAAAGUAUCUUGUUACAGUAACCCCAGAGUAGCCUAGUGAAGAUUUGACGUUUGCUGUGGUUCUUAGAAAAUGCUGGGCUCUUUCUCUACGUGAUUUGCAAGGAUAUGUGUUUGAACCAGAUUCCAAUUUCCAUAAUUGGGAGAACUGAAGCAUUAUCUAUACCCACCCACCCAAAUUCAGUUCUGAUCAAAAUACAACAGAUGAAAUCCAGUACCAGAAAAGCGCAAAGUUUGUGCUGUUUGAACCCUUAAUGCAGAAAGGUUGUAGCAUUUUGGAAUAUUUAAGUCACACCCAAACUAUACAUUUAAAGUGAUGUAAACAAAAUCUGCUCCCUUUCCCUUAUGGGGUAUCCAAGAGCCCGUACAGAGUCCUUAAGUGGGUUCCCUAUCGGCAGAAGAAAAUAACAGAGCCCAACCAGAGAAUAUUGAGAAGCAAAGUGGCUAGUAAGCCUGAUCUUUAUUGAACUGUUGCAACGGGGUCCUCACACCACAUGCAAGAGGGAGGAACGACCCAGAACAAUGGUGUGCAAGCCCUUAUAUAGACUUUUUGAAAUUGCUACCCUGUAAGCUUAAGGCCACCCCCCAGUACAUCACACAUACAUCACAGAAAGAGCGGUCUACAGCAGAAUCCUAAGGCCAGGAUACCUGAUAAUGGUCACUGAUUUCAUUACUUGUACAGUCUGGCUACACUUUUGUGAUGGUUAAUACUUUAGUUCCUGAAUCCAGGUCACAGGUUUACCCUAUUCAUACCCAAAUGUGCCCUUAAGGCAGGAUUUUCUGAGCACAGAGACAAUAGGGAGGCUUUUCGUAUUUCCAUCCAAACUGCAGAGGAAUAUUUGAGGUGACUGAAAGAGUCAAAAUGACUUUAAGACUGUUUUCCUAUACUGUUUCAGACAUGUGGUGUGUGUGUGUGUGUGUGUGUGUGUCUGGUCUGUGUGUCUGUGUAUCUGUCUUUGCCUGGUACAUUUAUGAACAUUUAUUUUAUAUCUUAGACCUUAUAAUUCUUAUAACAAAAGCAUUCUAGUUCCACGUUAACAGACAGAGCUUCCACUCUAGGAAUCCUGGGAACUGUAGUUUGAAGAAUGCUGACCUCACAGACUUACAGGUUCCAGCAACCUUAACAAACAUUUACCUAGAUUCUCCAUGGCUGUUAAAGUGCUUUAGGAAUGCUUUAAAUGCAGGGCAUGGAGAUCACCUAAGUUUAGAGAAAAUCCGAGUAAGAGGUGACAUGAUAGAAGUUUAUAAAAUUAUGCAUGGUGUGUAGAAAGUGGAUAGAAAAACGUUUUUCCUCCUCUGUGGUAACACUUGGACUUGGGGACAUCCAAUGAAACUUAAUGUUGGAAAAUUCAGGACAGAUAAAAGAAAAUACUUCUCCAUAUUGCUCGUAGUUAGACUGUGGAACUUGUUCCCACAGGAGGCGGUGACAGCCACCAACUUGGAUGGCUUAAAAUAGGAUUGGACAGAUUCAUGGUUGAGAAGAUGGCUACUAGCCAUGAUUUCUAUGCUCUGCCUCCACAGUUGGAGAGAAUCAUGCUUCUGAAUACCAGUUUGGAAACUGCAAGAGAGGACAGGGCUCUUCUACUCAGAUCCUGUUCUGGGGCUUCCCAUUGGCUCAUCUAGUUGGGCACUGUGAGAACAGGGUGCUGGACUAGGUGGGCCAUUGGCCUGAUCCAGCAGGGCUCUUCUUAAGUUGUUAUGGUCAGAUCUGAAACUUCAGAGAGCUUCAUUGGAGUGUUUGAGAAUUGCUGUAAAUAGUUACCAUUGCUUUUAGUUUGUGUGCUGUCUUUCUGUGUAGAUGUAUCCCAAAACUGUUCACAGCUCAAGACUAGCAGUACAGGAGCAAGGGUAUGUGUGAAAACAUUAUUACAAUAAACUGGGACUGGAGAACCUUGUUCAGCACCAAAAGUAGUGCCACCUACUUCCAACUCGGACAGCCACUCCAGAAGGAUCCCAUGGUUGAUGGUAUUGAAAGCUGCUGAGAGGUUGAGGAGAUUUACUGUAACAGGGACACAUCUCUUCUGUUUCUCUCCUGAUAGAGGUAAUCAUACAGAGUGACCAAAGCAGUUUCUGUGCCAAAACUGCUAAGCCCUGAUUGAAAUGGAUCUAGAAAAUCAGUUUCCUCCAAGAGUGCCUAGAUCUGGGUUGUGGCUACCCACUCAGGAACCUUGUCCAAGAAGGAGAGAUUAGUAACUGGCCAGUAGUUUUUCCAAAUCCAGGGAGGAUUUUUUGAGGAGCGGUUUUACCACUGCCUCCUUCAAGCAAGGAGGGACCAUCCCCACUCGCAAUGAGGCAUUAAUCACCUCCCUGGCACAGCCAACUGCUCCCUCUCUGCUACUUUUUAUCAACUAAGUGGGGCAAGGGUCCAUUCCGCAAGUGGUCACCCUGACCAAUCCAAACAUCUUGUCCACAUCCUUGAGCCUUGCAAGCUGAAACUCAUCCAACACAGCAGGACUAGGAAAUGCUCUGUACACCCCACUGAGCAGAAUCAAGAUCCUGGUGGAUGCAAGCAGUUUUAUCCUCAAAAUGCUUUGCAAACAAGUCACAGUGAGCUACCAUUCGUUUCUACCACCUCUUUUAGGUCAGACUGUAAGCAGGCCCCAUACUACCUGGGAAAGCUUCUGGACAGCACAAUGCGGAUGCAAUGGAAGCAGCAAAGUAAGCCUUCUUUGCAGGCUUCACUGCCCACUAGGUAGGCCCAAUGAUGAGCCCUCACCAUUGUUCAGUUGCAUUCAGCCGGAUCUUUCCUCCACUUGCAUUUGAGCCAUCUCCUAGCUUGUUUCCUCACCCUAACCUCUGGAGUAUGCCAGACAUCAAACUGCUUCCCUUACAAAUGACAUGCAUUUCAUGCUAACUGUUGCUGUCCAGACAGGUGUCUCUUAUUUUGUUUGAUGAAGCUAAACAGCUUUUGUUAAACAUGGGACAGGUGUGUUAGUGUUUUGCAUGAAGGGGGAAAUAAGCCCCUGUCUUUCUCUCCUUCAUUAUGCAUUUCUUCCUAGGCCUUCUGCUGCUUUAUUUGGUUCCAGACUGUGUGUUUUCCAUCCAUCCAUCUCCUCAGUCUCCCCAGUGAAUCUAGUAUCUUGCUUCCUCACAAAAGGCUUGGCUCCUGCCUAUCACCCACUUAAAAGAAACACCCUGUUGUAAUGAAACUGGGUGUGUAGUGUCAUGGGAAGAUGUGUUUCGCAAGUGUGAAAGGUCAUAUGCCUGCAGGAUCCCUAACAAUAUUUAUUUACACACACACACAGAGAGAGAGAGAGAGAGAGAGAGAGAGAGAGAGAGAGCAGUCGCUGUAGCAAGUUAUUUGUGACCAUCAUGUGCACAGUGAGCGUGCAUUGAUUUCUUUUCCCCUCUGAUUUCCAUUGAGCAUGCAUAACAGGAUGCAAUAUUAAAGCAGCAAGUUGGAAUACAGGCGAGGUAUCCUUUCUGAGUUGCUCAGACUUUGUGUUGGGCACCAGGGUACAUGAUCUGGCCGUAUGUUCUCUUUGCUGAUAGAUUAAGACUCUGCCUAUCUCUGUUGAGCAGAUCGCACCUGUGUCUGAUGUCACAGGUGCAUGAUGGUGAUGCGAUAUUUAGAAAAUUUGGCACCACCUCUGCCUGAUACUGGAAGCCAAAGCUCUGUGGUGAAGCCCACAUUUUAUUCAUGCAUGCAUGCAUGCACACACAUACAUAUAUUCCAGAGUGGUUUACAACCACAGUAAAUAUAUACUGCCCGCCGCCUGGCCACCUGCAGGGAGACAGUUCCACCCUGCCCUCCUCCCAUUUCUGUGGAAGGAAAGCCACAUUCUUGUCCAUGGGAUUCACCUCCCAGCUACUAUAAAAGUCCUGCUGCACCUUUGGGACUGUGGAGACUCCAGUCCACAAAUGCUGCCGCUGUAAGGAAAUGUGCAAGUCCUCAAAAAGUGCACCAAUAUUUGUUCUUGUUGCAAUGUGCUAAAGGUAGUCUGGUGGAGAUUAGCUGUAGUGGAAAAGUUAACUGAAAAAGCAGACAUUGAGGGGAGUCAGUCUGAAAAGUACAAGCUGAACAUGAGUCAACAGUGUGAUGCAGCAGCGAAAAAAGCUAAUGUUAUUCUAGGCUGCAUCAACAGAAGUCUAGUGUCCUGAUCAAGGGAAGUCAUAGUAUCACUUUAUUCUGCCUUUGUCAGACCACAGCUAGAGUACUGUGUCCAGUUCUGGCACUACAAUUUAAUAAAGAUACUUAUAAGCUGGAAGUUGUGCAGAGGAGGGCAACCAAGAUGAUCAGGGGUCUAAAAAUCAAACCUUAUGAGGAACAGUUGGGGGAGCUGGGUAUGUUUAGCCUAGAAAAGAGGAGACUGAGAGGUGAUAUGAUAGCAUUUUCCGUCUCUAAAGGGCUGUCACAUGGAAGAUGGAGCAAGCUGGUUUUCUGCAGCUCCAGAGGGCAGGACCUGAACCAGUGGCUUCAAGUUGUAAGAAAGGAGAUUCUGACUGAAUAUCAGUAAGAACUUUCUGAUGGUAAGAGCAGUUCAACAGUGGAAUGGGCUUCCUCAAGAGAUGGUGGGCUCUCCUUCUUUGGAGGUUUUUAAGCAGAGGUUGGGUGGCUAUCUAUCAUGGAUGCUUUAGUUGAGAUUCCUGCGUUGGACUAGAUUACCCUCAUGGUCCCUUCCAUCUCUACAAUUCCGUGAUUAAAUGAAAAACCAUACUAAAAUAGUUAACAUCAGAAAUUAGCUAUUGUGGAAAUAUGUAUACUUAAUAGCCUGCAUAGGGCUGGUGGAAUAGAAAUGUUUUCAGCAGAUAUUUAAACGCUGAAACAAGGUGCCUGCUGAAUCCCUACUGGCAGAGUAUUCCGCAGGACUAGGCCAAUAAAACUAACGGCUUGGCUCCUUGUUCUUGUCAAAUGAGUCUCACCAACUGAGGGAAUAACUAACAACCCUCCUGCAGGUGGUCUCAGUGAUUGAGCUGGGAUACACGGGUUCAGGCAGUCCUUGAACCACCCUGGAUCUACGUUGUUCAAUAUUUUGUAAAUUAAUAGCUUGAACCUGGCUUGGUAGAAGAUGGGCAGCCAGUGCAUCUGUUUUAACAAUGGUGCCAUGUGCUGUCAGCCAGAUGCCCCCAUCAGCAGUCUGCCCACCACAUUCUGCACCAUCUGGAGCUUCCGAAUCAGACCCAAGAGCAAUUCUACAUAGAGUGCAUUGCAGUAAUCCAGGCUUGAGGUUACCAGUGCAUGGACUACAGUGGUCAGGCUAUCCGUGUUCAGGAAUGGCUGAUCUGGCAAACCAGACUGAGCUGGUAAAAGGCACUUCUAGCUACAGAGGACACUUGAGCUUCUAGUUAUAGAGAUGCUCCUUCAGAGCUGCUGCAGUUCUUCAGGAGUGCUGAAUACAGUACAGAAUCCAGUCAUUCUACACUCCAUUUACCUUAAAAAUAUAUAUAUAUUGCUGUGCAGUAAUACUGCUUAGUCUUGUAUUUAUCCUGGACUGUCCACACAUCCUUCCGCUUUAUUAGGUUUGUGAUGCUUCCACUGUGUUACUGAAUUAUUGCCAUAUGGAGCAGACACUGUUGUGUAGUGCUACAAAAGUGGUUGAGUGGGGGACCAGAACAUCUGGGGUAUGAAAAGUUACAGGAUUGCAGCAGGAAGUUACAGGACAUGCAUCAAUUGGAAACAAACCUCAAAACAUUUGCAGGAGCAAACCAUACUGAAAAUGGAAUUGUGUGUAACCACCCGAUGCCUUCUUACAUGCAAAUAAUCAUGAAUGCACAAUGAAAUUGAUGCCUGGAGGGACUGUGUGUUGUUCUGAAGUGUUUCUUCAAAGAAAGUCACUGGGUCAGGUGACCCAGAGGUUGCAUUAGAAGAGCCUGCUGGAUCAGGACAUAGGCACAUGUUGUCCAACAUCAUGUUCUUACCAGGGCAAGCCAAAUGUUUAUAUGGGAAACCUGUAAACAGGACUGGAAUGAAAGAGCUCUCUCUCCUGCUGCAGUUUCAAGAAACCAGUAUUCAGAAACAUUGCUGCUUCCAACUAUGGAGGCAGAACAUAGCCACCAUGGCUAGUAGCCAUUGAUAGUCCUCUCCAUGAAUUUGUCUAAUCCUGUUUUAAAGCUAUCUUGGUUGGUGGCCAUCAUUGCCUCCUGUAGGAGUGAUUGUCAACUGUGAAGAAGUUCUUCCUUUUUCCUGUUUUGAAUCAUCCAAUAUUCAGCUUCAUUGGAAGUCCACGAGUUCUAGUGUUAUUAGAGAUAGAGAAGGUUUCUCCAUCCAAUCCGCCAUGCCAUGCAAAAUUUUAUAAAUUUCUAUCAUAUCACCUCUUACCCACCAUUUCUCUAAGCUAAAAAGUCCCAAAUGCUGCAACCUUUUUGUUCACCCAGUUUGGCGAGAUCCUUUGGUGUUUUUUUGUUUUUGCAUGCUGCUUACGUUGUGUCUGAAAACAUGGACACUUAAAUGUUCUUCAUAAUGAUCUAAUAAAUAUAGGGCUAAGAUCUCAAAUGACUAGCAUAGGACUCAGUACCUCUUUUCCUUGAUAAGUGAAAUUGAUUUUCUGCUAUGAAACUUGAACCAAAUUGGAAGUUAGCAAUUUCAGGACCCCACUCAUCAGUUACUACAGCCAGUUCCAAAACUGCUGCUAUUUUGAGGGUGGGAUUAAAUCAUACCCUGUCAAAUUCAGGCUGGGCACAGUUGGGCCAUUUGCACAGCAAACACAACCUCCCCCCCAAAAAAAAUCAGACACUUUGAUCAGGAGAGUGAUAGAGAAAUGGUUUGGUAUCACAUCUUCUAACCUUCCUGGAAUGAAUGCUCAGCAAAACAGCCAUUGUUGUUGCCAUUGUUCCUUGCAAAGUUUGGUGCAAGCAACAUCAGGAGGGAAGCUGAAUUAACAUGUGACCUACGAUGCAUGUGAGCUCUGUGAGUGCAGCUUUCUCCCUAUUGAAGUGCAGAGUAUUUGAGGACUGGGACAUUCGCAGAGAAACCAAAAUGCUUGUUUACAAAGCUAUUGUACUACCAACCUUACUAUAUGCUUGUGAAAUAUGGACCACUUAUAAACGCCAUCCCCAGCUCCUCGAAAGAUUCCAUCAACUGUGUCUCCGAAAAUUUUUACAUAUCACUUGGGAAGACAGGCAAGCUAAUAUCAGUGUACUGGAAGAAGCAAAGAUCACCAGUGUUGAAGCAAUGAUUCUUCAACAUCAACUUCGUUGGACUGGUCAUGUUGUGCGGAUGCCUGAUGAUCAUCUUCCAAAGCAACUACAGUGGUACCUCGGGUUACAUACGCUUCAGGUUACAGACUCCGCUAACCCAGAAAUAGUACCUCGGGUUAAGAACUUUGCUACAGGAUGAGAAUAGAAAUUGUGCUCCGGCGGCCCAGCGGCAGCAGGAGGCCCCAUUAGCUAAAGUGGCGCUUCAGGUUAAGAACAGACCUCCGGAACGAAUUAAGUACUUAACCCAAGGUACUACUGUACUCUAUUCCAAACUUAAAAAUGGAAAGCGUAAUGCUGGUGGUCAACAAAAGAGGUUUAAAGACUGUCUCAUGGCAAAUAUAAAAAAAUGUAGUUGCAACUGGGAAACACUGGCAUGCGAGCGCUCCAGUUGGAGAACAGCCUUUACCAAAGGUGUUAUGGGCUUUGAAGACACUCGAACUCAGGAUGCAAGGGAGAAACGUGCUAAGAGGAAGGCACGCUUGGCAAAUCCACACCGUGAUCAACUCCUGCCUGGAAACCAAUGUCCCCACUGUGGAAGGAUGUGUGGAUCCAGAAUUAGCCUCCACAGUCACUUACGGACUCAUUGUUAAAACCGUGUUUAUGGAAGACAAUCUUACUCGGCUACGAGGGAUCGCCAAAGAAGAAGAAGAAGAAGAAGACGACGACGAUUAGGGGUGUAAUUCAGCAUAUUUUCCCGUUCUGCCCCAUAUUUGUUGCCUGCAGCCUUGGAUCUGUUCUGCUGCAAUUCACUUUCUAUCAAAAACCAUGUUAUUUGUCUCACUGCCUGCUGUGAGGAAAUCGUGUAGCACACAUAAUUAAUCAUGUAAAUUAUGUAACUUAGGUUGUCAUUAGGUCAUUCCUCCCCAUUCAUUCCAGUGCAAAGGAAAAUAAAUGCAUUUAGGGGUGGGGGACCAUAAUCAAUUACCUAUUGUUUGCGUGCUGAAGGCAGCAAAAGUAGCAGCAAUUAUCAGUUGUAUUCACUGGGUUGCUUUCUGUUGCAGACAUAAAGUGAACACCGGCAAUUUCCCCUCCUGUGUCUGUUUUUGUCGGAAUGUUCUGACAUCCCUAACCUUGAGGGAAGCUGUCAUGGCGUGCCAUUGUUUGAGGAAGUGGGCCUGUAAUUGGCAGCCGAGGAAGUAGCUGCAGUGCAGAAGGAAGUCUGUCGCUUCACUUUAAAGGAUGCUUUUGUGGGGAGGUGAUUAUGAUGUCUGCAAGUCCACGGGACGUGGCACUUGUUGUUGAUAGAUGUUGGAUGUUGUCUUUCCGUUGGACCUGCCUUGCAGUUGGUACAGCUUGGAAGCUGAUUUCCCCUGUAGGUUUCUAGUGUUUGUUUGAGAGGAGAAAUGCAAAGUUUAGUCUGGGGUGGAAGCUCCUGACUUCAAGAGCUUUUGUGUGGGUGGGUGGAUAUGUCAACUGCAAAUAGGGAUUGAAGGAUAUUUUUAAUGUUCUGGUUCUGUCUGUUUCUCAUCUCUAUCCCUCCCUCUCUCCCCCCCGCCCGCCCCAAGUUCUCCACCUUUCUGCACCUAUUUGCAUUAGAGGGGAGCAGCUGAAUUCUCAUAAAUAUUUUUGUGUUAAUUUCUCCCAACAAACUUUGUAUGAUUUUUUUUUUACUAAUGGUACACAUUUUUGCAAAGGCUUCCCUGUAAUGUAAUGUAUUUCUUUAAUCUGUUUGUUUAUUUCAUAAAAUUUACACCCUGCUUUAUUGUAAACAAAAAAAAGACCCUCAAAGUACACCUUCUUUAUGGCAGCCUCACCUAAAGAAAAAACUUCUCAGUCAUUGGCACCACCAGUGAAUUUUUCCAGUCCUUUUUUAAAGCCAUCCAUGUUGGUGGCAUUCACCACCAGGUGAGCACAACUUCCUUAUGGCACUUUAGAGAGGCGCAUUUGAAUCUGAUUUAGUGGAAAAGAGAAGGAGAGACAGGCACACACACAGAUUUGAAUGUGCCUCUCUAAAGAAUUUGGCUCCCUGUUUGGAACAGAUGCUUCUGCGAGGAGGAAGUAAAGGUGAAAAGAGGUGUUUUAAGAUGUGUACGUGUGCUUCUCCUAGUGUGGAGGCUGUGGUGGGAAGUAGGGUGGGAAGUGGUGUGUUGUAGAGCACAAGUGAACAGGAACCCUGGAGAAGCAGUAGCAGACUGAGGCUGAUCAGACCCAGUGACUAGUGAGCUUCGAGCUCAAGAGCCUCCUCCUCAGCAGCUCCCCUAUGCCGCAUGUGAGAGAGGCAUUGCUCAAAUCUGGAAAUGUUGCAUUGAUUUAAAUACGGGUGCCACCUUAACUAGUGACAGUUUCUGUAGCAUAGUGCUUAUUAUGUUUGCCUAACACGCAAAAGAUCCUCAGUUCAAAACCAGGUAGAAACAAUUAAAGUGUCAGACAGGGACCCAGGAGAGACCAGGAUUCAAAUCCCCACUGGUGCCAAAGAAGGACAGAGUUUUUUUCAUGUAUGCUACAACAGCAGCAAGAAUACUCAUUGCAAAGCACUGGAAGACACAAGACUUACCUACCAGGGAAGAAUGGCAGAUGAAGCUGAUGGACUACAUGGAAUUGGCGGAAAUGACUGGCAGAAUCCGAGACCAGGGAGAAGAGUUGGUGGAAGAAGAUUGGAAAAAAUUCAAAGCUUAUUUACAGAAAUAUUCCAAAAUUAAUGAAUGUUAGAAAGGUGCUGGAAAGAAGUUAUAUGACUUUAGUAGAAAUAUUAUAAAGAAUCAAGUAUGAAUAGAUUGACAUUGGGGGAAAAGGUAAAUUUAAGUCUAAAAUUGCAUUAAGUUAAACCAUGGAACUAAAUUUGUGAAAGAGGGAAAGGACUUGCUGGAAUAUUUAAUUGAACUAGAAUACAAAAAAGGAGGUGUGAGGAAGUCGAAAUAAGCAAAUGAAAGAUAAGGAUAUGAAAAUAUGUGGUUCUUUUGUAUGUUUGUUUGUUCUUUUUGGGGUUUUUCUUUUCCUUUUUAAUGCUUUUGUCUUCUGACAUUGGGGAAAAAGGUAAAUUUAAGUCUAAAAUUGCAUUAAGUUAAACCAUGGAACUAAAUUUGUGAAAGAGGGAAAGGACUUGCUGGAAUAUUUAAUUGAACUAGAAUACAAAAAAGGAGGUGUGAGGAAGUCGAGGAAAUAAGCAAAUGAAAGAUAAGGAUAUGAAAAUAUGUGGUUCUUUUGUAUGUUUGUUUGUUCUUUUUGGGGUUUUUCUUUUCCUUUUUAAUGCUUUUGUCUUCUUUUUUUUUCUUUUUGUAUUGUUGAUGUUUUGUAUUUCUGUAUUUAUUUUUGUUUUUGAGGUCUUGUAAUUUUUUAUUGCUCAUAAUUUUAAUAAAUAUUUUAUAAAAAAAAACAAAAAAACAGAUCCCCACUGGGCCAUGAAACUCACUGGGUGUGACCUUUGGCUACUCAUUCACUCAGCCUAACCAACCUCUCAGGGUUGUUGUGGGAAGCUAUGUACACCACCUUAAGCUUCUUGGACAAAAAAGUAGGAUGUCAACGUAAAAAAUGAACACAUAUGGAUGGACAAAUACGUCAAAUUUUCAUUUCCCCCAAAAGUUCAGUUCAGUUCAAAAACAUCAGUUUUUGAAUUCUUCUGUCAUGAAAAUUUAUCUGCAUUUUAGUGUGAAUUUAUCCUAAUAUGCACAUUUUUAAUAUGCAGUUUUGCCUAAAAUGUACUGAUUUGCAAAGCAAUCUGCCUUAGUGCAAUGCAUUUGUGUGUGUGUGUGUGUGUGUGUGUGUGUGUGUGAUUUUCAUUAACAUACUCAUUUUUGUACACACUUCCCUUGCUAUGUAAUUAUUUGUACAUAUCGCUUGGCUGGAGAACUAUGUGAAUUUUGGAGGAUUUCUGUGUUUUGGUUUCUUGUAUUUAGUUGAGAAAAAAACCAAACCUGGAUAGAUUAUGCUUGCUGGAAGGAUGCUGGAGUUGGUAGAUUGAAAUUUAAUCAUCAUCAACAACAACAUCAUCAUCAUCAUCAUCAUCAUCAUAAUCUGCCUUUCUUUUCAAUAAGAAAUACCCAGGUGGUUCAGAAAUUGACAUAACAUCAAAAUAACAAGAAUCAAAUUAUUGUAAAAAGUACAGCUACCUGUAAUUAAAGUACAUAGCAAACAAACCCCCCCCCCUACAUUAAAGCAUCCUUAACAUAAUAAACAAGCCCAUCAGGACAAUGUGACAAUUUAAAUAGCAAUCAAAGCAGAAGGUUCAAGUCAGAUAUUGGGGAUGUCUGCUGAAGCAGGUGGUCUCUUCAAAAGCAGGCUUUGUUCUCAAAUAACAAAGCAGGAGAUAGAUGUUGUCUUUUUACUUCUGCCACUGAAGUUCAUACUACAUGGAGUGCAAACUUUCAAUACAUGUGAAGUUCUUCAGAUUCUAUGUUCAAGAAAAGCAUCACAAAAUGUGUGUGUGUGUGUGUGUGAGAGAGAGAGAGAGGGGGGGAGAGAGAGAGAGAGAGACCUUCGGCAUGCAAAGCAAGUGCUCUGUCACUGAAUUUACACCCCUCCCUAAAUUUGGCUGCCAAUAGGUCCUGUUGUUAAGGAUUCAGAUAUUCUUGGAAGUUGUGCAAUUUUCCAUCUGUCAGCCGUGAUUGUGUGGUCACUCAGGCCUAAUAGGUUUCAAGAUCUAUGGCCAAUGAGCACUAUGAAGAUACGGGUGAUACUUUGCAUCAUGUCCUGCUUUCAGGUUUCUGUUCAAGGCAUCUAGUUGGCCACUGUUAGAAUAGGAUGCUGGACUAGAUGGGCCUUUGACCUGAUCCAGGAGGUAUCUUCUUACAGUCUCCCUCCAUUGUCGGAGGCAGUAUGCCUCUGAAUGUCAGCUACUGGGACCCGCAACUAGGUAGGGGGUUGCUGUUGUUUGUAAAGUCCUGCUUGCAAGCUUCCCCUAAGCAUCUAGUUGACCACUGUCAGAACAGCCUGCUGGACCAGAUGGGCCUCAGUUGGCCUGAUCCAGCAGGGAGGCUGUUUCUAUCUCUUUAUGAAGAUCACUCAAAAGUAAAUAGUUUUCCUUGAUUUCCAAGUUGUGCUUUCACUGUUCUCCUGAAGUCUGGCCUGUUGCGUCUCCUCAUCUCAAAAGAGAGCAAGUAAUUUGGCGCAGAGAGAAGGGAGGGGUCAAAUUUUUAACAUAAACAUGAGGGGAGGGGAGAGCGAGGGGAGUUCUCAUGCUGUUCACAGCGUGGCCUCUCUCCAGGAUCUUGAUUCAAGACCUGGCAUGAGCCCUUCACCACUUGUCCUUGGUCGUGGUGUAAUUGGAGGGGAAGACAGUGCUGGAUUUCCGGCCUUCCUGUUGAAUCAGUCCCCAUUGGGAGGCAUUUUUUCUCACUGACCGAGGUUACAUGACAUCCCACUGUGUACAGUUUACAGUAAAGCCUUUGCACAGGGAGGAUGGAGCAGCAGCAGGGGGUGAGGGGGCAGCCUUUUCUCUCUGCACUGCUCUUCACUGAUGUCAUCUUUCCACCAUCUCCAGCUGUUUGCUGUCUGUUUAUUUCAGGUGUUUACCCAGCUGAUGAUGUCACACACACACACACACACACACACACAGCACAUCCAAUAUGUAUGGCGCCUCUUUGCUUGAUAAAGGGAGCUUUUUAAUGGGCUUGACAAGAUCAAAGCAUUCUUCGGGGUAAAAUGAUUAAUCAGCUUAAUUUUCUCCAAGUGGCUCUUCUGUUUCUCUCAUAAUUGUCGUAAUUAAAGCGCUGCGGGGAUGAUAAAAUGGGUAAUCUGUGUGUACAAAAAAGGGACAGAUGAGUGGGGUGGGGGGGAAGGCUGAAUCCCCGUAGCAUGUUUGAAAACUUAAUUGUUUUACAGCCCAUCAGACCUUUCUUCUUUUCUAGGUAUUUUGCCUUGGUGAAUAAGGCAGCUUUUGAGGAGAGCUCUGCAACCAAAGCUGGUGUGUUUGUGUGCAGAUAGCUAUAGGAUAGGCCUUUCAGAGCAGGUGGUGGGUGGCACUGUGGUCUAAACCACAGAGCCUAGGGCUUGCCGAUCAGAAGAUCGGCGGUUCGAAUCCCUGUGACAGGGUGAGCUCCUGUUGCUCGGUCCCAGCUCUUGCCAACCUAGCAAUUCAAAAGCAUGUCAAAGUGUAAGUAGAUAAAUAGGUACCACUCCAGUGGGAAGGUAAACAGUAUUUCCGUGCACUGCUCUGGUUCUCCACAAGCGGCUUAGUCAUUCUGGCCACAUGACCCGGAAGCUGUCUGCGGACAAAUGCCGGCUCCCCUGGCCUAUAGAGCGAGAUGAGCGCGCAACCCCAGAGUUGUCCGCGACUGGAUCUAACAGUCAAGGGUCAUUUUACCUUUACCUUCAGAGGAGACCCAUUAAAAUUAAUGGGCCUAUUCUGAGUAGGGCAAGCAUUGGAUACAACCCAUAAUUUCAAAUUCUGUUCAUGGUUUUUAUUGUAAUGUAUAUUCAGAUGUACAUUCCAGUCACUUCUCUCUUGGCCUAACCUACCUCACUAGGUUGUUGGGAUUGAAUGAGGACAGAGAGGGCCAUGUACUCCACUUUGAGCUCCUUGGAGUAAAAAGUGAGAUAGAAAUGCAAAAAAUAAAAAAAAUGAAUAAUGCUUGCAAUAUAUUUACAUAAAAUCAUAAAAUUAUAAAACAACAUUGUUUACACACACACACACACACACACACACACACACACACACACAUAAAAUCAUAAAACAACAUUGUUUACACACACACACACACACACACACACACACACAUAAUAUAAAUCAGCCAAAAUACAAAAUAAAUGUCCUUUAACAGUGGUUCUCAAACUUUUUUCUCUGGGCCACACUUUCAGAAUAAAAGUUUGCUCAUGCCACACCAAUUUUAUAUUGAUAAAUACACUGGAAAACAAAAAGAAACAACUCCUGGCAGUGCUUGAUUUAUAACAUAGAACACAAGUACUUUAUAAUAUGAUCAUGGGACAUCCAGAAAGUAUAAAUCAACGCAGCUACGUAAGAACGUGAAUCAUUCUCACAAUAUAGCGAUUCUGGAUCACAACUAGGAGUGUCCUCAGUAUCACUUGAUGCUCUUGCUCUAAUAUUCUACUAAUAAAAAAUAUUAUUUUGACAUUAUACUAUACUAUUCUACACUGGAAUGUUAAAAUGUUUAUUUGAUUGUCCUUGAAUAUUCCCACCACACUUGCCAUCCUCUCCUGAUUAGUGGUGGAGCGUACCCCACCAGCACCUGGGGUGGGUAUACUCUGGGCAAUAGGGUGGGGGUGCUGGGGGCAGAGCAUCUGCAUCCUUCUUAGCCGGAGGGACGCAGCAGCUCUGUGCCCUGGCCCUGUGCUGCUUUUAAGUCAGUGUGGAACCUGUAAGGGCACCCUUGCAGCCUUGGGUCCCAGCAUCAGAGAGGGGCAGUGCUGCCUCUCCCAUGCUUUGGGACUGCACUGCACAGCCUGCCUGGCUGCCCCUCACAGCGCCCUGUAAGCCCAGCAUCGCUUUGCAAGAAUUGCAAAAAUGACGCUGGGCUUGCAGGAUGCAUGAACUCUUGCAGUCUUCUCAGGCACCCUCCAGGCUCCAACAGGAGGGCGACUGAGGAGGAGGCAACAGGCAAGCAUCAUCCCCAUGCUGCUUUUGCGAGCGGCGCUGGGCUUGCAGGAUCCCUGAGCUGUUGCCUCCUUCUCAGGCGCCCUUCUGCUGGAGGGUUCCUGAGAAGGACACAACAGCUAACCAUAGGCAGGGCGUCAGGAAUGCCCCCCCCUCGAAACAAUGCCCGGUGCAUCGGCACCCCAGCAACCUCCACACUACGCCUCUGCUUCUGAUACACAAGGCGCUCCACACCCUUUGAGAACCACUGCACUAAGCACAUUCAAAGCAAAACUGUGAUUAAGAGAAAAGGGGAGGGGGGACCAGAUUCUUUUUUGAAAAUUAACCUUUUUCUUCCCCUCCCCUUUUCAUUUACUUUUCCAGAAGCGCUUCAGAGGCCAGUAGCCUCUGAAUUUGAGCCCCAGGGCCUAAGUGAAGCCGUCCGCUGGAACUCCAAGGAGAAUCUGCUUUCGGGUCCCGGAGAAAAUGACCCCAACCUUUUCGUUGCCCUGUAUGAUUUUGUAGCAAGUGGAGACAACACUCUCAGCAUAACUAAAGGUAAGAGAUGUAUGUCAGGAUCAGACUACAAAGUGUGUAUGAGACCAAGUGUGCGUCCAGAUUGUCAUUAUUUUCAUUCAGAACAGUGCUUGUCCAAAAACAGUGCAUGGCCUGAAAGGACAAACUAUGGGGAGGGCAUAGGGAACAAGCAAACUCAGGCACCAAAUCCCUAAACAGUAGCUUUUAUAAUAUGUAACCAGACAGAAUUGAAGGAGGUCAAUGAGGUUGGUAUUCCAGUCUUCCUUCUAUCUCUGCAGCAGCCUGCUGAUGGGCUCCCUCCUUUGUUCAUUCCAUCUAUAUGAACUUCCAAUUUGAUGCUGAGCUGAAGUCCAGGUUCUUGGUGCUAGUGCUAAACUCGACAAAAUGUGUCUCUGGUGUCUUUGAAGGAGCAUCUUCUCUCAAUAUGGGCCUUGAGAUCAACUUUGGUCUCUUUGCUCUGAGAUGAAGAUGUGUGGAGUUUGGAGCUGCCUUGGGAAUGGCACCACAGUGGUUCUCCCUGCCCCCCCCCCCCAUCACUUCUCUUCAUGCAGAAGUUUUAAAACCAAUUUUCAGCUCCCAUUCCCCAUAUCAGAUCUGUUUCACACGGAUAGCAAUGUGGGAACCCUCUCUGGAAAUGGUGGGUGCCUUUUUUUCCACUGGGAUUCUUCCAGCGGGCACACCUGGAACAGUGAAGUUGACCAUGUCCAUGCUGGUUCCACACCAGGGUUAGGAAAGAUUUUUCAGCCUGAGGACUGGCCCACCCUCCACAGGCCAUUUUUGGCAGGUGGAUGAGGACACCUAUCCGGUAAUUGCCUGGUUUAAGAUGACUCCAGGUGGUUCAAAGUUCAAGUUGCAGGAGCAGACAGAGGCUUGCCUCUGAUCUCAGUGCUGUAGUCACACAGCUCUAAAAUCAGAGAUGACCUUUUGCUUGCUCUUUAAGAGUCAACAGGCAGAGGCUUAUCUCCAGUCUUAGCACUCUGGGAUAACAGUGCUAAGUCUUUGCUGCUGCUUUUUACCAUCAAAGAGCAAGCUGCCUCUUGGAUCUUCGUACUUAGAUUGGAGAUAACAGAUCUCUACAGCUGGUAUCAUAUGAUGUAGGGUGAUUGACAAGUGGGCAUGUUUUGCCCCAAAUGCCCUUGUAGACCAAAUUCAAAGGCCUCCUACAAGAUGUGGACCAGAGGUUCCCUACCCCUGAUCUACCUGAUGACCACUCUUAGCAACCAUGUGAUAACGCUUUCUGCAAUUGUGACUUCUGGCUUCAUAAAAAUUGUUUCCAGUUCAAAAAUUAAGCAGAUUCAGAUUAUUUCCCCCUCUGAUGCUUUUAAAUUUGCAUUUGUCUGUUGGGUUUUAUUACCACAUGCUGCCUCAGAUGCUUGCCUGUCCAUGUAAAAAUAAACACUGUAUGUGCUGUUUUUAUUUAAUCCAUUGAUCCAUCUUUUGAUUAUAGUCAAUGACCAAUAUUCGUUCUUUUUGUUUUAAUUGUUUUAAUGGAAAGGUGAAAAGCUCCGCGUCUUGGGCUAUAACCACAAUGGGGAGUGGUGUGAGGCCCAGACAAAGAAUGGGCAAGGCUGGGUCCCCAGCAACUACAUCACCCCCGUGAACAGCUUAGAGAAGCACUCAUGGUACCAUGGGCCAGUGUCGCGGAAUGCGGCAGAGUACCUGCUGAGCAGUGGGAUCAACGGUAGCUUCCUGGUGCGGGAAAGUGAGAGCAGUCCAGGCCAGCGGUCCAUAUCGCUGAGAUACGAGGGAAGGGUUUACCACUACCGGAUCAACACUGCAUCUGAUGGGAAGGUGAGAGCAGACCCUGGUUGACCUUCCAGGCGUAUCUUAUUUAUUUAUUUUACAUCAUUUUUUUGCUAAAAGCAUGCAUGGUGGUUAGACCACUACUGUUCUUUCUUGAGCAUUUGUUCUGAUUCAUCUGUGGGACGGGGUUAUAUGAUAGCAAGCAUUCAUCCUGGUUUGCUCGCAGCUUGCUCACAUGUCUCUCCGUUCAUUGUCCAUUCAUCGGUUUGUUUCUCCAUAAUUUUCCAAACUACAAAAAAAUUGUGUGUGCAUGUGUUUGGUAUGGCUUUGUUGGGUGAGGGUAGCAGAGCCAAGUACUGCUGGUUUCCAAAUGGAUCAUUGGAAGAUUGAAAACCUGUGAAGAUGACAAAAUAUAAAUAAAUGAAUAAUAGCAAGAACAAAUGACAAGAAAGGAGAUUCUGACUAAACAUUGGAUAUGUUUAGCCUGUAGAGCAGAAGACUGAGGGGUGAUACGAGAGCCAUCUUCAAAAAUCUGAGGACUUCCGGGUUGGCGCCAUCGAUAAUGGCGGAUUUCCUCUGAGUCUCUGAGGGACCAGCUCCGCGGGAUCGGGUCUUACCGCUGCGGCGAAGCGGGGGCCCUUUAAAAAUCACAGGCGGGCGAAGCCUGUGAACAUGGGGACUCGGCGGGCACCUUUUGUGCCCCCCCAAGUCGCGAAGGGACCCUUUUAAGGGCUCCGGAGCGGGACGGGGUGAGUGGUGCGGUGCUGAGAGUCGACUGCUUCUUCCGCGGAGUGAAGCCGCAUAGCCGUUAUCGGAGAGCGCUGACUUUUUCCUGGGACAAUUUGACUUUGAAAGCAACUACCCUUAAGUAGGAUUAAAUUGGAUUUAAAGGGGAAAAACAAGUUAAUUCGGCACCAAAGCGGGAAGGUAUAAACAGGAAGUCUGCCUUCCUUUCUUGUAAAUAGAUCAAAGCAAAGAGACUGUAAGCGGAAACUCGGAAAGACGUUUGAAAAAAGACUUAAAUCUUAACAUCUGGAAAGAGAUCUCCCCUCCGGAUUGCAAGAGAGGAGGGGGGAAAGGUUUGAACUGUAUUUAUCUGCAAAAAAAGGGGGAAAGGAAGUUAAAAUCCACUGCCUAAAACCUGGGAACGGACUGCCCCGAGAUAAGGAAUGCCAUUUUGUGGAAAGCCUAUCGGUAAGCAGAGGACUUUUGACAGCUAACUCUGCAAAAGAGAUACAGUGUUUCUGAACUUCUCCUAGUUUUAAAGUAACUGAUUAAGUGCAACUGAAACUGUUGUUUUUAUGUGAAUUGGGGGACUUAUAAGGACUAUUUUCUUUUUUAAAAGUUGCAAGCUUUGGCUGUUACUGUGUCCCCCUAGAGGAGGCUUGACAUUGCUACAAUAACAACUGGGGCUAGAGGGAUUUUCCAUUCCAAAACAAAUUUCCAGCCGUGGGAUCGAUCUUGAAUUCUCAUGAGAGUGUUAUGGCAGAUGGAAGAGGAAAGUUAGAGUUGGCGCAGGAAAAAACUACUAGGUCUGGCAGACCCUAUCGGACAGAUACUACGUUGCAGUGAAGGGCUUCAACAUCUGGACCAUCUGGAAUACCAGGGGCUGCACCUGCACAGGUUAAACCAAAAGUUAUGUCGUCCGAAGACGUUUUGGCACAGGCACUUGGAAAAAUUAAUGAAUCUUUGGAAAAUUUAGCUAGACAAGUAGCUGAAACAAAUAAACAAGUAGCUGAAGCAUCAGCUAAAAUUGACCAGAAUACUACAAGCAUCAAUAAUUUGGGACAGAAGGUGAAUACCAACACAGAGUCUAUUGAAAAAUUACUACAGGAAUCUGCUUCGACUCGAAAGAUAGCUGAAGAAGCAAAAGAUAUAGCAACUGCUACUCAAGAGAAGAUACCACCGGUAUAUAAGCAACUGGAGGACCACGGCUUGACAUUGUCUAUGAUUGAAUUGAAAGAGAAACAAAGAAAUUUAAGAAUCAGGGCUGUACCAGAACGUGAGAAAGACAAUUUGGCUGAUUUUCUUACACAGGAAUUCGCAGAUUUCUGGCAACAGGAUUUGGGGAAGGAAGAAUUUAAGAUAGAGAGUGCAUUUAGACUUGGAAGAGGAGGAAGGAGGAAUAAGGUGAGAGACUGCUUGAUUACCCUUCGAACAAAAGAGGAGAGAGACAAAAUUUUGAAUCUGCAUUACCAAAAGACUUUGGAAAUUUACGAUUCAAGUGUGGAGAUAUUCAAGGACAUUCCAAAACAUCUUUUGGACUUAAGGCUCAACUACGGAGAUCUGGUUGCCCUGCUGAGAAGAAACAGAAUCAUCUUUAGGUGGGAAUUCCCUCAAGGCCUGUCCUUUAAAUAUAAAGGAAGAAAGAUAAAAAUAAGAUCAGUCAAUGACAAAGAUAGGUUUCUGAAGGAUCACGGAGAAGAUCUACAGAAAGAAGUGGAAUCCGGAGAAGAGCCAAAAGCACUGGAAAAGGAAUACUAGACAUAGCAAAUUUAUCUUUUGGACUGCAUGGUCCAGAGAAAGAGAUACCACUGACAGAACAAGAACAGACACUUGGCGCAGUUGGAGGUAAAGUGAAGUAACCCCAUCAUGGCUCUGCAACUGUUAAGUUGGAAUUGUAAUGGUUUGAACUCUCCUCGAAAGAGAAAAAGUGUUUUUCAUUUACUAAAAAAGGAACAAUUGGACUUGAUUUGUCUACAAGAAACACAUGUAACAAGGUUACACAGGAAACUACUGAUUAAUAAGAGAUUGGGACAGGAGUUUAUCUCAUCUGACAAAGUCAAAAAAAGAGGAGUUGUGAUAUAUGCAAAGGAGAGACUAUCACCGAAAUUAAUUUUUAAAGAUGACCAAGGAAGAUUUUUGGCAAUUGAAAUUCAAGUUCAAGGAGAGAAAUUUUUGAUAGUAGGAAUUUAUGCACCGAAUGAGGGGAAAUCUGAAUUCUUUAAAAAGUUGCAUGAGACCUUAUUGGAUUAUUUGGAUUACAAUCUGAUUUUGAUGGGGACAUGAAUGGAGUAGUAUCUACAAACAUGGAUAAGGCACAGAGACAGGUAGUUACCAAGGAUGGUAGACUACCGAAAACAUUUUUGAGAUGAUAGACAAUUUUGAUUUAGUGGACACUUGGAGAACAAAGAACCCCUUGGGAAGAGAGGGAACCUUCUUUUCUGAAGCUAAGAUGACAUGGACUAGAAUUGACCAAAUAUGGGUAACUAGAGGAAUGGCACCAAAGAUAAAGAAAGUGGAAAUCUGCCCAAAAACCUGCUCCGACCAUAAUGCGGUAAGGAUGGAGUUGAAACUAACAUCAACUGGCUCCUUCAGAUGGAGGAUGAAUGACACCCUAUUUAGAGAUGAAGAAGUUUAUAAAAAGGCCCAAAAAACCUUGAGAGACUAUUUUGAAAUAAAUAUGAACACUAAUGUAGAAAAAAGAGUAAUCUGGGACGCAAGUAAAGCUGUCAUGAGAGGGUUUCUGAUACAACAGAAUGCAAUAAAGAAGAGAAGUCAAAAUGAGAAGAAAGAUAAAAUUUUUGGGAAAAUAGAAGAAAGUGAAAAGAAAUUGAGAGCAAAACCAAAGUCGCAGGAGAUUUUGAGAGAAAUAAAGUUAUAUCAAGUACAAUAUAUGGAAAUGAUGAAUCAGGAAAUAGAAUGGAAAAUUAAACAAAUGAGACAAAAACAUUUGAAUCAGCUAACAAAUGUGGGAAAUUGCUGGCCUGGCAAAUGAAAAAAGACAAAAAUUAAAUACUACCACAAAUUUAGAAGUGGAAGGAAAGAAUAUACAUAACCCAACUGAGAUUAGAAAUUGUUUCCAGAGGUACUUUAAACAACUAUAUACACAAGGGCCACAGAAGGAAAUGGAUAUAGACCGAUUUCUGAAGACAAAUGGAUUACAAAAAAUAUCCCAAGAAAGUAAGUUAAUGCUGAACUAUAAAAUAUCUGAACAGGAAGUAGAAGGUGCCAUUCAAAAUAUGCAAUUAGGCAAAUCUCCAGGACCGGAUGGGCUGACUUCUAGAUAUUAUAGAUUUUUGAAAGAGUGGUUAUUACAACCUUUAAAGGAAGUCUGCAAUGAAAUAUUGGAAGGGAAAAGGGCACCAGAGUCUUGGAAAGAGGCGUACAUUAUACUUAUACCGAAGACAGAGACUGAAAAGACUCAGCUUAAGAACUACCGCCCUAUAUCGUUACUUAAUGUGGAUUACAAAAUUUUUGCAGACAUUUUGGCCAAGAGAUUGAAAAAGUAUUGAUGGAAGAGAUUCAUAAAGACCAAGCGGGCUUUCUCCCGGGAAGACACUUGUCCGAUAAUUUGAGGAAUAUAAUUGAUAUUUUGGAAAAACUAGAAGUGAACAUAAAUACUAAAGCAGUUUUGAUAUUUGUGGACUCGGAGAAAGCCUUUGACAAUAUCUCUUGGAGUUUUAUGAAGAAGAACCUACAGGGGAUGGGGGUAGGCCAAGGUUUUGAAAACGGUAUAAGUGCAAUUUAUUCAGAACAAAAGGCUAAACUAAUUGUAAAUAAUGUGGUGACAGUACAAAUUGAGAGCAUUUGCAGAUGACUUAGUAUUGACGUUACAGGAGCCAGAAUCUAGUACCAAAAGAGUUUUAGAACUGAUUCAAGAAUUUGGUCAAGUUGCAGGAUUUAAGUUGAAUAAGUUAAAGACCAAGGUUUUAGAGAAAAAUUUAACACCAAUGGAGAGAGAGAGGUUUCAGAAUGGGAACUUAUUUAAAGAUAAUUAUGAAAAAUGCUGGGCUGAAGUGAAAAAAGAUUUAGAAAUUUGGUCAAAUUUGAAGCUUUCACUGCUGGGCCGUAUUGCUGCGGUAAAAAUGAAUGUAUUCCCUAGAAUGUUGUUUUUGUUUCAAACACUGCAAAUUGUGGACAAAAUGGACUGUUUCAAGAGGUGGCAGAGAGAUAUUUCUAAAAUUGUCUGGCAGGGCAAGAAGCCUAGAAUAAAAUUUAAAAUAUUAACAGAUGCAAAGGAACGAGGUGGAUUUGCCCUGCCACACCUUAAACUUUACUAUGAAUCAGCAGCUUUUUGCUGGUUGAAAGAAUGGUUGCUUCUUGAAAACACUGACAUUUUGGAUCUAGAAGGGUUCAACAAUGUAUUUGGAUGGCAUGCAUAUCUGUGGUAUGAUAAGGUCAAAGCACAUAAAGCAUUUAAAAAUCACAUUGUCAGGAAAGCAUUGUUUAAUGUCUGGAUAAGAUACAAGGACUUAUUGGAAAAUAAAACUCCAAGGUGGCUGUCACCGAUGGAAGCAAAAGCUCUGAAAAAGCUCAAUAUGGAGGCCAAAUGGCCGAAAUAUUGGGAAAUUUUGGAACAAGACGGAGAUAGACUGAAAUUGCAGAGUUUUGAGAAAUUAAAAAACAAAGUGCGAGAUUGGCUUCAUUAUUAUCAGAUAAUGGAGGCAUAUAAGUUGGAUAAGAAAAUUGGUUUCCAGGUGGAAAAAUCAAAAUUAGAAACAGAACUAUUAGAACCCAAAACUAAGAUUUUGUCAAAGAUGUAUAACUUGCUGUUGAAAUGGAAUACUCAGGAUGAAAUGGUGAAAUCUGCUAUGAUUAAAUGGGCACAAGAUGUUGGACAUAACAUAAUGAUGGCUGACUGGGAACAGUUAUGGACCACAGGUAUGAAGUUUACGGCAUGUAAUGCCUUAAGAGAGAAUAUUAUGAAAAUGAUAUACAGGUGGUACAUGACCCCAGUCAAGCUUGCAAAAAUUAAUCAUUUGCCCGAUAACAAAUGUUGGAAAUGUAAAGAAAUUGAAGGUACAUUCUUUCACCUUUGGUGGACGUGCCCAAGGAUUAAGGCUGUCUGGGACAGGAUAUACAAUGAACUGAAAAAGUAUUUAAAUAUACCUUCUUGAAAAAACCAGAGGCCUUUCUCCUGGGCAUAGUCGGUCAAUUGGUGCCAAAGAAGGAUAGAACUUUUUUCAUGUAUGCCACAACAGCAGCAAGAAUACUUACUGCAAAGUAUUGGAAGACACAAGACCUACCCACUCUGGAAGAAUGGCAGAUGAAGUUGAUGGACUAUAUGGAACUGGCAGAAAUGACUGGCAGAAUCCGAGACCAGGGAGAAGAGUCGGUGGAAGAAGAUUGGAAGAAGUUCAAAGAUUAUCUACAGAAAUAUUGUAAAAUUAAUGAAUGUUAGAACGAUGUUGGAUAGAAAUUAAGUGGUUUCCAGCUGUAAUGCUUUAAGGGAAUAUGAAAAAUGGGUUGUUAAGAGGUAAAAAUCUAACGUUACUAUUUUAAGACCAAAGAUUAGGACAAAUAAAGAGGGUAAGGAUUUGCUGAACCAACAAACUGAACUGGAAUACAAAAAGGGAGGUAUGAGGAGGUCCGGGAAACAAGCUAAGGAAAAAUAAGCAAUGGAAAAAUUGAGUGGUUUUUAAUCAUUUUUAUUUUGUAUUUUUUUUCUUUUUCAUUUGUUAUUGUAAUAUUUAAAAAAAUCUUAAUAAAUAUCUUAUUUAAAAAAAAAAAAUCUGAAAGGCUGUCCCAUGAAAGAUGGAGCAAGCUUGUUUUUUGCUGCUCCAGGGGGCAGGACCUGAACCAAUGGAUUCAAAUGACAAGGAAGUUGUUGUUGUUUAGUCGUUUAGUCGUGUCCGACUCUUCGUGACCCCAUGGACCAGAGCAUGCCAGGCACUCCUGUCCUCCACUGCCUCCCGCAGUUUGGUCAGAGACAAGGAAGUACGUAGAUUCCAACUAUUAGGAAAACCUUUCUGGCAGUAAAAGGUGUUAAACAAUGGAGUGAAUUCCCUUGGAAGGUGGUGGAUUCUCCUUCGCUUGAGGUUUUUAAACAGAGGCUGGCUAUCUGUCAGGGAGCCUAGUUGUGAUUUCUGCAUUGCAGGGGGUUGGACGAGAUGACCUUUGAGUAUUCAUUUCCUAUCAAUGUUUGGUUUUUAUUAUUGUUCUAUCUAUGUUUUUACAGUUCUUGCUUUUAACUAUAAGCUGCUUUGAGUCCCAUCAAGGGAAAAGGUGGGGUUUAACAACAACAACAACUUUUUGAAUAUGUUGUAAUAAUAAAUAGCAUCUAUUAUUAUUGUUAUUAUUAUUAUUAUUAUUAUUCAAUUGAAACCCUCUGAGGAUGGUAAAAUAAGAAACGAGCACUUGUUGUUUUAUUGUUGUUUUUAUUAUUUUUAUUACUAGUAAUAAUUAUAAUUUAUUUUUUUACCUGCCCUUCACAAUAAGGUUCCAGGGCAGGUUAUAGCAAUUUAAAAAUACAAUACAGUGGUACCUUGAUUUGCAUACAUUUUGGUUUGCAUAAGUUUUGGAUUACAAACACGUCAAACCCAGAAGUGCGGGUCCCAGUUUGCAACCUUUUUUUGGAUUAAAACCCGUUUUGGGGGGAUUACGAAUGUGGUUUUUUUGGAGGCCCCAUUGGUGAAAGCACGCCUUGGAUUACAACCUGUUUCAGUCUACAAACGGACCUCCAGUAUUAUGGUUGUAAACCAAGGUACCACUGUACUGAAAAUAUUUUACGACAAACUACAGUCACAAGAACCAGGGUAAAGAGGUAUGUCUUCAGCACAGGACACAAACUAAGCAGUGAAGGUGCCCAGUACAUCUCUGUGGGGAGAGAUUUAGAUCUUCUUGCUGACAUAAGGCAGUGCAGCAUCAGCGACAAGGUGUUCUGCCACUUGUAGCCUGCUCCAGCAUUGCGAUAAGGCACUCUGUUUAGUCUGGCAGCACUCUCAGUGCCAAGGAAUGACCAAUACUCGCUAUGAUAAUCAGUUUAGAUUUGCGCAAAGCAGGUUAAUAGUUUUUCUUUCCAUGGAACUGUUUUAAUUGGAAUUAUUGGGAAUGGGUACCAGCAGGAUGAUUUCAUUAAAGCGAACAGCCACUGGCUUACCACCAGGAAUCUAUGGAUUUUCAUCCUAAUUUUAUUGUGAAGGGAAGAGAAGAAGACACCAAGAGUCUCAGCAGGCCUAGUUCUUAAACGAUCAAUUUCAGCCAUUUGAUAAAAAAUAUAUAUCAUAUGUCCCAUGGGGGAUGGAGAUGGUAGUGGGGAGAACAGACGGUCCAAUCCUUCCCGCCUGCUGUCUGGGCUUUUGUGGCUUUCCAAGUCUGCUGUCUCAUUUCUCAGUUUGCUGGCAGAAUUUAAUAUCUCACAAGCUCUUCCAGUUAGAUCAACAGCUUUGGUGUUGUGUCUCUGUAUGUGUCUGUGUAGAAAGUGUUGAAUGGUUACUUUAAAUGUAAAGGUUCAUCAUUGUUCCACUCCAUGUGUAUGUCUUUAAGGGGCCAGAGCAAGGGCCAGAGCAAGAUAACGAGACCCAGCUUUACAGCUGUGAAACAUAGCAGGUGCUGCUGAGUUGUAUUGAUUAAGCUGUGUUGGCAAUUGGGUGUAGUAUAUAAGGAGCAGCACCUAGCUCUCCCAUCCCCCUGGGGGAUGGGUUGGUGGUUGGGUCAUGUUUGUUUGUUAAUGUAUUUAGUGUAAAAGGAGUUUUUGUUUUUGUAAUUAAAACCUUGUUUAAGUUAUUUUUUAGUCCCUUUUUAAUGCAUGGUCUCCCCAGCAAGCUCUCUGCAGCGCUACCAUACUGCAAAUAACCACAUUGUGCCACUGUCUCCAUCUCUUAUAACAUUAGCACUUGUGGACAGCCAGUGAAGCUGAAUGUUGGAGGUUUCAGGAAAGAUAAAUGAAAGUACUUAUUCACACAGUGCAAGGUUAAUAACUGCAGCACUUAACUCCUACAGGAGGCAGUGGUGGCCAUCAACUUUGAUGGCUCUAAAAGAGGAUGUGACAAAUUCAUGGAGGAGAGAGCAAUGCAUGGCUAUUAGCCACCGUAGUUAUUCUCUGCCUCCAUGGUUGGAGGCACAAAUGCUUCUCAUUGCCAGUUGCUGGAAACUACUGGAGUGCUCUUGUGUUUGCAUCCUGCUUGUGAGUUUCCCAUGGCCUUCUUGGUUGGCCACUGUGAGAGCAGGAUGUUGGACUUCAUGGACCAUUGGUCUGAACCUGCUGUAGGGCUCUUAUAUCCCCCUCCCCCCAGGUUGGAGGCAGUAUGAAUACUUCUUCUGAAUACCAGUUUCUGGGAAUCACAAGUGAGUAGAGUUGCUGCUGCACUCAGGUCCUGCUUGUAGGUUCCUGUUGGGGCGUCUAGUUGGCUUCAUUGAGAUCAGGGUGCUGGACUAGAUGAGCCAGUGACCUGAUCCAGCAGGCUUUUCUUAUGUUCUUACAACUGUAUCAAUAUAUUUUCAGCCCCCUAGACCUUUCUGUCCAGCGCUCAGAACUCUCCCCAGGCCACACUGGUCUUGUUUUAUACCCCAAGUGAUGAUGCGGGUGGUACUAUGGUCUAAACCACUGAGCCUCUUGGGCUUGUCGUUCGGAAGGUUGGCAGUUUGAAUACGCAAUGAGAUGAGCUCCUGUUGCUCUGUCCCAGCUUCUGCCAACCUAGCAGUUCAAAAGCACACCUGUGGAAGUACAUAAAUAGGUACCGCUGCAGCAGGAAGGUAAAUAGCAUUUCCAUGCGCUCUGGCACUUGUCAGGGUCUUCCAUGCGCCAGUAGCAGUUUAGUCAUGCUGGCCACAUGACUUGGAAAGCUGUUUGUGGACAAAUGCCAGCUCCCUCAGCCUGAAGUGACGUGAGCACCACACCGCAUAGUCGCCUUUGACUGGACUUAACUGCCCAGGGGUCCAUUACCUUUUACCCCAAGUGUUUUUGCCUGGCUGGGCUGUGUCCUUGAACUCUCCAGUUAAAGGAUCAGAGAGCUUUGUAGAAUGAAAGACAGAUAGACAGAUGGUCAAAUAUCCAGACUGGUUCAAAGGCAGCUUUCUUUUAUUUCUUUUGCAAAAUUUGGUAUUAUAAAAAGAACAACAACAACAAAAACCCACCUCAAAGUGGUUUACAAAAGAAUAGAAGAAUAAAAUUAUUGGUAAAAUAGAUAAUGAUAAUCAACCACAAGCUAAAAAUCAGAUUAAAACACAUGUCAACAUUCUACAUAUCUAGGCAGGCUUGUCUAAACCAAAAUGUUUUGUAAGAGGUAUUGAAAAGAGUAUAGCGAAGACACCUGCCUGAUGUCAACAGGCAGGGUGUUCCAAAGUUGUGGUGCUGCCAUGCUGAAAGAUUGAUUUCUUACUAAUCCAAAAGCUUUCUCUGAUGCAGCUUGUCCAGGACUGGGGCAGCACUGUUAUAAAAAAGUGGGAUCAGUGGGAUCAGUUGAGAAGUGGGAUCUGAUGGGGGUCUAGACGGGAGAGAUACUUCAUUUCUUUAAACUUUUACAUUUACUAUUUGCAAAAGCCUGGUGGGGUGGGGGGAGGCCAUGGAAAAAAUGCACUCCAGUGUUGUCUGCUUGGCUCAAAAUCUUGGCACAACAUUUUGGGGGCAGUCUCCUUUGUGGUCUGCCCAGAUUGCAAGCUCUGAUAUAUAUGCCAGGCUCAUAUAUUGCUUAUGGGAUCGAACCUGGGCCUUAGAAGGGCUGUAGCUAAGGGAUGGAGCAUCUGUUUGCGUCUGUGAAAGGUCCCAGGUUCAAUCCCUGGUGUCUUCACAUAGGGUUGGGAUUGUUCCCUCCCUGAAACCCUGGCACGUGUGGAUAGUAUUGAGCUAGAUGAACCUAUGGUCUGACUUGAAAUAAGGCAGCUUCCUAUUUUUUUCAAAAUUAUGAGAACUGGAAUCUUACAUACUUCUUAGAGGAAAGGACUUUAGUUCACUGGUAGAGCAUCUGCUUUGCAUGCAGAAGGCUCCAGGUUCAGUCCCUAGCAUCUCCAGGUAGAGCUGGGAAUAUUCCCUGACUGAAAUGCCAGAAGAGCUGCUGCCAGUCAGUGUAGACAAACCUGAGCUGGAUUGACCCAAUGAUCCGACUCAGCAUAAGGUAGUUUCCAGUGAAUUUGCAGAGCAGCACAUCUGACAUCAAUAUGAAACAGAGCCUUCGGUAUUAUUGGCUCACUCCUGUGGAAUGCUCUUCCAACAGAGAGAUUCAAGCAGGCGCCUUCUAUAUUAACCUUCAAACGUUCACUGAAAACUUUCCUUAUGCAGAUAAUUACAGGAAAACAUUUUCCUAUAAUAGUUAGCUGGCAAUCUGUUUUAAUUUGUGGUUAGCUUUUAUUAUAUUACAGUUGCUUGAAACCUCCCUGAUGUUGCUGUUGCUUUUAUUAAAUUGCAACAUGCAAAUAUUAUUUUUUUUAACAAAAGAAUAUUUAUUUAUUUUAUUUACUGAUAAAUAUAUUUAUAUACUGCUAAGUCAGUAUAUUAAUUGCCUGUAUGAUAAAAAUAUAAAUAUGUAGGAAAGCUUUUAGGAAUAACUUAAGAGACUGCCUUAUCCCUUAUGCACCCUAUAUAUUCUUGUGGUCUGCAAGUUCCAAAGCUCUCGGAAGACGUCUCUGCAGUAACUCUGAGCGUGCAGGAACCUUUAGUGUGGCUGCUCCUGUUCUGUGAAACGGCAUUUCUGUCAAGAAACGACAGGGGCCCACUCUCUGUACUUCCUGGAAACAUUUUUGUUCUGACAGGCUUUCACAGCUGGACAAAGGCAUCUUUUACCAUGCAUGUCCACUUCUUAGGGUUUUAGUCUUAAAAAAAAAGUGUUCAUCAUUUGUGAGUUGUUAACUUUUUUAUUAUCUUAAACGUGAAUCACCUUGAUAUGGUGGUUUGGAAGGUGACAAAUAAAUUAAUUAUGAUAAUAAGUUUUAAUUGGAUGAUUUAAUUUAGAGAUUUAAUUUGAUGAUUUUAAUGUAUUGGUUCAUUUAACCUUUCAUAUUGUAAUCUUUUCUAACCUUUUGAUGAUGUUUUAUUAUUACUAUUACUAUUACUAUAUUUUGAUGCAAUAUUUGAUGCAAAUAUAUAUUUUGGUUUAAGUUAUUUUUAAUAUUGUAUUAGUGCGUAUAUUUUAUCUGUGGUUGAUAUGACCAUGGCGGUUGAAACAGCAAUAAUAAACUAGUAACUGUAUAAAUAUGUGCCAUGUAAAUGAAUAAACAUGCAAUUUUGUGGUGCAUGGAGUUGUGGUGCAUGGAGUUGUGGUGACUCUCUCUUCCUCUCUGCUUUUGCUCCCAGCUCUACGUGUCUUCGGAGAGCCGCUUCAACACUUUGGCUGA